GUUAGCACUUCUGAGCAGUCGUGCAUUCCCAGCCUCGCCUCGGGUGUAGGGAUUGCAGGGAAAAGCAAAACUACACCGUCUCAACCGUGUAGUUUUGUUUUUUUCGGCUAGAGGCUCAACCAUUCUCAUGUUGGGAUUGUUUAAAAUCAUACUCUGGAUAAGGACGUCGUUUAAGGAACUUACGUUUGGGCGCAGCCCACCCAAUUCAGGCACUCUUGUGCAAUCAGAGUGCCUUUAAAGAUGUCAACCAAAGCGCCGACGUUCACGCAGCCGUUACAAAGCGUUGUGGCACUGGAGGGUAGUGCCGCAACCUUUGAGGCUCACAUUAGUGGUUCCCCAGUUCCUGAGGUGAGCUGGUAUCGGGAUGGUCAGGUUAUCUCUGCUGCAACUCUGCCCGGUGUGCAGAUCUCAUAUAGCGAUGGCCGCGCUAAACUUGUGAUCUCCGCCGUGACAGCCGCUAACAGUGGAAGAUACACCCUACAAGCCACCAAUGGAUCUGGACAAGCAACUAGUACCGCUGAACUACUCGUAACAGCUGAGACAGCGCCACCCAACUUUUCACAACGACUACAAAGCACAACAGCAAGACAAGGAAGUCAAGUUCGACUUGACGUGAGAGUGACUGGAAUCCCUACACCUGUGGUGAAGUUCUAUCGGGAUGGAGCAGAAAUUCAAAGCUCCCCUGAUUUCCAAAUUUUACACGAAGGAGACCUCUACAGUUUAAUAAUUGCAGAAGCUUACCCCGAAGACUCCGGCACCUAUUCAGUAAAUGCCACAAACAGCGUGGGACGAGCAACUUCAACAGCCGAACUUCUGGUUCAAGGUGAGGAAGAGGCUGUUCCCGCUAAAAAGACAAAGACAAUUGUUUCGACUGCUCAGAUUACACAAGCCACAAGACAAACUAGAGUUGAAAAGAAGAUAGAAGCCCACUUUGACGCCAGAACACUUGCAACUGCUGAGAUGGUUAUAGAGGCGAGUGCCACUGGGCAACAGCUGCCACACAAGGCUCCUCCGCGGAUGCCACCGCGGCCUACCUCUAAAUCACCGACUCCGCCAAUAAUUGCUGCUAAAGUACAGAUGGCACGACAGCAGUCGCCAUCCCCAGUUAGACAGUCGCCAUCUCCUGUAAGACAUGUCAGAGCUCCAACACCAUCUCCAGUCAGGUCCGUGUCUCCUGCUGGGGUUGGGAGGCUCUCAGUCUCCACCUCGCCCAUCCGGCCUGUGAAAUCCCCAAUCUUGGUGCGUAAAGCACAGGCGGCGGCGGCGGAGGGUUCUGACGUCCUUCCUCCUUGGAAGCAGGAAGGCUACGUAGCCACGUCUGAAACGAGAAUGAGAGACACCAGAAUAACGACAAGUACUACCCAGAUGAAGACUGAGGAGAGAUGGGAGGGGAGAUACGGUGUCCAGGAACAGAUCACUGUCAGUGGCACAGCUGCAGCGGGGGCUGCUUUCGGAGUUGGUGCUGCUGCCACUACUGCUGCGGCUGCAGCAGCGGCAGCAGAGGGCAUUGAGAAAACAGCAGCUGUUGCUACAGUAGUUGCUGCUGUAGACAUGGCCAGAGUGAGAGAACCUCAUCCAAGCGCUGUAGAACAGACUGCUAAAAGGACAGCAAUGACUGCAGUACACAUUCAACCUGUCCAGGAGCAGAUUAAAAAGGAAGCUACCAUAGUUGUUACUACUGGUAAAGCCAGAGAACAAGAGGUAAUAUCAAGAACUAGAGAAGGAGUUGCUACUAAACAAGAACAAAUACACAUCACUCAUGAAAAGAUAAAAAAGGAACCAGUGAAAGUUCCUGUGCCCAAGGUAAUAAUUGCCACUGACACAGUUAAGGCUCAAGAACAGAUUUCGCGAACCAGAGAAGAAAUUUCAACCGCAAGAGAACAAAUUCACAUCACUCAUCAUGAAAAGAUUGGUGUUGGCAAAAGAGCUGAAGCUGUAGCCACAGUUGUUCACGCAGUUGAUCAAGCUCGCACUAGAGAACCAAGAGAGGCAGAUUAUGCGGAAGAAGCUUAUUCGGAACAGGCAGCUUUGGAACUUGGAUACAAAGAACAAACUUUAGCACGACGUGUUGUUGAGUUGCCUCCAGAACAUCAUGUGGUCAGCAGAGUAGUGAAAACCGAGGAGGUUCACGUUCCUCCUGAGAGGCACAUAACAGCUGCAGAAAAAAUGGAGAUGUCUGUCUCAACACAGAUUAAAAGGACUGCCGAAACGUCCGUCGAAAAAUCAAUCCAUGUGGAACACACACGUCCCCGCACAGCAAGCCCUCAUUUUACAGUUUCAAAAAUUUCUGUUCCUAAACCAGAUCACACUUAUGAGGUUUCAAUAGCAGGAUCUGCUAUAGCUACUCUGCAAAAGGAGUUGUCAGCAACUUCUGUUCCAAAGAUCACCAAGCCUGUGAGGCCUCCUCUUGCAAAGUCACCCGAACCCAGAAUGCUGCCGGAGAAAGUAGCCUCCCCACAGUUUCCUUUUGUAGAGACAGCUGACACCUAUCAGAUGCGCUAUGGUGCUGAAAUGAAGAGAGAAAUAGGUGUGAGCAUGACAGGUGGCCUGAUGCAACGGGAACGCGUUGAAUUAAUGCAAGAAGGCGAACCAGAGGUGAUUGAAGCUGCUAGAGUUCCAGCAGUACCAGCAGAGGUUCCUGCCACACCUCCAUCCAUAGUAACAGUCCUGAAAAAUGUGACUGUCAUGGAGGGAGAGUCUGUCACUCUGGAAUGUCGCAUCUCUGCAUAUCCAGCACCAACUGUUUCGUGGUACAGAGAAGACUAUCGCAUCGAGAGUUCCAUAGAUUUUCAGAUUACCUUUGAGGCAGGAGUAGCUCGCCUUGUGAUUCGAGAAGCCUUUGCAGAAGACAGCGGAAGAUUUACUUGCACUGCUACCAAUGUGGCAGGAAGUGUGAGCACUUCAUGCCACCUGACCGUACAAGUCUCAGAAGAGUUUGAGAGCAAGGAAGCUGUUUCUGCGAAAGUGAUCACAGAAGAAAAACGCUACGUGGAAUCGAAAGAUGUAGUGAUGGCUGAGGUCACUGCUGCAGAAGAAAUAUCUGGAGAAGCUGCUGCUCCAUUCUUCAUACGGAAACCGAUCGUACAGAAGUUAAUUGAAGGUGGAUGUGUCAUUUUUGAGUGCCAAGUUGGGGGCAACCCAAAGCCACAUGUUUACUGGAAGAAAGCUGGGCUUCCUCUUACGACAGGCUACAGAUACAAAGUGCUUCAUAAAAAAGAGACUGGGGAAUGCAGACUUGAAAUUUCGAUGACUUUUGCUGACGAUGCCGGAGAAUACACUAUUGUUGUUCGCAACCAACACGGGGAAGUUUCUGCAUCAGCUUCCUUACUGGAAGAAGCUGACUACGAGGUCUACCUAAAAUCUCAAGAAACACUCUAUCAAACCCAUGUAACUGCAUAUGUACAAGAGCCUAAAGUGGCUGAGGUAGCCCCACCAACUUUGUAUCCCGACUUCGAAAAAGAAUAUGAAAAAGAACAAGCUCUAAUUAUGAAGAAAAUGGCAAAAGAUACUGUGCUCGUCAGAACUUUUGCUGAAGAACAGGAAUUUCACAUUUCCUCCUUUGAAGAAAGACUUAUCAAAGAAAUUGAAUACAGAAUUAUUAAGACCACCUUGGAGGAACUCCUUGAAGAAGACGGAGAAGAAAUGGUGGUUGAUGUUUCUGAAUCCGAAACAGUGGAAGCGGAAUUUGAAAUGAGGCUGAAGAAUUACCGAAUCCUUGAGGGAAGUGGUGUGACCUUCCAUUGCAAGAUGACUGGAUAUCCUUUGCCCAAGAUUGCAUGGUAUAAGGAUGGCAAGCGUAUCAAGCAUGGAGACCACUACCACAUGGAGGUUCUACAAGAUGGCAGAGCCAGCCUGCGUUUACCUGUUGUCUUACCGGAAGAUGAAGGCAUUUAUACUGUCUUUGCCAGUAACUUAAAAGGAAAUGCCAUAUGCUCUGCAAAAUUAUACGUUGAGCCUGUUGGACCAACUGGGUCUCCAGGUUAUAUCCCAUCGCCUGAAAUGAUUAGAAGAUAUCGGUCUCUCUCUCCUCGCUCCCCAAGCCGCUCCCCUGCCCGCAGUUCCCCUUCACGCUCACCUGCACGGAGACUAGAGGAGACGGAUGAAGCACAGCUGGAGAGGUUGUACAAGCCAGUGUUCGUCUUGAAGCCAACCUCAUUUAAAUGUGCAGAAGGGCAGACGGCGAGAUUUGACCUCAAAGUUGUGGGCAGACCCAUGCCAGAAACAUACUGGUUCCACAAUGGUCAACAAGUCCUUAACGAUUAUACACAUAAAAUAGUGAUUAAGGAAGAUGGCACACAGUCGCUUAUUAUUGUUCCAGCUACACCUGAUGAUUCCGGGGAAUGGGUUGUAAUUGCCCAAAACAGAGCAGGCAAAACAUCCAUCACAAUGACCCUGACAGUGGAAGCUAAGGAACACUUGGUGAGACCACUGUUUGUAGAGAAGCUGAAGAACAUGAGUGUUAAGGAGGGAAAUAAACUGGAAAUGAAUGUGAGGGCCAGGGGUAACCCUAAUCCUGACAUUGUGUGGCUGAAGAACAGUGACAUCAUCGUACCCCACAAAUAUCCAAACAUAAAAAUUGAAGGAACAAAAGGAGAAGCUGCCCUGAAAAUCGAGCACACUGUGCGACAUGACGCUGCAUGGUAUACUGCGACAGCCAUCAACAAAGCGGGACGUGACACUACACGGUGUAAAGUGAAUGUUGAAGUUGAGUUCACCGAACCCGAACCAGAGAGGAGAUUAAUCAUUCCCAAGGGGACUUACAAAGCAAAAGAGAUUGCAGCACCAGAACUAGAACCUCUCCACUUGCGUUAUGGUCAAGAGCAGUGGGAGGAAGGUGACCUUUACGACAAAGAAAAACAACAGAAGCCGUUUUUCAAGAAGAAGCUCACUUCCUUAAGGCUGAAGCGCUUUGGGCCAGCCCAUUUUGAGUGCAGACUCACGCCGAUUGGUGACCCAACCAUGGUGGUGGAGUGGCUGCAUGAUGGCAAGCCCUUGGAGGCAGCCAACAGACUUAGAAUGAUUAAUGAAUUUGGAUAUUGCAGCCUUGACUAUGAUGUAUCCUAUCCCAGAGACAGUGGAGUGAUCACCUGCAGAGCUACAAACAAAUAUGGCACUGAUCACACAUCAGCGACACUCAUUGUUAAGGAUGAGAAGAGCCUUGUUGAAGAAUCCCAGCUGCCAGAAGGCAGGAAGGGGCUACAACGCAUUGAAGAACUCGAGAGAAUGGCCCACGAGGGCGCUCUUACUGGAGUUACAGAAGAUCAGAAAGUCAAACAGAAGCCAGAAAUAGUCUUGUUUCCUGAACCAGCAAGAGUUACUGAGGGUGAAAUAGCACGGUUCCGCUGCCGGGUGACUGGUUAUCCGCAGCCCAAAGUCAACUGGUACCUUAAUGGCCAACUCAUUCGUAAAAGCAAGAGGUUUAGACUCCGUUAUGAUGGAAUCUAUUACUUGGAUAUUGUGGACUGCAAAUCCUACGACACAGGUGAAGUAAAAGUAGCUGCUGAAAACCCUGAAGGUGCAACAGAACACACGGUGAAACUUGAGAUUGAGCAGCGGGAAGAUUUCAGAUCCGUGCUUCGUCGAGCACCUGAGCCUAAGCAUGAAGCUCCAGCAACGGAGCCUGGCAAACUUUUGUUUGAAGUUCAAAAGAUCGACAAGCCCGUUGAGAAAACUACCAAGGAAGUGGUGACGCUUAAGAAGGCCGAAAAAGUGAGCCAUGAAAAAGUGUCUGAAGAGUCUGAAGAACUCCGCAGUAAAUUCAAGCGCAGAACUGAGGAGGGCUAUUUUGAAGCAAUCACCGCUGUGGAGCUCAAAUCUCGCAAGAAGGACGAGUCAUAUGAAGAGCUGCUUAAAAAGACAAAGGACGAACUUCUUCACUGGACCAAAGAGUUAACCGAGGAAGAGAAGAAAGCCCUGUUGGAAGAAGGCAAAGUCACUAUUCCAACCAUCAAGCCAGAGAAGGUCCAACUCAGCCCCAGCAUGGAGGCUCCCAAAAUAUUUGAACGCAUCCAAAGCCAGACAGUUGGCCAAGGAAGUGACGCCAAUUUCCGCGUCCGUGUGGUGGGCAAACCAGACCCAGAGUGCCAGUGGUUCAAAAACGGUGUGCAGAUUGAGAGGUCAGAUCGCAUCUAUUGGUUCUGGCCAGAAGAUAAUGUUUGUGAACUGGUCAUCCGAGACGUAACAGCAGAGGACUCUGCCAGCAUCAUGGUGAAAGCCAUUAACAUAGCUGGUGAAACCUCAAGUCAUGCUUUCUUGUUAGUACAAGCCAAGCAGCAUAUCACAUUCACACAGACUUUACAAGAUGUCACUGCUAAGGAGAAAGAUUCCAUGGCGACCUUUGAGUGUGAAACCUCCGAGCCUUUUGUUAAAGUGCAGUGGUACAAGAAUGGUCUGGAGAUUUCUUAUGGAGACAAAUACAGAACGCACUCUGACAGGAAGGCUCACUUCCUUUCAGUGCUAAUGAUUGAUAAGUCCGAUGAAGACGAUUACAGCUGUGCCCUGGUGGAAGACGAGUCUGUAAAGACAACAGCCAAGCUAAUUGUAGAAGGUGCUGUUAUUGAGUUUAUUAAAGAACUGGAAGACAUUGAAGUCCCAGAAACCUUCUCAGGGGAACUGGAAUGUGAGCUUUCGCCUGAAGAUGUCGAAGGAAAGUGGUAUCAUAAUGAGAUUGAGCUCAAACCCAGUAAUAAGUAUCUGAUAACCUCACGCCGAGGUCGCCAAAUCCUCACAGUUAAAGAUGUUGCUAAAGAAGAUCAAGGAGAAUACAGCUUUGUGGCAGAUGGGAAAAAGACCUCCUGUAAACUGAAGAUGAAGCCACGGCCUGUCGCUGUCCUUCAAGGUCUUGCUGACCAGAAAGUCUGUGAGGGAGACAUUGUGCAACUUGAAGUGAAGCUCUCCCAAGAAAAUGUUGAAGGCGUCUGGAUGAAGGAUGGUGUCGAGAUUCCACCAAGUGACCGUGUCCACAUUGUAGUAGAUAAGCAUUCACAUAUGUUGCUGGUGGAAGAUGUCACAAAGGAAGACAGUGGAGCAUACUCCUUCAACAUCCCGAGCCUGCUCCUCUCAACCACUGGCCGUGUCACAGUCUAUAGUGUGGAAAUUAUUAUACCACUAAAAGAUGUCCAUGCUAUUGAGGGUACAAGAGCCAUCCUUGAAAGCAAAAUUUCAGUUCCUGAUGUGUCUUCAUCCAAGUGGUACCUAAAUGAUGAGCAAAUAAAACCUGAUGACCGUGUCCAAGCUGUCUCCAAAGGCACAAAGCAGAGGCUAGUGUUUAACAGGACAUAUGCAUCAGAUGAAGGACACUGUAAACUGGCAGUAGGCAAAGUUGAAACCAGCUGCAAUCUCACAAUUGAAGAAAUUCAGAUUAUUAAAGGUCUUCACGAUAUCACCUGCACCGAAACUCAGAAUGUAACCUUUGAAGUUGAGCUGUCCCAUGCAGGGAUUGAUGUUGUAUGGCAUUUUAAGGACCAAGAGCUCAAAGCUGGGCCCAAGUAUAAGAUCGAGGCACAUGGCACAAUCUAUAAACUGACAGUAGUAAACAUGAUGAAAGACGAUGAAGGAGAGUAUACAUUUUAUGCUGGAGAAAAGAAGACAUCUGGGACACUGGUUGUAGCAGGUGGCGCCAUUUCAAAGCCCCUCACUGAUCUAACUGUGGCCGAAUCCCAGAAAGCUGUUUUUGAAUGUGAAGUAACCAAUCCAGACUCUCAGGGCCAGUGGCUGAAGGAUGGGAAACCACUUUCAAUGACUGAUCGCUGCAAAAGUGAAUCUGAUGGUUUGAAGAGGAGACUUAAUAUCCCAAUAAGCAAAGUAGAUGAUGUUGGCGAAUAUACCUAUCAAGUGGCAUCUUCAAAAACAUCCGCUAAGCUGAAAGUUGAAACCGUCAAAAUCAAGAAGACAUUGAAGAACCUGACUGUAACAGAAACACAAGAUGCAGUUUUUUCAGUGGAACUUACUCAUCCUGAUGUGAAAGGAGCUCAGUGGAUCAAGAAUGGCGUCGAGCUGCAUUCUGGUGACAAGUAUGAGAUCAAGGUGGAAGGGACAACCCACACACUGAAAGUCAAGAAAUGCGCUGUAACUGAUGAGUCCGUCUACAGCUUUAAACUGGGAAGGAUAGGAGCCAAUGCACGACUCCAUGUUGAAACUGUCAAGAUAAUCAAGAAGCCAAAGGAUGUGACUGCUCUGGAGAAUGCUGUUGUUUCAUUUGAAGUGAGCGUGUCCCAUGACACCGUCCCAGUCAAAUGGUUCCACAAGAACAUUGAGCUCAAGCCCAGCGACAAAUACCGACUGAGCUCCCAGAGGAAAGUCCACAAGCUGACUUUACAAAAUAUAUCUCCUGCUGAUGCUGGAGAAUAUACAGCAGUAGUAGGACAACUUGAGUGCAAAGCAAAGCUCUUUGUAGAAACUGUGCACAUAACAAAGACCAUGAAAAAUAUUGAGGUUGCCGAGACCAAAACUGCCUCUUUUGAGUGUGAGGUGUCUCAUUUCAAUGUGCCCGCUGUGUGGCUGAAAAAUGGAGUGGAAAUUGAAAUGAGCGAGAAGUUUAAAAUAGUGGUUCAGGGAAAGCUCCAUCAGCUCAACAUCAUGAACACCAGCAGUGAGGAUUCUGCUGAAUACACCUUUGUCUGCGGAAAUGACAAAGUCAGCGCAACCCUGACAGUGAAGCCUAUCUUGAUAACAUCCAUGCUGAAGGACAUCAACGCAGAAGAGAAAGAUACAAUAACCUUCGAAGUGACUGUUAAUUAUGAAGGCAUUACGUACAAAUGGUUGAAGAAUGGCGUGGAGAUAAAAUCAACAGACCGGUGCCAGAUUAGAACUAAGAAACUUACACAUUCACUUUCGAUAAGGAACGUGCAUUUUGGAGAUGCUGCCGAAUACAGUUUUGUUGCUGGGAAAGCUGCUUCAUCUGCAACUUUAUAUGUGGAAGCUCGCCACAUUGAAUUUAGAAAACACAUCAAAGACAUAAAAGUUGUGGAGAAGAAGAAAGCUGUUUUUGAAUGUGAGAUCUCAGAACCUGACAUUUCUGUUCAGUGGAUGAAAGAUGGACAGGAGUUACAGCUUGAAGACAGAAUGAAAGUUCAGAGAGAACGGUUCGUUCAUCGUCUCCUGAUUACUACCACAAAGAUGUCUGAUUCUGGGAAGUACACGGUAGUGGCAGGAGGAAAUAUGUCCAGCGCUAAUCUGGUAGUGGAAGGGCGUGAUGUUCGCAUCAGGAGCCUCCAAAAAACCGUCCAGGUCAUUGAGAAACAGCGAGCCGUGGUAGAGUUUGAGGUCAAUGAAGAUGACAUUGACGCUCGCUGGUAUAAGGAUGGAAUUGAGAUCAACUUCCACAUUGAGGAGAGAUAUCACUAUGUGGUGGAAAGAAAAGUCCACCGGAUGACAAUCACUGAAACUAGAUAUACAGAUGCUGGAGAAUACACCAUCUUAGCUGGAAGAAACAGGAGUUCCAUCACUCUCCAUGUGAAUGCUCCAGAGCCACCCCACAUUGAAAAGGAGCUUCAGCCAGCCACCGUGGAGUCUGGAAAGCCAGCUCGCUUCUGUGCUGUUGUAUCAGGAAAGCCGCAGCCCAAGAUCUCGUGGUACAAAGAUGAGCAGCCUCUUUCUUCAGGCUUUAAGGUCAAAUUUCUUCAUGAUGCCCAAGAAUACACCCUGUUGCUGAUCGAGACUUUCCCAGAAGAUGCUGCCGUUUACACGAUUGAAGCAAAGAACGACUAUGGAGUCGCCACCUCUUCCGCGUCCCUUUCAGUGGAAGUCCCAGAAGUUGUUUCUCCUGAUGUAGAAGUGCCAAUUUACCCACCUACUAUUAUCGCACCACUCCGCGAUGCUAUUACUUCUGAGGGACAGUCUGCUUGCUUUCAGUGCAGAGUUACAGGGACAGACCUCAAAGUAGCUUGGUAUAGCAAAGACAAAGAGAUCAAGCCAUCCCGCUUCUUUAGGAUGACUCAGUUUGAAGACACUUUCCAGCUUGAGAUUGCAGAAGCAUACCCAGAGGAUGAAGGAAUUUACACCUUUGUCGCAGGCAAUUCUGUUGGCCAGGUGUCAAGUACGGCUGCACUGAAGCUGGAAGCCCUGGAAAGAGUUCUGCAGGAGAAGAUAGAGCAACAGAUUGAAAUGGAAGUGAAAGUUGGACCCAUACUGAGGAGAAGGCUGGAAUCCCAAGAAGUAGCUGUGAACCACCUUGCCAAGUUCACCUGCGAGAUCGAGAUGGCGCCAGACGUACGGUUUCAAUGGUACAGAGCCGGUCGGGAAAUCUAUGAUGGCGACAAGUAUACCAUACACACCGCUAAUUAUACAUCCACUCUUCAAAUUCCGAGACCGCAAGUAGUUGACUGUGGUGAAUACAGCUGCAAGGCUUCCAAUAAGUAUGGCAGCGUAAGCAGCAGAGCAACCUUAACGGUAACUGAAGCGUUUCCUCCAACCUUUCUAACCAGACCCGAAUCUAUUACUACUUUUGUGGGUAAGAGUGCCAGGUUCCUCUGUACAGUGGCAGGCACCCCUGUAAUCGACACAGUGUGGCAGAAGGAUGAUGCCGCCAUUUCCUCCACAGAACAUUGCAGGAUUUCAGCUUCUGAGAAUAAGCACAGUUUAGAGAUUCCACGCCUCACAGUAAAUGACAGGGGGGUAUAUACCUGCAAAGCCUCCAACAAAUUUGGAGCAGACAUCUGCCAGGCAGAAAUAGCUGUUAUUGAUAAACCACGAUUCGUCAAGGAACUGCAGUCUGUUCAGUCUGCAGUCAAUAAGAAGAUACAUCUUGAAUGCCAAGUGGAUGAAGACCGGAAAGUCACAGUAUCCUGGAGCAAGGAUGGAAACCGAAUACCUCCAGGCAAAGAUUACAAGAUUUGCUUUGAAGACAAGAUAGCAUCACUUGAUAUCCCUCUGUCUAAACUUAAAGAUUCAGGAACAUAUGCAUGCACUGCUGCAAAUGAGGCUGGAAGUAGCUCUUCUUCGGCCACUGUAACAAUCAGAGAGCCACCAUCAUUCCUGAAGAAAGUGGACCCCUCUUACUUGUUGACUCCUGGAGAGUCAGCACACCUUCAGUGCAAAAUCAAAGGGUCUCCUGAGAUCCAGGUGACAUGGUACAAAAAUAACAAAGAGAUUAGAGAGAGCGACACACAAAGGAUGUCUUUUGCCAAUAACGUGGCUGUGCUAGAUAUUACCAAUGUGAAAGUUGAUGACAGUGGAAGUUACUCGUGCGAAGCAGCUAAUGAUGCUGGUAGUGACAGCUGUAGUACUGAGAUUGUUGUCAAAGAGCCUCCUACUUUCAUCAAAACUCUUGAGCCGGGCGACAUAGUGAGAGGAAUGAAUGCCACUCUUCAUUGUGAGGUUUCUGGUACCGGACCAUUUGAAAUCAGUUGGUUUAAAGACAGGAAACAAAUUCGCAGUAGUAAAAAAUACAGGUUGACUUCCCAAAAGUCUCUUAUCUCUCUGGAGAUUUCUUCAUUUAAUAGUGCCGAUGUUGGUGAAUACGAAUGUUCCAUAGCGAAUGAAGUUGGAAAAUGUGUUUGCAGUGCAACAUAUAUGCUGAAAGAACCUCCCUCUUUCGUUAAGAAAGUCGAAGAUGUUACUGCACUUGCUGGGGAUGAAGUUUUCUUACAGGCAGCUGUGAGAGGCUCAGCUCCUAUUUCUGUCACUUGGAUGAAGGGGAAAGAUAUUAUUAAAGAAGAUAACAAAGUCAAAGUGACCUUUGAAAAUGGCAUUGCAACUUUGCAAAUCUCAGGUGUCCAGAUUACUUCUAGUGGUAAAUAUACAUGUCUGGCUGAGAAUGAUGCCGGAAGCCAAACAUGUUUUGGAGAAUUAGCAGUUAAAGAGCCUGCUACCAUUGUUGAGAGAGCUGAAUUCAUUCAGGUGACGGCAGGAGACCCAGCAACUCUGGAAUACACUGUUGCAGGCACCCCAGAGCUAAAAACGAAAUGGUUCAAAGACGGAAAGCCUCUGGCUUCUAACAAAAAGUAUAGAAUCAGUUUUAAGAACAAUGUUGCUCAGUUGAAAUUCUACACCGCUGAAUUGCACGAUACUGGCGAAAUCACCUUUGAAGUUUCAAACGAUGUUGGACGCAGUUCGUGCACCACCUCAUUUACUGUAUUAGAUCGCACCCUUCCUCCAUUCUUUACCAAACCUCUGCGGAACGUCGAUAGCGCGGUUGGUGGCUCCUGCCACUUUGACUGCAAAGUAUCAGGUUCUCUUCCAAUAAAAGUGUCUUGGUUUAAGCAUGACAAAGAGAUCACUGCCAGCGCCAAGUACGCAAUACGCUACGAAGAAGGUUCAGCAUCUUUGGACAUCAAACACCUGGAUGCCAAUGACGCAGGGGUGUAUUCCUGUAGAGCUACUAACUCUGCAGGGGGCAAAGAAAGCCAUGGAACUUUAACGAUAAAAGAGCCACCUAGCUUCGUGACAGAGCCAGAGUCUCAAGAAAUAACUCCCGGGUCAACAGUGCGUUUGAAGAGUACAUUUAAGGGAACAGCGCCACUCUCUGUACAAUGGUUUAAGGGUGAUGCUGAGCUAACAACCGGCGGAGCUUGUUACAUCACGACUGAAGCUUUGUCGAGUUACCUGGAGCUUUACGCUGUGAAACCUGCUGAUUCGGGCACCUAUUCUUGCAAAGUCAGCAACGCGGCUGGUUCAGCCUCAUGCAGUGCAAACCUGUUUGUCCAAGAACCCGCUACUUUCGUGGAAAGACUUGAGCCGUCGCAGUUGAUUAAGAAAGGAGAAUACGCCCAAUUAGAAUGUAAAGUAACAGGCACGCCUGAAAUUAAGAUCUCUUGGUUCAAGGAUGACAGGGAAAUUAAAGACAGCGCCAAACACAAGAUGACUUUGGUGGGCUCCACAGCAGUACUCAGACUCCUGGAUGUCACUCUUGAAGACUGUGGUGAAUAUACAUGUGAGGCAAAAAAUGAUGCUGGGAAAGAUACCUGCAGUAGUGUCGUGGUUGUAAAAGAGUCACCUUACUUUGUCAAGGAAUUUGAACCAAGGGAAGUGUUAAAAGACUCAGAUGUGAUACUGGAAUGCGAGGUCUUAGGUACUCCUCCAUUUGAGGUCUAUUGGUUAAAGGACAACAAACCUGUGAGGAGCAGUAGAAAGCACAGAAUAAGCAUUGAGAAUUCCUUGAUUAGCCUCCAAGUUUUCAAGUUUGACUCUUCAGAUGCAGGAGAAUACCAGUGCAGGGUAACAAACGAUGUAGGAAGCUGUGUCUGUAGCUCUCAGUUGGCUCUGAAAGAACCCCCACAAUUUGUGAAGAGAAUUGAGAACAUUAGCUCACUUAGAGGAGGCACAAUAGUGUUUCAAGCAACUAUUAAAGGUUCCAUGCCUAUAACAGUCUCUUGGCUGAAAGAUAAUGAUGACAUUGUUGAAGACGAUAACACCAAAAUGACUUUUUUGAACAAUGUGGCCACUCUUAUGAUCAGGGCCAUUGAAGUGAAGCACGAUGGGAAAUACUUUUGCCAGGCUAAAAAUGAUGCUGGAAUCCAAAGAUGUUCUGCUUUACUAACAGUAAAAGAGGCAGCCACCAUCACUGAUAAAGCUGUUUCAAUUGAUGUCACGGAGGGCGACCCGGCCACAUUGCAGUGUAGAUUUUCAGGAACAAAAGAUAUUACUGCCAAGUGGUUCAGAGAUGGAAAGGAGUUGACUUUGGGACACAAAUAUAAAAUCAGUGUUACCGAUACCGUCUCUAUGCUAAAGAUUGUUUCUACAGAAAAGAAAGAUAGCGGCGAAUACACAUUUGAGGUUUCAAAUGAUGUUGGAAGCAGCAGCUGUAAAGCUAGCAUUAAUGUCUUAGAUCUGAUCAUACCGCCUAAAUUCACCAAAAAGCUAAAGAAAAUGGAUAGCAUUAAGGGGUCGUUUGUUCACCUUGAGUGUAUAGUGUCUGGUUCACAUCCAAUAAGUAUCCAGUGGUACAAGGAUGGCCAAGAGAUAACUGCUAGUGAAAAGCACAAGUAUUCUUUCCAUGAUAACAUGGCAUUCUUGGAGAUCAACCAGCUUGAAGGCGCAGAUAGUGGAUCUUAUACCUGCGAGGCAACAAAUAAAGCUGGAAGCAACCAAUGCAGUGCACAUUUAACCGUCAAAGAACCCCCAUGCUUUGUUGAAAAGCCACAGUCACAAGAUGUGGUACCAGCUGCCAGAGUCCAACUCAAAGCUCUCGUGAGCGGCACACCUCCCAUACAAAUAAAGUGGUUCAAAGAUAGCAAAGAACUCCUUUCCGGAGCUUCUCGCUCAGUUUACAAAGAUGACACUUCAAGCGUGCUGGAACUCUUUUCGGCCAAGACGUCUGAUUCAGGGAACUAUAUCUGCCAAUUAAGCAAUGACAUCGGGACAACAACCUGCAAGGCAACUCUUUUUGUGAAAGAGCCCCCUAGGUUUCUUCAGAAGCCUAGCCCUGUAGUAGCUUUGAGAAAAGGACAGUCUACCACUUUUGAAUGCCAGGUAGCGGGUACACCGGAAAUCCGUGUCCUUUGGUACCUUGAUGGGAACGAAGUGCUGGACCAGGCUAAAUAUGGAGUCUCGUUUGUAGACAACAUGGCGACUUUUAAAGUUUCCAAUGCUAAAGUGGAGGAUAGCGGGACUUACAUCUGCGAGGCCCGCAAUGACGCAGGUAGUGAGAGUUGCAGCAUUGAACUGAAAGUGAAAGAACCUCCCACAUUUGUAAGGGAGCUAAAACCUGUGGAAGUAGUGAGAACCUACGAUGCUGCGUUAGAAUGUGAAGUCACAGGAACUCCUCCGUUCGAAGUGACGUGGCUGAAGAACAACAACGAGAUCCGAAGCAGCAAAAAAUACACCAUGACUGGUCAACAGUCUGUUUUUGCCCUUCAUAUCAUGAACUGUGAUGUUCAGGAUGCUGGCGAAUACCAGUGCAUUAUUUCAAAUGAAGGGGGCAGCUGUUCCUGUAGCACAAAAGUCAGUUUGAAAGAACCCCCAUCCUUCGUCAAGAAGUUAGAAAACGUCCACGCUGUUUUGAAGAGCUCUGCUGUAUUUCAAUGCACUGUGGCUGGUUCUCAGCCUUUAACAGUGUCUUGGAUAAAAGAUGAAAAAAUAAUUGAAAACGAUGACAGCUUCCACAUUACAUUUGAAAACAAUGUGGCGAGACUGAAGAUCAGGAAUGUUGACCUCAGUCACAGUGGGAGAUACACCUGUCAGGCAAAGAAUGAGUCAGGAGUUGAGAAGUGUUUUGCUUUACUUUUAGUGCAAGAACCUGCUCAGAUCAUAGAAAAAGCUAAAUCAAUUAAAGUUACGGAGAAAGACCCAGUGACUCUAGAAUGCACUGUGGCUGGAACACCAGAGCUUCAAGUAAAAUGGUCCAAAGAUGGCAAACAACUCAUGCCCAGUAGAUAUUACACCAUGAGCUUUGACAAUAAUGUGGCUAGGUUCAGGAUUGAAUCCAUUAUGAAGGAGGACAGCGGCACAUACACCUUUAAGGUCGAAAAUGAGUUUGGAAGCAGCAGCUGUGAGGCUACUUUGUCUGUACUAGAUCAAGCAAUCCCUCCUUCGUUUACCAAAAAAUUGCCAAAAAUGGAUAAAAUUCUGGGAUCGUCUAUUCAUAUGGAGUGCAAAGUCUCUGGCUCACUCCCAAUUACUGCAAAAUGGUUUAAAGAUGGAAAAGAGAUACCCACGAGUGCAAAAUACAGGCAUCUGUGCCAUGAGAACACUGUAUCGCUUGAGGUUAAUUACUUAGAGUUGACAGAUUCUGGAAAUUAUACUUGCAGCGUAACAAAUGUUGCAGGAAGUGACUCAUGUAGCGCCAUCUUAACUGUGAAAGAGCCACCAAGUUUCUUGGUAAAACCAGAAAGUCAACAAGCUAUACCUGAUUCAACAGUGGAAUUUAAGGCAUCUUUAAAGGGAACACCGCCUUUUAAAAUAAAGUGGUUUAAAGAAGAUUUAGAACUUGUGUCUGGACCUAAUUGUUUAUUUGGGAUUGAAGGGUCGACCGGUUUCUUAAAUCUUUAUUCUGUGGAUAUAUCAAAAAGUGGAAACUAUACUUGCCAAGUUUCCAACGAUGUUGGCAGCGAUUCUUGUACAACCACACUGAGCAUAACAGAACCUCCAAAGUUCAUUAAGAAGCUAGACCCGUCUAAAACCAUUAAGCAGGGCGACUCCACACGACUUGAAUGUAAAAUCAGUGGCUCUCCAGAGAUCAAAGUGGUAUGGUACAGAGGUGACACCGAAGUCCAUGCUAGUGAAAAAUUCCAGAUGUCAUUCACAGAUUCUGUGGCAGUCAUUGAAAUGAGGCAUCUUGGUGCAGACGAUAGUGGAGAUUACAUAUGUGAAGCACAGAACCCUGCUGGCAGGGCAAGCUGCAGCACUAAACUCCUAGUCAAAGAACCUCCCAUAUUUAGCAGGAAGCCGUCUCCAGUAGAUACACUCAAGGGUACUGAGGUUAGCCUUGAAUGUGAGAUUUCUGGGACGCCACCUUUUGAUAUUACGUGGUAUAAGGAUAAGAGGCAAAUCCGUAGCAGUAAAAAGUACAGAGUCACAUCCAAAAACUACCAUGCAAGUGUUCACAUUCUGAAUAUUGAAGUCUCUGACAUUGGUGAAUACCAGUGCAAAGCUCAGAACGAUGUCGGAAGCGACACUUGCGUUUGCAUGGUAAAACUUAAAGAACCACCAAAAUUCGUGACCAAAAUCAACAACCUUACUGUUGUGGUGGGUGAACCGGUAGAGCUGCAGGCCACCUUGGAAGGCUCUCAGCCGAUAUCGGUGACGUGGCUCAAGGACAAAGAAGAGGUCAUCAGAGAAAGUGCUAACAGGACAAUAACAUACGUGGAAAAUGUUGCCACUUUGCAGCUUGCCAAAGCAGAACCAGCAAGUGCUGGGAAGUAUAUCUGUCAAAUCAGUAAUGAUGCUGGAACCCGGGAAUGCAUAGCUACUUUAACCGUUCUAGAGCCAGCUGUCAUCAUCGAGAAGGCAGAACCAAUGAAAGUCACGGUCGGAGAUAUUUGUACCUUAGAGUGCAAAGUGGGUGGAACACCAGAACUUUCAAUAGGCUGGUUUAAGGAUGGAAAAGAAUUAACAACUAGCAACAAAUACAAAAUUACCUUCUACAACAAAGUGUCCACACUUAAAAUUAUUGAUUCAGAAAUGGAAGACAGUGGCUUAUACACUUUCGAGGUGCAGAACAAUGUUGGCAAAAGCAGCUGCACAGCUUCCGUUGAUGUUCUGGAUCGGAUUAUUCCACCUUCUUUCACAAGAAAACUUAAAGAAACUCAUGGUGUACUGGCUUCUUCAGUGAUUCUUGAGUGCAAAGUGGCUGGAUCCCUUCCCAUUACAGUUGCUUGGUUCCAUAAUGGACAUAAAAUCACUAGUGGGGAAAAACAUCAAAUCUCAUUUUCAGACAAUGUUUGCAGUUUGCAGAUUGUUUCACUGAACUCAUCUGAUACAGGAACUUAUGCAUGUAAAGCUGCUAAUGUAGCAGGCUCUGACGAAACCAAGGCUGCUUUGAUCGUACAAGAACCACCCUCUUUUGAGAAGGUACCUGAAUCUGUGGAUAUUUUACCAGGCAAAAGUGUUACAUUUUCUGCUGUUAUUAGAGGAACACCACCAUUCAAGGUGAGGUGGUUUAGAGGCGUCAAUGAACUUGUACCAAGUGAUAAAUGUAACAUCUACUUGGAAGAUUCGGUCACAGACCUGGAGCUGUUUGAUGUAGAGCCACAGCAGAGUGGAGAGUAUACUUGUGUUGUGACUAAUGAGGCUGGCAAAGUGUCUUGUACGGCACAUCUUUCUGUAAAAGAACCAGCCGUUUUUGUGAAGAAGCUCAGCGACCAUUGUGUGGAGCCAGGCAAAUCCAUAAUUCUAGAGAGCAGGUACACUGGUAGCCUUCCGAUUUCAGUGACAUGGAAGAAGAAUGGCGUAACUUUAGGCCAGUCUGAAAAAUGCAGCAUCACCACAACAGAGAAGUCAUGCAUUCUGGAAAUUCUUAACAGUACAAAGGAUGAUCAAGGAGAAUACACAUGUAUGGUUGAGAAUGAGGCCGGAGAAGAUAUUUGUGAAGCACUGGUAUCCACUUUAGAACCUCCUUCUUUCGUCACACACUUGGGACCUCUUGAGGUGUCAGUUGGAGACUAUACCACUUUGCAAUGCCAAAUUACUGGGACCCCAGAAAUUACAAUAUCUUGGUUCAAAGGAGAUACAAAAUUAAGAUCUACUCCUGAGUAUAAGAUGUACUUCAAAGAUAAUGUUGCUACACUUAUUUUUAACAAAGUGGAUGCUAGUGACAGCGGGGAAUAUAUUUGCAAAGCAGAAAACAGUGUCGGAACAGCCUCUUCAAAGGCUGUCUUAGCAGUUCAAGAGCGAAAACGUCCACCUUCUUUUGCAAGGAAAUUGAAGGAUACAGAGCAAACCGUGGGCUUCCCAAUCAAAUUAGUUUGCCGUCUAAAUGGGUCAGAGCCUAUUAGUGUUACAUGGUAUAAGGAUGGUGUGCCUUUAAGAGAUGACUUUAAUGUGCAGGCUUCUUACAUAGAUAAUGUGGCAACUCUUCAGCUGUUGCAAACUGAGAUGAGUCACACUGGGCAAUAUUCUUGCACAGCUACCAAUGCUGUAGGAACUGCUACUUCCAGUGCUAGGCUCACAGUCUCAGAACGCAAACAAGCUCCCUCCUUUGAUAUCACACCUGAGUCCAAAGAUCUUCCUGUUGGAGAAAGUGCUGACUUUGAGUGUCAUGUUACUGGAGCCCAACCUAUACAUGUAACGUGGGCUAAAGAUGGCCGCGAAAUCCGUACAGGAGGAAACUAUGCCAUUACCUUUGUAGCAAAUACAGCCCAUCUGAGAAUUCUGAGAGUAGGCAAAGGAGACAGCGGACAGUAUACCUGCCAAGCUAGCAAUGAUGUUGGGAAAGACUUUUGCUCGGCUCAGCUUAAUGUGAAAGAACCUCCUAAAUUUGUGAAGAAACCGGAACCAUCAAGAAUGCUGAAACAGGGUGAUUCGUGUCAACUUGAAUGCAAGAUCAGUGGUUCCCCAGAAAUCAGAGUUGUGUGGUACAAGAAUGACCACGAAAUCCACGCUAGCGACAAGCACCGUAUAGCAUUCAGUGACGCCACAGCAGUGCUGAUCAUUGUUGAUGCUACCCAUGAAGACAGUGGAGAUUACAUUUGUGAAGCGCUUAAUUCUGCUGGCACCGCAAGCUGCAGUACAACAGUCACAGUGAAAGAACCUCCCGUUUUUAGCAGGAAACCCAGCCCUGUAGACACACUCAAGGGCUCCGAUGUCACCCUUCAGUGUGAAAUAGCAGGCACACCGCCAUUCGAAGUUGUCUGGUUCAAGGACAGAAAGCAAGUCAGAAGCAGCAAGAAGUUCAAAGUGACAACCAAGAACUUCAGUGCCAGUGUCCACAUUCUCAACCUCGAAGCGGCAGACCUUGGGGAAUAUCAGUGCAAAGCCACAAAUGAGGUCGGAAGCGACACUUGCUCUUGUGCUGUGAAGUUCAAAGAACCUCCUCGGUUUGUUAAGAAGCUGAGCGAAACCUCCACCUAUGCCGGGGAACCCACAGCACUGCGGGCCGUAGUAGAAGGCUCCCAACCCAUUUCCGUCGUUUGGCUCAAGGACAAAGGUGAAAUAAUACGGGAAAGCGAAAACCUCAAGAUUUCCUUUUCGGAUAAUAUCGCAACUCUUCAGAUUGCAAGUGCCGAAGCCACCAACAGCGGGAAGUACAUCUGCCAGAUUAAAAAUGAUGCUGGAAUGCGAGAAUGUGCAGGGCAUUUACAAGUUCUAGAGCCGGCUGUGAUUUUAGAGAAGCCUGAGCCCAUGACGGUUACCUCCGGCAAUGCUUUUACUCUGGAGUGCAGGGUGGGUGGCACUCCAGAACUAAUUACCAAGUGGUUUAAGGACGGAAGAGAACUCACCAACAGCCGCAAGCACCAAAUCAGCUUUUCCAACAAGGUAGCGGCACUUAAAGUUCUCUCUGCGGACAUGAAUGACAGGGGAUUGUACACUUUUGAAGUGCACAACGAAGUGGGGAAAAGUAGCUGCACUUCCUCCGUCGACAUUUCAGACCACGUCGUCCCUCCUUCUUUUAUAAGAAGGUUGAAAGAAACCUUUGGCGUGCAGGGCUCCUCCGUUGUUUUGGAGUGCAAAGUCGCCGGCUCCCUUCCUAUUUCAGUCACUUGGUUUUAUGGAGGAAAUGAAAUUUUCCCAGGGGACAAAUACGAAACCGGCUUUUCAGAUAAUGUCUGUGCUUUGAAGGUGAAUGCUCUGGACUCAUCUGAUACAGGUCCCUACACCUGUGCUGCCGAGAAUGUAGCUGGUUCUGACGAAUGCAGUGCCUUUUUGACAGUACAAGAACCACCUUCUUUUGCAAAGACGCCAGAUCCACUGGAGGUUUUACCUGGAAUGAGUGUAACGUUCAGGAGUCUGAUUAGGGGAACUCCUCCGUUCAAAGUGAACUGGUUUAAGGGGAGUAGAGAACUCGUGCCAGGGAAAACGUGCAACAUCACCUUGGCAGAUUCAGCUGCGGAGCUGGAAUUGUUCGAAGUGGGACCACUCCAGACUGGAGAUUACACCUGCCUUGCCACGAACGAUGCUGGCAGUGCUUCUUGCACUACACAUCUUUUUGUAAAAGAGCCUGCUGUGUUUGUGAAGAAGCUGAGCGAUUUCAGCGUAGAACAUGGGAAAUCCAUAAUUCUAGAAAGCACAUUCAGCGGAACUCCUCCACUCGCAGUAACGUGGAAGAAGAACGGCUUAAACAUCACACAGUCUCCAAAAUGCAAUAUAACCACCACAGAAAAAUCAGGCAUUCUGGAAAUUCUUAAUAGUUCUGCAGAAGAUGAAGGAGAUUAUAUCUGUGAAGUUGCAAAUGAUGCUGGGGAGGAUGUAUGUCAUGCCCUGGUAUCAAUCAUAGAACCACCUCAUUUUGUUAAGCACUUGGAUCACUUGGAGGUGACCAUUGGAGAGCCUGCAACUUUACAGUGCCAAGUUGCUGGAACACCGGAAAUUAAAGUGUCAUGGUACAAAGGAGAUACCAAACUCCGAUCUACACAGGCUUAUAAAAUGCACUUCAAGAACAAUGUGGCUUCACUCGCUUUCAGCCGGGUAGAGAACGCUGACAUUGGUGAAUACAUCUGCAAAGCAGAAAACAGCGUUGGGUUCGCUACUUCAAUGACAACAAUCACCAUCAAAGAUGUUAAACUCCCUCCUUCAUUCACGAGAAAACUGAAAGACGUGCAGGAGACUCUUGGUUCUCCUAUAGCUUUUGACUGCCGCAUUGUUGGCUCUGAGCCACUUGAAGUGUCUUGGUCUAAGGAUGGGGUGCAGCUGAGAGAUGACGACAACAUUCAAACCACCUUCUUAAGCAAUAUAGCGACGCUUCAGAUCUUGCAAACCUCCAUGGCUCACGCUGGCCAGUACACUUGCACAGCUCACAAUGCUCUUGGGACUGCUUCUUCCAGUGCCAAGCUCCAACUCACAGAACACCUGAAACCACCAUUCUUUGAUGUGAAGCCUUUGCCCCUUGACGUUGCUCUUGGGGAAAGUGGUUCUUUCAAGUGUCAUGUCACAGGUUCAGUGCCAAUGAAAGUCAGCUGGGCAAAAGAUAACCGGGAGAUCCGCCCUGGUGGCAAUUACAAGAUUACACUGGUAGAAAACACUGCCAUGCUGACCAUUCUUAAAGUAGGCAAAGGUGAUGGUGGACUUUAUACUUGUUAUGCAAGCAACAGUGCUGGGAAGGAUUCUUGUGGCGCUCAGCUGAGUUUCAAAGAGCCACCGAGGUUUAUUAAGAAGUUAGACUCCUCCAGAGUUGUGAAAGAGCACGAUUCGACUAGAUUUGAAUGCAGAAUAGGUGGCUCUCCAGAAAUUAACAUUGUGUGGUACAAGGGUGAAACUCAAAUUCAUCCCAGUGACAAAUUCAGCAUGUCAUUCAUCGAUUCUGUGGCAGUCAUUGAAAUGCACGGUCUGAGUGUUGAAGACAGUGGAGACUACACCUGCGAAGCCCAAAACGUAGCGGGUAGCGCGAACAGCAGUACUUCACUGAAAGUGAAAGCUCCUCCUGUUUUCCGCAAGAAACCGCGGCCAGUAGAGACUCUGAAAGGUUUCGAUGUUCACCUUGAAUGUGAGCUUCAAGGCACUCCUCCCUUCCAUGUUUCAUGGUACAAAGAUAAAAGAGAAAUAAGAAGCAGCAAAAAGUACAAGAUUUUGUCUGAGAAUUACCUUGCCAGCAUUCACAUUCUCAACGUUGAUGCGGCAGACAUUGGUGAAUAUCACUGUAAAGCUGUCAAUGAUGUAGGAAGUGACACUUGCAUCUGCUCUGUGAUGCUGAAAGGACCCCCAAGGUUUGUGAAGAAACUUAAUGAUACCACUGCCGUUGUUGGGGACCCAGCAGAACUGCAAGCUACGGUAGAAGGUUCUGAGCCGAUUUCUGUUGUUUGGAUGAAAGACAAAGGGGAAAUCAUCAGAGAAAGUGAAAAUGUCUGGAUGUCAUAUUCCGAUAAAGUUGCCAUCCUUCAGGUUGUAAAUGCAGAACCCAGCAACACUGGGAAAUAUACCUGCCAGAUUAAAAACGAUGCCGGAAGUCAGGAGUGUUUUGCUACCUUAUCAGUUCUAGAGCCAGCAUCUAUAGUGGAGAAACCAGGACCAAUGAAAGUCACAACUGGAGAUUCUUGUACUUUGGAGUGUACGGUAGCUGGGACACCAGAGCUGAUUGCUCGGUGGUUUAAGAACGGACACGAGCUCUCUUCCGACCACAAAUACAAAAUCACUUUCUUCAACAAAGUAGCUGGGCUUAGGAUUCUGAAUACAGGAAUAGAGGACAGUGGAGAAUAUACAUUUGAGGUGAAAAACAAUGUAGGCCAAAGCAGUUGCACAGCAUCAGUCCAGGUUUCAGAUCGCAUUAUACCACCUUCAUUCACAAAGAAGCUGAAGGAAACACAUGGACUCUUGGGUUCAUCUGCUGUACUUGAGUGCAAAGUAAUUGGGUCACCUCCCAUCUCUGUUUUUUGGUUCCAUGACGGAGAAGAGAUCACUAGCGGAGAAAAGUAUCAGGCAACUCUUACAGAUAACACUUGUUCUUUAAGAGUAAAUGCUGUUCAAGAGUCAGAUGCUGGAAAUUACAUUUGCACGGCAACUAAUGUAGCUGGAUCUGAUGAAUGUGAUGCAUAUUUCAUUGUCAGAGAACCUCCAUCUUUUGUGAAGAAACCAGAACCUCUGCAAGUUUUAUCUGGGGCAAAUAUAACUUUCACAAGUAUCAUUAAAGGAACCCUUCCCCUUGAUGUGAAAUGGUUUAGGGGUAGUGUUGAACUAUCCCCAGGACAUAGAUGUAACAUCUCUCUGGAAGAAUCAGUAGCUGAACUGGAGCUGUUUGAUGUACUCCCAGCCCAAAGUGGAGACUAUACUUGCAUUGUUAGUAAUGAAGCUGGCAAAAUCUCUUGCACAACCCAGCUCUUUGUAAAAGAACCAGCGAAAUUUGUGAAGAAACUGAAUGACUUCAAUGUUGAGAAAGGAAAGCAGUUAAUCCUAGAAUGUACAUACACUGGUACACCUCCUAUUGCAGUGUCCUGGAAGAAAAAUGCUAUAAAUAUAUCACAGUCAGAAAAAUACAGUAUCACCACCACUGAAACAUCUGCCAUACUUGAGAUCUCUAGUAGCAAACUGGACGAUGCUGGGCUGUAUUCUUGCCAUAUAGAAAAUGACUCAGGACAAGAUAAUUCACAGUCUACAGUCUCAAUACUAGAACCACCUUAUUUUGUCAGAAGCCUGGAACCUACUCAGGUGACAGUUGGGGAUUCUGCAUCAUUGCAGUGCCAAAUUGCUGGUACACCAGAAAUCACUGUAUCAUGGUACAAAGGAGACACCAAACUGAGAGCAACUGCUACCUCUAAAAUGCACUUUAAAAACCAAGUUGCCACACUGGUGUUCACUCAGCUGGGUAGCAACGAUGGUGGAGAGUAUAUUUGCAAAGCAGAAAAUAGUAUUGGAGAAGCUUCCUCUUCAGCACUACUCACUGUUCAAGAGCUUAAACUUCCUCCUUCAUUUUCCCGGAAAUUAAGAGAUAUUCACGAAACUGUUGGAUUACCAAUUACAUUUGAUUGUGGCAUUACUGGUUCCGAACCCAUUGAAGUAACCUGGUAUAAAGAUAGAACGCAAAUAAGAGAUGGCUAUAAUGUACAAACGUCAUACUUAAACAAUGUUGCAACUCUGCAGAUCUCGCAAACUGACAUGAGUCUUGCCGGACAAUAUACUUGCACAGCUUCCAAUGCUAAUGGAACUGCUUCUUCUAGUGCCAAACUCAUCCUUACAGAAGGGAAGACUCCUCCAUUCUUUGACAUCCCAAUCGCACCUGUUGACGCCGUUGUUGGUGAUGCUGCUGACUUCGAAUGCCACAUUUCUGGAACACGCCCAAUAAAGGUUACUUGGUCAAAGGAUAACCGAGAACUACGAACUGGAGGGAACUACCAGAUCAGCUAUGUGGAAAAUAUAGCCCAUUUGACAAUUCUGAAAGUUGGCAAAGGGGAUUCUGGAAAAUAUACAUGUCAUGCUAGCAACGAAGUUGGAAAGGACUCUUGCACAGCUCAGCUUAAUAUUAAAGAACGACAGACUCCACCUUCCUUCACCAAAAAGCUGUCAGAAACUGUAGAAGAGACAGAAGGGAACACAUUUAAACUUGAGGGCCGCGUUUCUGGCUCCCAGCCUUUGACUGUCGCCUGGUACAAGAAUAACCAGGAGAUUUAUGAAAGCCCUAAUUGCGAAAUAUCAUUCAAAAACAACACUCUUCUCCUUGAAAUUAAGAAUUCAGGACAAGCUGAUGCAGGUUUAUAUACCUGCAAAGUGUCCAAUGAGGCUGGGAGUGCACUCUGUACUUCUUCUGUGGUUAUUAAAGAGCCCAAAAAACCACCAGUAUUUGAUCAACCUCUUAAACCGGCAACAAUAGAAGAAGGUAAAAUCUUGCAUCUCAGUUGCCAUGUCAAGGGAUCGCAGCCCAUCAGAAUCCAGUGGCUAAAAGCUGGGAAAGAGCUAAGGUCAUCUGAUAAAUGCAGCUUGAGCUUUGCUAAUGGAUCCGCUGUUUUGGAAGUCCAGGCAGUUACUAAGACUGAUUCUGGAGAGUAUAUAUGCAAAGCUUCGAAUGCAGCUGGAACUGAUUCUUGCAAGUCAAAAGUAACAAUUAAAGAAAAAGCAGUAGCUGCGCCAGCAGCUAAGAAAGCACCAACUGAUGGCAAGCUUUACUUCGUCUCGGAGCCUCAAAGCAUCACUGUAAUCGAAAAGAGCGUUGCAACAUUUAUUGCCAAAGUAGGUGGUGAUCCCAUCCCCAAUGUUAAAUGGAUGAAGGGAAAAUGGAGGCAACUCAACCAAGGAGGUCGCAUUAGCAUUCAGCAAAGAGGAGAUGAAGCCAAGCUGGAAAUAAAGGAUACAACAAAAACUGAUUCUGGGCAUUACAGAUGUGUGGCUUUCAAUCAACACGGUGAAAUUGACAGCAACGUCAACCUACAGGUUGAGGAGAAGAAACAAGAAAUGAUAGAGGGGGAUCUUAGAGCAAAACUAAAGAAGACCCCAACUAAAAGGAAGGAAGAUGAGGAAGAAAAGGCCAUUGAUAUAAUGGAACUUCUGAAAAAUGUAGAUCCUAAAGAAUAUGAAAAAUAUGCACGUAUGUAUGGAAUUACCGAUUUCCGAGGUCUCCUCCAAGCCUUUGAGCUGCUGAAACAAAGCCAGGAAGAAGAAACUCAUAGACUGGAGAUUGAAGAAACACAGAGAUCUAGAAGGGAAGAACAAGAGUUUGAUGAACUGGUAUCAUUUAUUCAACAAAGACUUACACAGACAGAGCCCAUCACUCUGAUCAGAGAUAUUGAAGAUCUGACUGUAGUAACAGAUGAAGAUGCCGUGUUUGAGUGUGAGAUUAAAAUUAACUAUCCAGAAAUCAAACUUUCCUGGUACAAAGGCACAGAAAAACUGGACUCUAACAACAAGUAUGAAAUAAGAAUUGAAGGUGACCGACACAUACUUAAAAUCAGGAAUUGUCAACUUGGAGAUCAAGGAAAUUACAGAGUGGUCUGUGGACCACAUAUUGCCAGCGCUAAGCUUACUGUGAUUGAACCAGCAAUUGAACGGCAUCUGCGUGACACUUCACUCAAAGAAGGCUUUACGUGCUCUUUCGCCUGUCAGUUUUCUGUUCCAAAUGCAAAAUCCCAGUGGUUCAGAAAUGGAAAGGCUCUUAAGAUAGGAGGUAGAUAUUCAACUGAAGUCUCAGAAAAGAUGCACAGGCUCAUUAUCAAGGAUGUGCGAACAGAAGACCAGGGGCGCUAUACCUGCAGGUUUGACCAUCUGGAAACAACUGCUGACCUAACAAUUGAAGCUGAACCCAUCCAGUUUACAAAGACCAUUCAGAACAUAGUGGUGAGUGAAUACCAAUCUGCAACCUUUGAGUGCGAGGUAUCCUUUGAUGAUGCAGUCGUCACAUGGUAUAAAGGCAAAGUUGAACUCAGGGAGAGUCAAAAGUACAGUUUCAGAAGUGAAGGCCGUUGCCAUUAUAUGACUAUCCACAAUGUUACUGCAGAUGAUGAAGGGGUGUAUUCUGUAAUUGCUCGUCUUGAGCCAAGAGGUGAAGCAAGAAGCACUGCUGAACUUUAUCUGACUACCAAAGAAAUUAAACUGGAAGUGAAGCCCCCAGAUAUCCCAGAUGCUAGAGUUGCAGUUCCUGUUGAAGUUCCAGCUGAAGAAACUCCUGCUCUUCCUCUCUUCCUUCUGAUGCCAGAAGAGAAGAAAAAGGAAAAAGUCGUUAAAAAGACAACCGUGCAGAAAGUCACCAAAAAGGUGGUUCCAAAAGCUCCCGAAGAAGUUGCCCCUCCUAAAGAAGUGGUAAAGGAACCAGAACCCCCACCUUCAGCCCUAGUCCCAGUCCCAAAAGUACAGGAAAUUAUUCCAGCAGAAGCUCCUGCAAAGAAACCUCAGGAAGUCAAAGUAACCACUGUAGCUAAGAAGAAAGAAGCAGUUUAUGAGAAGAAGGAAGAAGUAUAUGAGGUUCACAAAGAAGAAUAUGAAGAAUGGGAAGAGGAUUAUGGAGAGGAGCAUGAAUAUUAUGAACGAGAAGAAGGCUACGAUGAAGGAGAAGAGGAAUGGGCAUAUGGAGAAAGACAAGUAACUUAUGAGGAAAAGCAAAUUCAUCGCAAAGAAGUUGUCCAGGUCCCAGGAAAGCCAGAACAUCCUGCACGGAAGCCACCAGAGAUUUCAGCCAAAAAAGUAGAGAAGAAAGUUGUGGUAGAAAAAGUGCCGGCCGUGCCGAAAAAAGCCGUGCCAGAAGAGAAAGUGCCUGUUGCGGUCCCCAAAAAACCAGAGCCCGCUCCACCUAAAGUUCCCGAGAUGCCCAAGAAGGCUGUGCCAGAAGAGAAAAUACCUGUUGCAGUGCCUAAAAAACCAGAGCCUCCACCUGCUAAAGUGCCUGAGGUACCCACAAAAGUUGUCCCGGAAAAGAAGGUGCCAGCUGCUGUUCCAGAAGCACCGCCAGCUAAAGUGCCUGAGGUACCAAAGAAACGUGUACCGGAAGAGAAAGUUGUGCCUAAAAAGCCAGAGGUGCCACCAGCUAAAGUGCCUGAGGUACCAAAGAAACCUGUCCCAGAAGAAAAAGCUCCAGUGGCUGUGCCAAAGAAGCCAGAACCUCCACCUGCCAAAGUGCCUGAGGUGCCAAAGAAAGUUGUUCCGGAAAAGAAAGUACCAGCUGAAGUGCCUAAGAAACCGGAAGCUCCACCUGCUAAAGUCACAAGAGAAGUUAAGAAACCAGAGGAAGAACCUAAGCCAGAGAAGGAACCAAAAGCUCCACCCAAGCCUCUUGAAAAGAUUAAGAAGCCUGAAGUACCGGAGGUUGAAAAGAAGAAAACUGAGAUCCCAGCUUUCAAGAAAAGGGAAGAAAAAGAAAAACCUGUGCCUGAACCAGCAAAAGUUCCAGAACCUAAACCAGCCGCAAUUCCUGAACCAAAGCCUGCUACAGCCCUAAAAUCUCCUAAGCCCCCCGCAGAACCCAAACCUGAAGCAGCUCCUUUAACAACACCAGUGGUUGGAAAGAAAGCAGAGCCUAAAACUACACCAAAGGAGGAAGCUGGCAAGCCUAAACUUCCUAUUAAAGCCAAAAAGACACCUUCGCCAGCAGAUGCUGAGAGGAGGAAAUUAAGACCAGGAAGUGGUGGCGAGAAACCUCCGGAUGAGCCUCCUUUCACAUACCAGCUGAAAGCUGUGCCGCUCAAGUUUGUUACAGAGAUUAAAGACAUAGUGCUGACAGAAGCAGAGUCGAUAGGCUCUUCCGCCAUCUUUGAGUGCCUCAUCUCUCCCUCUACUGCCAUUACCUCUUGGAUGAAAGAUGGCAGCAACAUCCGCGAGAGUCCUAAGCACAGGUUCCUCUCUGAUGGGAAAGACAGAAAGCUCCACAUUAUUGAUGUCCAGCUUUCAGACGCUGGGGAAUACACUUGUGUACUGAAACUGGGAAAUAAAGAAAAGACCUCUACAGCGAAACUUAUUGUUGAAGAAUUACCAGUGCGCUUCGUGAAGACUCUGGAGGAGGAACUUACUGUCAUCAAAGGGCAACCCUUUUAUCUAAGUUGUGAGCUGAACAAAGAAAGAGAUGUGGUCUGGAGAAAAGAUGGGAAAAUCAUCAAAGACAAAUCUGGAAAAUUUGCUCUGGGUAUUAUUGGUUUGCAGCGUGCCGUUACAAUCAUGGAUGCUGAUGACACUGAUGGAGGUGUAUACACUGUGACUGUUGAGAAUACUGACCUCACCUGUCAGUCAACUGUGAAAGUGGUUGAAGUGAUAAAAGACUGGCUAGUGAAGCCUAUUAGAGACCAGCAUGUGAAACCAAAGGGUACUGCUACCUUUGCUUGUGAUGUUGUGAAGGAUACACCAAAUAUUAAAUGGUACAAAGGUGAAGAGGAGAUUCCUCUUGAACCCAAUGACAAAACAGAAAUUGUAAAAGAUGGACCUCAUCUCUUCCUCAAAAUUAAGAACUGCACACCAGAAGAUCUUGGAGAAUAUGCCGUGGAAGUUGAAGGGAAGAGAUACCCAGCUAAACUGACACUGGGUGAACGUGAAGUUGACCUGCUUAAGCCCAUUGAAGAUGUCACUAUUUAUGAAAAAGAAACAGCAAACUUUGACUGUGAGAUUUCUGAAGACGAUAUCCCCGGUGAAUGGAAACUGAAAGGAGAAACACUCAGACCCUCACCUACUUGUGAGAUCAGAGCUGAAGGAGGAAAACGCUUCUUAACCUUACACAAAGUCAAAAUAGACCAGGCUGGAGAGGUUCUCUACCAGGCAUUGAAUGCAGUGACUUCAGCUAUUUUGACAGUGAAAGAAAUCGAGCUGGACUUUGCUGUGCCUUUGAAAGAUGUGACUGUACCAGAGAAACGGCAGGCGAGAUUUGAAUGUGUGCUCACCAGGGAAGCCAAUGUGAUAUGGACUAAAGGCACUGAUAUAAUCAAAGUUGGAGAUAAAUUUGACAUAAUUGCAGAUGGAACAAAACACAUUCUGGUCAUCAAUGAUUCUCAGUUUGAUGAUGAAGGAGAGUACACUGCUGUAGUCGAAGGGAAGGAAAGCACUGCAAAAUUGUUUGUGGAAGGUGUCCGGCUGAAAUUUAUCUCCCCACUCAAAGAUCAGACAGUGAAGGAAGGAGAAACAGCCCACUUUGAUUUUGAACUUUCUCAUGAAGAUAUGCCAGUAACCUGGUACAAAAAUGAUAAGAAAAUCCACAAUAGCAGAACAGUUCUCAUUUCUGUAGAAGGGAAGAAACACAAAUUAGAAAUUAGAGAAGUGACACUUGAUGACAUCUCCGAAAUCAAGGCUGUAGUGAAGGCAUUGCACACCAAGGCAAACCUGAAGGUUUUAGAGGCCGACCCAUAUUUCGUUGUGAAAUUGCAAGAUUAUACUGCUGUUGAGAAAGAUGAUAUCAUUCUGGAGUGUGAACUUAGCAAAGAUGUCCCAGUGAAAUGGUAUAAAGAUGGUGAGGAACUUGUAGCUUCCAAGAGAAUCUCCAUCAAGACUGAUGGCAAGCGCCGCAUAUUAAAAAUUAAAAAAGCAACCGAUGCUGAUAAGGGAAAUUAUGAGUGUAACUGUGGAACUGACAAGACAAAUUCUGAAGUUAAGAUUGAGGCUCGUAUGAUAAAAAUAGAGCGCCCUCUCUAUGGAGUGGAAGUAUUUGUUGGUGAAACAGCACGAUUUGAGGUCGAAAUCUCUGAGCCUGAUGUCCAUGCCAUUUGGAAGUUAAAGGGAGAAACUUUAACAGCUUCACCUGAUUGUGAAAUGAUUGAAGAUGGCAAGAAACAUGUCUUGAUUCUUUACAACUGCAAACUGGAUAUGACAGGAGAAGUGUCCUUCCAAGCUGCAAAUGCUAAAAGCGCUGCAAAUCUGAAAGUGAAAGAGCUGCCUCUCAUCUUUAUAACUCCGCUCAGUGACAUUAAAGUCUUUGAGAAGGAUGCUGCAAAGUUUGAAUGUGAGGUAUCAAGGGAACCGAAGACUUUCCGUUGGUUGAAAGGAACCCAAGAGCUCGAAGGGGAUGAGAAAUUUGAAAUCAUAACAGAAGGCACAAAGCAUGCACUUGCCAUUAAGAGUGUGGCUUUUGAGGAUGAGGCUAAAUAUAUGUUUGAGGCCGAAGACAAACGGACAAGUGCAAAGCUGAUCAUUGAAGGCAUUCGCCUUCAAUUCAUUACCCCUCUCAAGGAUGUAACUGCAAAGGAGCGCGAGACUGCAGAAUUUACUGUUGAGCUUUCCCAUGACAAUAUCCCUGUUAUCUGGUAUAAGAAUGACCAACGGCUCCAUACCACCAAGGUUGUUUCAAUGAAGGACGAUGGCAAAUUCCAUACGCUCACAUUCAAAGAUCUCAAUAUUGAUGACACAUCUCAGAUAAAAGUGGAAGCUAUGGGCAAAUCGUGUGAAGCUAAACUUACUGUCCUUGAGGGGGAUCCUUAUUUUACUGGGAAGCUUCAGGAUUACACUGCUGUGGAGAAAGACGAAGUGAUUUUGCAAUGUGAAAUUAGCAAAGCAAAUGCUCCCGUAAAAUGGUUUAAAGAUGGACAAGAACUAACUCCGUCUAAGAAUGUCAUUAUCAAGGUCGAUGGCAAAAAGAGAAUACUCAUCCUCAAGAAAGCCUUGAAGAAAGACAUUGGUCAAUAUACCUGUGAUUGCGGCACUGAUCAGACUUCUGCCAAGCUGAACAUUGAAGAUCGUGAUAUUAAGAUUGUACGUCCCUUAUAUAGCGUGGAAAUAUUUGAGACAGAGACUGCACGUUUCGAUACAGAAAUCUCUGAGGAAGAUAUUCAUGCUAACUGGAAAUUGAAAGGGGAGCCUUUGACACAGACACCUGACUGUGAAAUUAAGGAGGAAGGCAAAAGGCACUGUCUUACACUCUACAACGUGCGCUUGGGCCAGGCCGGUAGCGUAGACUUCCAAGCAGCCAAUGCCAAAUCAACUGCUAAUCUUCGAGUAAAACCACGUGUAAUUGGCCUACUGAGGCCUCUGAAGGAUGUAACUGUAACAGCUGGUGAAACGGCAAACUUUGAAUGUGAACUCUCCUAUGAGGGAAUUGUAGUGGACUGGUUCUUGAAAGGACAGAAAUUGGAGCCCAGUGACAAGAUCGUGCCCCGUGCUGAAGGUAGAGUUCACACCCUCGUUCUAAGAGAUGUGAAACUAACAGAUGCUGGAGAAGUCAAACUGACUGCAAAGGAUUUCAGAACUCAAGCAAAUCUUUUUGUAAAAGAACCACCUGUUGAGUUUACUAAGCCUCUUGAGGACCAGACUGUAGAGGAGGAAGCUACUGCAGUUCUGGAGUGUGAAGUAUCCAGAGAAAAUGCGCCAGUGAAAUGGUUCAAGAAUGGCCAAGAAAUCCACAAGACAAAGAAAUAUGAUAUAAUUGCUGAUGGCAGAGUGAGAAAACUUAUCAUUCACGGCUGCACACUGGACGAUGCUAAAACGUACACAUGUGAUUCUAAAGAUUUCAAGACAUCUUGUUUCUUGAACGUUGAACCACCUCAUGUUGAGUUCACAAAGCCCCUUACAGAUAUUGAAGUUAAAGAAAAAGAAGUUGCUCGGUUUGAAUGUGAAAUUUCCCGACCAAAUGUUCAGGCACGGUGGUUUAGGGAUGGUGUUGAAAUCAGAAAAGGCAAGAAGUUUGACAUCAUUGCUAAAGGUGCCCAGAGAAUACUUGUUAUCAACAAAUGUCUGCUUGAUGAUGAAGCAGAAUACGCAUGUGAAGCAAAAGGAGCCAGAACCUCUGGCAUGCUGACAGUGAUAGAAGAGGAAGCUGUCUUUACCAAAAAACUUCCCAAUGUGGAAGCAAGUGAAACAGACACUGUCAAAUUGAUUUGUGAAGUUUCCAAGCCCGAUGCAGAAGUAACCUGGUUCAAAGGCGAUAAGGAGUUGCCUGAAGGCGGUAGAUAUGAACAGAUCGCUGAUGGCCGGAAGAGAAUUUUGGUCAUCCAUAAUGCUAGUCUUGAUGAUGCAGGAGCAUACAGCUGCAAGCUUCCUAGCAGUCAGACAACUGGCAAGCUGAAAGUUCAUGAACUUGCAGCAGAAUUUAUAACCAGGCCACAGAACGUUGAAGUACUUGAAGGAGAAAAAGCAGAAUUUGUCUGCUCAGUAUCCAAAGAAGCCUUUGAUGUACAGUGGAUAAGGGAUGAUACUGUUCUUGAAGCCAAUGAAAAGUAUGACAUAAUUUCUGACGGCAAAAAGAGAGUCCUGGUCAUUAAAGACUCUGUCCUGGAUGACGAUGGAAGUUAUUCUGUCAUGGUCGGUGCAGCCAAAGCAACAGCCCGCUUGACAGUGAUUGAAAAACUCAGGAUUGUCAUUCCACUGAAGGACCAACAAGUAAGAGAGGGAGAAGAGCUUGUGUUUAACUGUGAGGUUAAUACAGAAGGUGCCAAGGCGAAGUGGUACAAAGAUGAAGAAGCAAUAUUUGACAGUGCAAAAUACAUCAUGGUCCAUAAGGAUUUAGUUUACACUCUAAGAAUUAGAGACGCCCAUUUGAAUGACCAAGCAACCUACAACAUAGUCCUGGCAAACAAGAGAGGAGAACAAGUAAAGAGCUCUGCUACUUUGACUGUGCUUGAGGAAGACCUCAGAAUUAUUGAGCCUCUUCAAGACAUCGAAACCAUGGAGAAGAAGUCUGUCACGUUCUGGUGUAAGGUUAACCGCCUCAACGUAACCCUCCAGUGGACAAAGAAUGGCGAAGAAGUCACCUUUGACCGCCGCAUUUUGUACAAAGUGGAUAAAUACAAGCAUUCACUUAUCAUUAAAAACUGUGGAUUUAUAGAUGAAGGGGAGUACGUUGUUACUGCUGGCCAAGACAAGUCGGCUGCAGAGCUUAUUAUCACGGAGGCACCUGCAGAUUUCAUUGAGCACUUGCAGGACCAGACAGUCACUGAAUUUGAUGAUGCAGUCUUCAGUUGCCAGCUUUCCAAAGAGAAAGCAAUGGUGAAGUGGUACAGAAACGGACGAGAAAUCAAAGAGGGCAAAAAGUAUCAGUUUGAAAAGGAUGGAAAUUUACACAGGUUAAUCAUAAAAGACUGCAGGCCAGAGGAUGAAUGCGAGUAUUCCUGCGGUGUGGAUGACAGGAGAUCCAGAGCAAGACUUUUUGUGGAGGAAAUUCCUGUGGAGAUUAUCCGGCCACCGCAAGAUAUUUACGAAGCCCCUGGCUCUGACGUCCUUUUCUUUGCUGAACUGAAUAAAGAUAAGGUGGAAGUCAAAUGGUUGAGAAAUAACAUGAUUAUAGUCCAGGGAGAUAAACACCAAAUGAUGAGUGAAGGAAAGGUCCAUAGGCUGCAAGUCUGUGAGAUUAGGCCUCGCGAUCAAGGAGAAUAUAGAUUUAUUGCCAAAGAUAAAGAAGCUCGAGCUAAGCUAGAACUGGCAGCUGCUCCAAGAAUAAAGAUAGCUGAUCAGAACCUUGUGGUAGAUGUUGGACAGCCAUUGACUAUGAUGGUUCCAUAUGAUGCCUACCCACGAGCAGAAGCUGAGUGGCUUAAGGGAGAAGAAGCCUUGCCCACUCUUACUGUUGAUACAACACCUGAGAGUACCACUUUCAGAAUUCACGAAGCAAAGACGACUGACAGAGGGAGUUACAAAAUCAUCCUUAAAAAUAAGCACGGCCAAGCUGAAGCACACAUCAACGUUCAAGUUAUUGAUGUCCCUGGCCCAGUUAGAAACCUGGAAGUAACUGAGACAUUUGAUGGUGAAGUUAGCCUUGCCUGGGAGGAACCAGAAAGUGAUGGUGGUAGUAAAAUCACUGGGUAUGUUGUUGAAAGGCGUGAUGUCAAACGAAAGACCUGGAUAUUGGCAACGGAUCGUGCCGACAGUUGUGAAUACACAGUGACUGGCCUUCAAAGGGGAGGCGUGGAGUAUCUCUUCCGCGUGAGUGCGAAAAACAGAGUGGGCACCGGCGAGCCAGUUGAAACAGACAAACCUGUGGAAGCCAAGAGCAGAUUUGAUGUCCCAGGACCUCCUCUCAAUGUACAAGUUGUUGAUGUGAACAGAUUUGGUGCAUCUCUUACUUGGGAGCCCCCAGAUUAUGAUGGAGGCUCUCCGAUUACGGGCUAUAUCAUUGAAUUACGUGACAGAGCUUCAAUCAAGUGGGAGCCAGCCAUGACCACAGGAGCACAUGACUUAGCUGGAACCUUAACUGAUGUGGUGGAAAACAAAGAAUACUUUUUCAGAGUCAGAGCUCAAAACCAGGUUGGAAUUGGCAAACCUAGUGCUUCUACACAUGCGGUGAAGAUUAUGGAUCCAAUUGAAAAACCAAGUCCUCCCAUUAACCUCGAUCAUUCUGACCAAACUAUGUCAUCUGUGAAACUUACAUGGGAACCUCCCUUGAAAGAUGGAGGCAGCCCAGUACUGGGCUACAUUAUUGAAAGGCGCGAAGAGGACACAGACAACUGGAUCCGUUGCAACGCAAAACUUGUGCCUAGUCUUAAUUAUAAGGUAACUGGGUUGAAACCUCUAGCCAGGUAUUAUUAUAGAGUAUCUGCAGAAAAUGCUGCUGGUGUGUCAGAUCCUGCUGAAGCUAUUGGACCACUGACUGCUGAUGAUCCUCAUACUGGACCUACAAUGGACUUAAGUGGAUUUAAAGAUGGACUGGAGGUUAUUGUCCCAGACCCUGUCAAGAUACGUGUUCCUAUUACUGGCUAUCCAGUCCCAACUGCCACAUGGUCUGUCGGCGACAAAGUUUUAGAACAGGGUGACCGGGUGAAAAUUGACACGUCUGCUGCCUUUGCAGAGCUUGUUAUUACCCCAAGUGAACGGCCAGACAAAGGCAUCUAUACCUUGAAAUUAGAAAACCCUGUGUCAUCUGUAUCAGGAGAAAUCAAUGUUAAUGUCAUUGCUCGCCCAAGUGCACCAAGAGAACUACUAAUUGGAGAGAUAACUAGGAACUCCGUCCAAUUAAAUUGGGAACCACCUGAAGAUGAUGGAGGAAGCCCAGUGACUGGCUAUCUUGUUGAAAAGCGUGAAGUGAGCCGCAAAACAUGGGUCAAGGUGAUCGACAACGUCCUUGACCAAGAGUUCACUGUACCAGAUUUGGUUCAAGGAAAAGAAUAUUUGUUCAGGGUCUCAGCAUGUAACAAAUGUGGACCAGGAGAGCCUGCUUACAUUGAUGAGCCUGUUAACAUGUCAGCACCUGCUACGGUGCCUGAUCCACCAGAGAAUGUGAAAUGGAGGGAUCCAACAUCUAAGUCCAUUUUCCUCACAUGGGACCCACCUAAGUAUGAUGGCGGUUCGCGUAUCAAAGGCUAUCUGGUUGAAAAAUGCCAGCGUGGCACUGACAAAUGGGAGCCCUGUGGCGAGCCGGUCAUUGAGACAAAAAUGGAAGUGACAAAACUUAAGGAAGGAGAAUGGUAUGCUUAUCGCGUGAAGGCUCUGAACAGGCAAGGAGCAAGUAAACCAAGCAAGCCAACAGAUGAAAUCCAGGCUGUGGAUGCAAUGGAGGCCCCUGAGAUUUUCCUAGAUGUGAAACUGCUUGCUGGAAUCACUGUCAAAGCUGGAACUAAGAUAGAGCUGCCGGCAAGGAUAAAUGGAAAACCUGAGCCACGGAUUAGCUGGACAAAAGCUGAACACACCCUGAGACCUGAUAAUAGAAUAACCAUUGAAUCCAAACCUAACCAUUCCACGGUCAUAAUAACAGAGAGCAAGAGAAGUGACAGCGGCACCUAUAUUAUUGAAGCCGUAAAUGCCAGUGGCCGGGCAACAGCUACAGUUGAAGUUAAUGUCCUAGAUAAGCCUGGCCCACCAGCUGCGUUUGAUAUCUCCGACAUUACAAACGUAUCUUGUGCUUUGACUUGGAAUCCUCCUAGAGAUGAUGGCGGCUCCAGAAUCACAAACUACGUUCUGGAACAAAGAGCUGCAGACAGUGAAGUGUGGCACAAACUAUCAUCCACUAUCAAAGAGACAAACUUCAAAGUAACAAACCUAACACCACUUAAGGAGUACAUUUUCAGAGUCAGCGCAGAAAACAUGUACGGAGUUGGAGAGCCAGCCCAGUCUGUUCCUAUCGUUGCUAAAUAUCCAUUUGAUCCGCCAGGUCCUCCUACACGAGUUCAGCCUGUUGAGAUCACUAAAGAUUCUGUAACAUUGACUUGGGUAGAACCAGAUGAAGAUGGUGGCAGCCCUAUCACUGGUUAUUGGGUUGAACGGUUGGACCCUGAUCAAGAUAAAUGGGUCCGUUGCAAUAAAAUACCAGUUAAAGAUACAACAUCCAAGGUUAAAGGUCUCACGUUCCAUAAGAAGUACAAGUUCCGUGUCGUGGCAGAGAAUCUUGCUGGGCCAGGAAAGCCAAGCAGAGCAACAGAACCAGUCUUAGUGAAGGAUCCUAUUGAUCCCCCAUGGCCACCCGGCAAGCCAACUGUGAAAGACGUUGCCAAGACCUCAUGUUUCCUGAACUGGACGAAGCCAGAACACGACGGCGGUGCCAAGAUUGAAUCGUAUGUAGUUGAAUUGUUAAAGACUGGCACAGACGAGUGGGUGAGAGUGGCUGAAGGAAUCCCCACAACAGAACACUUCCUCAAAGGGCUUAUGGAGAAACAAGAAUAUUCCUUCCGAGUCAGAGCUGUGAACAAAGCUGGAGAGAGUGAGCCUAGUGAGCCCAGCGAUCCCGUGCUAUGCAAGGAGAGACUGAAUCCUCCUUCACCACCUCGAUGGCUUGAGGUCAUUAAUAUCACUAAAAACACUGCAGACCUUAAAUGGACGGUACCAGAACGAGACGGAGGUUCUCCUAUUACAAAUUACAUUGUUGAAAAGAGAGACGUACGGCGGAAAGGCUGGCAGACGGUUGAUACUACAGUUAAGGACACCAAAUAUACAGUGACACCACUAACAGAAGGCUCUCUGUAUGUAUUCCGUGUGGCUGCAGAAAAUGCAGUGGGGCAGAGUGACUACUGUGAAAUUGAAGACUCCGUUCUUGCAAAAGACACCUUCACUACCCCUGGAGCACCAUAUGCACUUACACCAGUCGAAGUGACGAAGAGACAUGUUGACCUAAAAUGGGAGCCCCCUAAGAAUGAUGGUGGCAGACCAAUUCUACGAUACGUUAUUGAAAAGAAAGAGAAGCUUGGCACACGCUGGGUGAAAGCUGGCAGAACAUCAGGCCCUGACUGCAACUUCAGAGUAACGGAUGUCAUAGAAGGUACAGAGGUGCAGUUCCAGGUCCGUGCUGAAAAUGAAGCCGGCUGUGGUCACCCCAGCGAACCGACUGACAUCCUGGCAAUUGAAGAUCCAACAAGCCCUCCUUCACCUCCUCUGGACUUACAUGUGACAGAUGCAGGAAGAAAACACAUUUCGAUUGCGUGGAAACCCCCAGAGAAAAAUGGCGGCAGUCCUAUAAUCGGAUACAAUAUAGAACUCUGUGAAGCAGGAACUGAGAAAUGGAUGAGAAUAAAUUCUCGACCAGUCAAAGAUUUGAAAUACAAAGCAGAAGAAGGCGUUGUCCCUGACAAGGAAUAUAUUCUCAGGGUCAGAGCUGUCAAUGCUAUAGGGGCCAGUGAUCCGUCAGACAUAUCAGAAAACGUUGUCGCCAAAGAUCCAGACUGUAAUCCAACUGUUGAUAUAAAGACUACAGACCUCGUUGUGGUUGAAGGUGAAAAAUUAAGUAUUCCCGUGCCGUUCAGAGCUGUUCCAACUCCAACCAUUGCUUGGCAUAAGAGUGGGAAGGAGGUGAAAGCAGGUGACCGAACGACAAUGAAGAGCGACCACAUCUCUGCCUUGCUGGAAGUAACAAAUGCAGUCCAUGCUGAUGCUGGCGUUUACACUAUUACCUUGGAGAAUAAAUUGGGUUCAACAACUGGUACAGUCAAUGUCAAAGUAAUAGGUGUGCCUGGACCAUGCAAUAGUAUUAAGGCAAGUGAAGUAACUAAAAAUUCAUGUAAAGUGACAUGGGAACCUCCAGAAUUUGAUGGCAACACUCCAAUUUUACAUUAUGUGCUGGAGCGAAGAGAAGCUGGUAGGAGAACAUACAUACCAGUGAUGUCUGGUGAGAACAAAUUGGCAUGGAAUGUAAAGGAUCUCAUACAAAAUGGUGAAUACUACUUCCGCGUUAAAGCUGUUAAUAAAAUUGGAGGAGGUGAAUACAUUGAACUAAGAAAUCCAGUGAUUGCAGAAGAUCCAAAGCAGCGUCCAGAUCCACCUAUUGACCUUGAGGUUCACAAUCCAACAUCGAAGUCAGUAACACUCACAUGGAAACCACCAUUGUAUGAUGGAGGAACCAAGAUUAUGGGCUACGUUUUGGAAAAGUUAGUUAAAGGAGGAGAAAAGUGGGAAAGAUGCAAUGACUUUUUGGUUCCUCUUUUGACUUCUCCUGUGAAAGGUCUCGAGGAAGGCAAAGAAUAUCAGUUCCGUGUCCGUGCAGAGAAUGCUGCCGGUGUCAGUGGACCUUCUAAUGUCACUCCUCUGGUGAAAGCAUUGGAUCCUGUUGAGGCUCCAAAGGUUUUCCUCAGUGCUAAUCUGCAGGCUGGCCUUGAGGUGAAGCAAGGUUCUGAGAUUGCUCUUGAAGCACACAUUUCAGGGUCACCUUACCCAACUAUUGAUUGGUUAUGGAAUGAUGAAGUUGUUAAGCCAACAGAAAUUAAGAAGAGAGUUACCAAGUUUACUAGGAAGAAGAAAGGUGAAGUUGAAGAAGAUGAGCCUUUCCACUUGUCCCUGCCAGAGCGUUUGAGCAUUGACAAUCACAGACAAGGAGAUUCUAUACUGUUCGUUCGGGAUUCAAUCAGACCAGACCAUGGCACAUAUACUAUUCGAGUUGAAAAUGAUCAUGGGGUUGCGAAAGCUUCAUGUGAAGUCAAUGUGUUAGAUACACCUGGACCACCGGUCAACUUUGUUUUUGAGGAGGUUCGUAAAAAUAGCAUCACUUGCAAGUGGGAGCCUCCUCUCGAUGAUGGCGGAAGUGAAAUAUUGAACUAUGUCCUUGAAAAGAAAGACAACACAAAAUCCGACACUGGCUGGGUUACCGUUAGUUCAACGCUUAGGCAUUGCAAAUAUAAUGUGCCUAAACUUAUUGAAGGAAAGGAAUACAUAUUCCGUGUGAAAGCUGAGAACAGAGUAGGAGCUGGACCUCCAUGUCUUUCAAAACCUGUUGUAGCUCAAGAUCCAUUCAGUCCUCCUGAUGCACCUGAUAAACCUCUAGUAGAGGAUCCAACUAGCAGUAGUCUGUUGGUUAAGUGGAAUGAGCCUAAAGACAAUGGUAGCCCCAUUUUGGGAUACUGGAUUGAAAAGCGUGAAAUCAAUGGAACUCACUGGGCUCGUGUGAACAGAGAGCGUGUAAAUACCCUGGAUACUAGAGUUGAAGGACUUUUAGAAGGCCUAACUUACGUUUUUAGAGUUUGUGCUGAAAAUGCAGCUGGCCUUGGCAAAUUCAGUCCCCCUUCAGAUCCUAAAACUGCACAAGACCCAAUAUUGCCUCCUGGCCCACCUGUUCCAAGAAUUGUUGAUACAAGCUCAACAUAUGACAUUGAAUGGGAUGCUCCACUAUACAAUGGGGGUAGUGAAAUCACUGGCUACCAUGUUUACAAGAAUUUUGUUGGCUCAAAUGAAUGGUCUCGCUGCACAGAAAGACCUAUUAAGGUCCGGAGCUAUAUAGUUAAAGGAAUUAGAGAAGGUGCAGAUUACAAACUUCGUGUUACUGCUCUUAAUGUUGCUGGGGAAGGACCUCCUGGAGAAACAGAGCCUGUAACAGUUGCAGAACCUCAAGAGCCUCCCACUGUUGAAUUUGAUAUUUCUGUCAGGGCAGGUGUUCAGAUAUUGGCAGGUCAAGCUCUUAAACUCCCUGCUGUUGUUACUGGACGACCUACCCCUACAAUUGUAUGGACUGUAGAGGAUGCAGAUGUUGACAAAGAGCGAGUUGUGAUUGAAAAUGUUGGCACUUCAUCUGAGCUGUUUAUCAAAAAUGCGCUCAGAAAAGACCAUGGAAGAUAUGUGAUUACUGCAACUAACGAAAGUGGUUCUAAAUUUGCUGCAACCAGAGCAGAAAUAUUUGAUGUUCCUGGACCGGUUACUGACUUGCAUCCUGUGGUGGUAAAUAGAAAGAUGUGUCUACUUAACUGGGAUGAUCCCAAAGAUGAUGGAGGAAGCGAGAUCAUAGGUUUCAUUGUGGAGAGGAAAGAUGCCAAAAUGCAUACAUGGAGACUAGCCGUAGAUACAGACAGAUCUAAGUGUGAUAUAACAGGUCUUGUUGAAGGACAAGAAUAUAAGUUCCGUGUAUUCGCCAAGAACAAGUUUGGCUGUGGUCCACCUGUUGAACUGGGACCUCUCCUUGCUGUUGACCCCAAAGGUCCUCCAAGUGCUCCUGAGAGGUUCAUGUACACAGAGAGAACGAAAACAUCUGUCACACUUGACUGGAAGCCUCCCCGUAAUGAUGGUGGCAGCCCCAUCAUCGGCUACAUUGUUGACAAAAGAAGACAUGACUCAAAUGAAUUUGAAAGAGUCAAUAAGAGACUCUGUCCAACUACAUCCCUUCUUGUGGACAAUCUUGCUGAGCUGCAUAUGUAUGAGUUCCGAGUCAAGGCUGUCAACGAGAUUGGAGAAAGUGAACCAUCACUGCCCCUUAAUGUGGUCGUACAGGAUGAUGAAGAACCUCCCACAGUGACAUUGCAUCUAACUGUUAGAGGAGAUACUAUCAAAGUUAUGGCAGGGCAACCAGUCAACAUUCCAGCAGAUGUGACAGGCCUCCCAAUGCCAAAGAUUGAAUGGUCUAAAGAUGACGUUGUUAUUGAUAAAACAUCAGAUGCCCUCAAGAUCACCAAAAAGGAAACAAGUAGAACAGAGGCGAAAACUGAACUCAGCAUGCCUGCAGCAGUUCGGAAUGAUAAAGGCACUUACACAGUUUCAGCUUCUAAUCGUCUUGGCACCGCAUACCGCAAUGUUCACAUUGAAGUAUUUGAUCGUCCUUCUCCACCGAGAAAUCUCACUGUAUCGGAUAUUAAAGCCGAAUCUUGCUGUUUGACUUGGGAUGCCCCACUCGAUAACGGUGGCAGUGAGAUUACGCACUACAUUAUUGAGAAGCGUGAUGCGAGCAAGAAGAAGUCUGACUGGGAGGAAGUAUCCAGCACUGUUGUGGAUAGACGAUUUGGGGUCUAUAAACUGGCAACAAAUGGACAAUAUCAAUUUAGAGUGAGGGCCGUUAACAGGUUUGGGACAAGUGACGAAUGCCUUUCAGAAAAGGUAGUUAUCAAGGAUCCUUAUGGUCUUCCUGGACCCCCUGGAAAACCAAAGGUUACAGAACACACCAGGUCAUCAAUGCUGGUAACAUGGACGCCUCCACUAGACAAUGGUGGAGCUCCAAUUACUGGCUAUUGGCUGGAAAAGAAAGAAGAAGGAGGUGUCUACUGGUCUCGUGUCAACAGAGCUCCAGUGACAAAACCAGCAGUGAAAGGACUGGAAUACACUGUACUGCGUUUGAUUGAAGGUGUAAAAUACCAGUUCCGAGCUAUGGCUGUGAAUAUUGCUGGAAUUGGCCCUCCCAGUGAACCAUCAGAUCUUUAUGAAGCUGCAGAUCCGAUCUAUCCUCCUGGAGCACCAUCAUGCCCAGAUGUCAAAGACAGAACCAACUCAACUAUAUCUCUUGCAUGGAAACCUCCACAAAAAGAUGGUGGCAGUCCUAUCAAAGGAUAUAUUGUCGAAAUGCAAGAAGAAGGUAGUUUAGAUUGGAAGAGUGUGAACGAACCGGACAAGCUGUUCCCUACCUGCGAUUGUGUUGUACCCAAUCUGAAAGAGCUCAGAAAGUACAGAUUCAGAGUAAAGGGCUGUGAAUGCUGCAGGGAAUCUGAGCCAAGUCUCUGCACUGCAGAAAUACCAUGCAAGGAAGUUCAAGAGGAGCCAGAAAUAUUUAUUGAUGUUGGAGCACAAGACCUACUCUCUUGCCGUAUUGGUACAACAAUCAGAAUUCCAGCAGUUAUUAAGGGACGUCCUGUUCCCAAAGUAUCUUGGGAAUUUGAAGGGGAUGCAAAGAAAGCUGUAAAGGAUGGACAUAACAUACCUGAAGAUGCUACGGUGGAAUCAACUGAUACCACAUCAGUAAUUACUAUCCCUGCAUGUAACAGAGGUCAUUCUGGAAAAUACAGUAUUACAGCAAAGAAUAAAGCAGGACAGAAAACUGUAAAUGUCAGGGUGAAUGUCCUAGAUGCUCCAGGGCCACCAAAAGACCUGAAAGUAAGUGACAUAACAAGAUGCAGCUGUAAACUUUCAUGGAAAAUGCCGGACAAUGAUGGUGGAGACAGAAUCAGAAACUAUAUUAUUGAGAAAAGAACUGUUGAAGGGAAAGCCUGGACAAAAGUUAAUCCCAACUGUGCUGGCACAUCAUUGCUUAUUCCUGAUCUCAUAGCUGGGCAACAAUACUUCUUCAGAGUACGUGCAGAAAACCGCUUUGGUGUUGGACCCCCAGCAGAUACAAUUCAAAGGACUACAGCAAGGGAUCCAAUCCAUCCUCCUGACCCACCUAUCAAGCUCAAGAUUGGUCUUAUAACAAAGAACACGGUAAGCUUGACAUGGAAACCUCCAAAGAAUGACGGCGGUGCUCCGGUAACACAUUAUAAUGUGGAGUGCCUUCGCUGGGACCGUACUGGUGAAGGGAAGGAAGCCUGGCGACAGUGCAAUAGACGGGAUGUGGAAGAAACAAAGUUUACUGUUGAAGACCUUAAAGAAGGCGACGAAUAUGAAUUCAGAGUAAAAGCAGUGAAUGAAGCAGGUCCAAGCAGACCGUCAGCUACUGUUGGGCCAGUCGUCGUCAAAGAUCAGACAUGCCCUCCGUCUAUUGAACUCAAAGAAUUUAUGGAGGCAGAAGAAGGGACAGAUAUCAAGAUUGUAGCCAAAAUAAAGGGUGUCCCCUUCCCAACAUUGACUUGGGUCAAAGCUUCUCCAAAGAAACCUGAUGACAAAUUGCCAGUGCUAUAUGACCAACAUGUCAACAAGAUUGUGGAUGAAGAUUCCUGUACUUUGUUGAUACAGCAAUCUCGCAGAAAAGACACAGGCUUGUACACUAUAACUGCUGUCAAUAACUUUGGAACAGAUUCAAAGGAGAUGAGGCUGAAUGUGCUAGGUCGCCCUGGACCACCAGAAGGACCCAUUAAAUUUGAAUCUAUUUCCGCCGAUCAGAUGACAAUUUCUUGGCUUCCUCCUAAAGAUGAUGGUGGAUCUAAGAUAACUAACUAUGUUAUUGAAAAAAAGGAAGCAAACAGAAGGACCUGGGUCCAUGUUACCAACGAACCUAAGGAAUGCAUCUUCACAGUACCCAAACUACUAGAAGGGCAUGAAUACAUCUUCCGCAUCAUGGCACAGAAUAAAUAUGGCAUUGGGGAACCUCUUGAUAGUGAACCUGAAACUGCCAGAAAUCUAUUCACUGUUCCUGGAAUUUGUGACAAACCAACAGUCAGCAGUAUCACACAUGACUCGAUGACCGUCAACUGGGAGGAACCAGAAUAUGAUGGAGGCUCCCCUGUGACAGGUUAUUGGCUGGAGCGUAAAGAGACCACUGGAAAGAGAUGGACAAGGGUUAACCGGGAUCCUAUUAAACCUAUGACAUUGGGAGUUUCUUACAAAGUACCUGGCCUUAUUGAAGGUUCAGAUUACCAGUUCCGUGUCUAUGCUAUUAAUGCCGCCGGUGUUGGACCGCCAAGCAUGCCGUCUGAUCCAAUAACUGCAAGAGACCCAAUUUCUCCACCUGGUCCUCCAUUUCCAAAAGUUACUGAUUGGACAAAAUCUUCCGUUGACCUUGAAUGGACUCCUCCAUUAAAAGAUGGUGGUUCUAAAGUCACUGGUUACCUUGUUGAAUUUAAAGAAGAAGGGAAAGAAGAAUGGGAAAAGGCAAAAGAUAAAGAAAUAAGAGGAACCAAGUUUGUUUUGGCAGGAUUGAAAGAAGGAGGUUUCUACAGAUUUAGAGUCAGAGCAAUAAAUGCUGCUGGUAUUGGAGAGCCUGGAGAAGUCACUGAAGUCAUUGAAAUAAAGGACAGAAUAGUUGCUCCUGAUCUCAUGCUAGAUGCUCACGUGAAAGACAGAAUCGUUGUCCAUGCUGGUGGAGUGAUCCGCAUUAUAGCUUAUGUCUCAGGAAAGCCACCUCCAACAGUUACCUGGAAGAUGGAUGAGAGAGCUCUCCCAGAGGAGGCUAAAAUCGAGGAAACUGCAAUUAGUUCUUCUAUGGUUAUAAAGAACUGCAAGAGAAGCCACCAGGGCCUAUACACUCUUGUCGCUAAAAAUGCCGGAGGAGAAAGAAAGAAGACUAUUAUUGUUGAUGUGCUAGAUGUUCCAGGUCCAGUUGGCAUUCCAUUCCUUACUGAGAACCUAACCAAUGACUCAUGCAAACUUACGUGGUUUUCUCCUGAAGAUGAUGGUGGCUCAGCUAUCACCAACUACGUAAUUGAAAAGCGUGAAACAGACCACAGGGCUUGGACCCCAGUGACAUAUACAGUCACCAGGCAGAAUGCAACAGUUCAGGGGCUUUUUGAGGGCAAAGCAUACUUCUUCCGAAUUGCACCUGAGAAUAUGAUUGGCAUGGGCCCAUUUGUGGAGACAACAAAAGAGAUUUUAAUCAGAGACCCAAUAAAUGUGCCAGAGAGGCCUGAGGAUCUGGAAGUGAAAGCAGUAACGAAGGAUUCUGUUACACUGACCUGGAACCCACCAAAGUACAACGGUGGCUCUGAUAUAACCAUGUAUGUUUUGGAAAGCCGCCUUAUUGGGAAAGAGAAAUUUACCAGAGUUACAAAAGAGAAAAUGCUCGACAGGAAAUACACAGUUGAAGAUUUGAAAGAAGGCGACACUUACGAGUAUCGCGUGAGCGCUUGCAAUAUCGCGGGACAAGGCAAACCAUCAUUUGUUACGAAGCCCAUCACAUGCAAAGAUGAAAUUGCUCCUCCACAACUUGAACUUGAUAUCCGAGAGAAGCUCACUGUCCGUGUAGGAGAAGCUUUCAGUCUGACUGGCCGUUACUCAGGCAAACCAGCACCAAAGAUUACCUGGCUCAAAGAUGAAAUUUCUGUGAAGGAAGACAAACGGACAAAGAUCCAGACUACGCCAGCUACUCUUUGUUUGGGGAUAUUAAAAUCUGUCCGUGAAGAUUCAGGCAAAUAUUGUGUCAUUGUAGAAAACAGUUCAGGAUCAAGAAAAGGUUUCUGUCAAGUUACUGUAGUUGACCGCCCUCAACCACCAGUGGGCCCAGUUAUUUUUGAUGAAGUUACUAAAGAUCAUUUUGUUAUCUCCUGGAAACCUCCCUUGGAUGAUGGUGGAAGUCCAGUUACAAAUUACAUUAUUGAGAAGAGAGAUGCAAACAGAGACCUCUGGAUGCCAGUCACGUCAGCCAAUAUCAAGACAACGUGCAAAGUCCCUAAAUUACUUGAGGGAAGAGAUUAUGUUGUCCGAAUUUAUGCUGAAAACUUGUAUGGCAUGAGUGAUCCUUUGAUAUCUGAUGAAGUGAAGGCCAAGGAUCGUUUCAGUGUUCCUGCUGCACCAGAGCAACCUAUCAUUAAAGACAUCACCAAAAAUUCUGCUUUAGUUACCUGGAAGAAGCCAUAUGAUGGAGGAAAACCAAUAACCAAUUACAUACUUGAAAAGAAGGAAACUAUGUCUACUCGAUGGGCAAGAGCCACCACAGAUCAUAUUUACCCAGAUACUCAGUUCAGGGUAACAGAUCUUCUUGAAGGCUGUGAAUAUGAAUUCCGAGUUUCAGCAGAAAAUGAAAUUGGCAUUGGUGAUCCUAGCCCACCCUCAAAACCAUUCUUUGCUAAGGAUCCAAUCGUAAAACCAAGUCCACCAAUUAAUCCUGAAGCAGUGGAUAAAACUAAAAGUUCAGUUCAAUUGUCCUGGCAACCACCACGUCAUGAUGGAGGAGGCAAGAUCAUAGGCUAUCUGAUUGAGUACCAAAAGGAUGGAGAUGAGGAAUGGAAAAAAGCCAACCAUACAGCAGAUUCUUGCCCUGAGACAAAAUACAAUGUCACCGGCCUCACUGAGGGUACCAAAUAUAGAUUCAGAGUCUUUGCAGUCAAUGGGGCAGGAGAAUCCGAGCCAGCUAAUGUUCGUGAUCCAGUUGAAGUCAAGGACAGACUUGAGGCUCCUGAUUUAAUACUGGAUGCUAAUAUGACACGAGAACAACAUGUAAAAGUUGGAGAUACAUUGAGGCUAAGUGCUGUAAUUAAAGGAAUUCCAUUCCCAAAAGUGACUUGGAAGAAAGAAGAUAAGGAAGUGCCUACAAAGGCAGAUAUUGAGGUUACAGGAGUUGGCAGUAAGCUUGAAAUUCGACAUGCAGUCCAUGAAGACGGAGGGAAUUACUCCCUGACCGUGGAGAAUCCAGUUGGAUCAAAGACUGUUUCAGUAAAAGUUCUUGUUCUAGAUAAGCCUGGGCCUCCCAGGAAUCUACAGGUCAGUGAAGUGAGAAGAGAUUCUUGCUAUCUGACUUGGAAGGAACCUGAGGAUAAUGGUGGCUCUGUCAUUACGAAUUACGUUGUGGAAAGGAAAGAUGUUGCUGCUGCUCAGUGGCUACCAAUAUCAUCAUCUUCUAAGAAACACAGUCUGUUGGCUAAAUACCUCAUGGAAGGCACUCAGUAUCUCUUCCGUGUUGCUGCUGAGAACCAGUAUGGAAGAGGUCCUUACGUUGAAACCCACAAGCCAAUUAAGGCUAUAGAUCCACUUUAUCCUCCUGGCCCACCAAAGAACUUGCAUCAUGUAGAUGUUGACAGGACAGAAGUGUCUCUUGUUUGGAAUUGGCCUGAUCGGGAUGGUGGUGCUGAAAUAACUGGAUUUUUGGUGGAGUACCAAGAAGAAGGGAAAGAAGACUGGACAAAAUUCAAAACAGUCCCUGUGCCAGAAUGUGUUGUUACUGGUCUACAACAAGGGAAGAUUUACAAAUUCCGCGUAAAAGCCCAAAAUAUUGUGGGUCUUAGCCUUCCAGACACAACCAUACCAAUAGAGUGCCAAGAAAAAAUAGUGCUACCAUCAGUUGAUCUAGAUGUGAAAUUAAUAGAAGGCCUUGUUGUUAAAGCUGGCAGCACUGUACGGUUCCCUGCAAUCAUGAGAGGAGUACCUGUUCCCACUGCAAAAUGGGUCACUGAUAAUACUGAAAUCAAAUCAGAAGGCAAUUACAAGAUUGAUACUGAUAAUUACUCUACAGUUCUCACUAUUCAAAGCUGCACAAGAAAAGACACUGGAGAAUAUCUGCUCACAGUAUCCAAUAUAGCUGGAAGCAGAACUGUUCCUGUUCAUCUAACAGUUUUGGAUGUUCCUGGUCCUCCAACUGGCCCAAUUGAUAUGCUGGAAGUCACUCCCGAUCAUAUGGUUAUUGCUUGGCGACCUCCUAAAGAUGAUGGUGGAAGCCCUGUGAUUAAUUACAUUGUUGAGAAGCGAGAGACAAGGAAAGAAACCUGGGGAGUGGUCUCUUCAGGGACUAAUCAAACUAGAAUUAAAAUUCCACGUCUACAGAAGGGCUGUGAAUAUAUUUUCCGAGUUCGUGCAGAGAAUAAGAUAGGCAUUGGUCCACCUCUUGAUUCAAAACCAGCAGUUGCCAAGGCUCUGCAUGAUCCACCAUCUCCACCUGGUAAACCAGUAGUUAAUGAUAUUACAGAAAGUGGUGCAACUGUAUGUUGGACUGUGCCAAAAUCUGAUGGUGGAAGUCCAAUAACUGGAUACAUAAUUGAACGCCGUGAAAUCUCAGGGAAAUGGAUACGUGUCAACAAAUCUCCAGUGCUUGAUCUGAAAUUCAGAGCUACAGGCCUCUUUGAGGGCAACACAUAUGAAUUCCGUGUUUUUGCAGAAAACAGUGCUGGCAUAAGCAAACCAUCUCCACCUUCUGAUCCAAUCAAAGCAUCACGACCUAUGACACCUCCUGGACCACCCAUUAAUCCAAAACUCAAAGAUAAGACCAGGGAAACAGCUGAGCUAGUAUGGACUAAGCCACUCAAAGAUGGUGGUAGCCCCAUCCUGGGAUAUGUUGUGGAAUGCCAGAAAAGUGGAACUACUCAGUGGAAUAGAAUUAACAAAGAUGAACUCAUCAGACAAUGUGCCUUUACAGUACCUGGGUUAAUUGAAGGAAAUGAAUAUAGAUUCCGCAUUAAAGCUGCUAAUAUUGUAGGAGAGGGAGAACCCAGAGAACUGCCAGAAACAGUUCUUGCCAAAGACAUUCUGAUGCCUCCAGAGGUAGAACUGGAUGUCACCUGCCGAGAUGUAAUUACUGUCAGAGUAGGCCAAACGAUAAGGAUUAUAGGCAAAGUGAGAGGCAGACCAGAUCCUGACAUAACAUGGUCUAGAGAUGGCAAAAAUAUAGUAAAAGAUAAGCGUACUGACAUAAUUCAUGAAUUCCCUCAUAUAGAACUGCACAUAAAACCGGCUGUAAGAGCAGACCAUGGAAAAUACCUAAUUACAGCUAAGAACAGCAGUGGACAUGCCCAAGCAUCAGCCAUUGUUAAUGUACUUGAUAGGCCAGGGCCUUGCCAGAACCUGAAAGUAAGUUAUGUCACUAAAGAUUCUUGCAUGGUCUCUUGGGAGAAUCCUGAAGAUAACGGUGGCUCAGAAAUUACAAACUAUAUAGUAGAGUAUCGUCAACCAAACCAGAGAGGCUGGUCAAUAGUUUCUUCUGAUCUUACUAAGCGGAUAGUGAAAGCACAUCUCGUUGAAAAUCAUGAAUAUUUCUUCCGUGUUUGUGCAGAAAACAAAGUAGGUCCAGGUCCAAUUGUGGAGACCAAAACUCCAAUCCUUGCUAUUAACCCUAUUGACAGGCCAGGUGAGCCUGAAAACCUUCACAUUGCAGAAACAGGAAAGACAUUUGUGUAUCUGAAAUGGAGGAGGCCAGACAACGAUGGUGGCAGCCCCAAUUUAACAUACCAUGUUGAAAGAAAACUGAAGGAUUCAGAUGAGUGGGAAAGAGUGCACAAAGGCAGCAUUAAGGAAACACACUAUAUGGUUGACAAAUGCGUUGAAAAUAAAAUUUAUCAGUUCAGAGUUCAGACAAAGAAUGAAGGCGGUGAAAGUGACUGGGUGAAGACAAGUGAAGUUGUUGUUAAAGAAGAAAUUCAGAAACCUGUACUUGAUCUGAAGCUGUCUGGAGUACUUACUGUGAAAGCUGGUGAACCAAUAAAAAUUGUAGCAGGACUUAGAGGCAAGCCCCAACCAGAAGUAUCUUGGGCAAAGGAUUCUGCAGAUCUAUCCCAAUCUCCAAGGGCCAAAAUUGAAACAACUUCAGACUCAUCUAAGUUCCUUCUCUCAAAAGCAAGGCGCACAGAUGGCGGUAAAUAUGUUAUUACUGCCACUAAUCCAGCUGGUAGCUUUGUAGCAUAUGCUACUGUAAAUGUUUUGGACAAACCAGGACCUGUAAGAAAUUUGAAGGUGGCUGAUGUUUCAACUGACCGAUGCACGGUCAGCUGGGAUGUACCUGAAGAUGAUGGUGGUUGUGAAAUACAGAACUACAUCGUAGAGAAAUGUGAAAGCAGACGAAUGGUUUGGACUACGUAUUCCUCCUCCGUGCUAAUGACCCAUACACAUGUAACACAUCUCAUUGAAGGCAAUGAAUAUAUAUUCAGGGUCCGUGCAGAGAAUAAAAUGGGCACUGGUCCUCCAACAGAGACUAAGCCAAUUAUAGCAAAAACAAAGUACAAUAGACCUGGUCGUCCAGAUCCUCCAGAAGUCACAAAGGUCAGCAAAGAAGAAAUGACCGUAGUUUGGAAUCCACCGGAAUAUGAUGGUGGUAAAUCAAUCACAGGAUAUAUAUUAGAGAAGAAAGAGAAAAGGUCAUUAAGGUGGGUUCCUGUUAGCAAAACUGCAAUUCCAGAGAGACGCAAGAAAGUUACAAAUCUCAUUCCAGGAUAUGAAUAUCAGUUCCGUGUCAGGGCAGAAAAUGAAAUUGGAAUUGGUGAACCAAGCUACCCAUCCAAACCAGCAAUAGCAAAGGAUCCAAUAGAACCACCUGGUCCUCCCAUUAAUCUUAAGGUUGUUGAUAGCACGAAGACCUCUAUUACUCUUGGAUGGGGAAAGCCAGUCUAUGAUGGUGGUGCUCCUAUUAUUGGCUAUGUGGUAGAAAUGAGACCCAAAACUGAAAAAGCAGGUCCUGAUGAAGGAUGGAAAAGAUGCAAUGUUGCUACACAAGUUAUUCAUACAGAAUUUACAGUGACAAGCUUGGAGGAGAAAGAACUAUACGAGUUCCGGGUUUCUGCCCAAAAUCAAGUAGGCAUUGGCCGGCCAGCUGAUUUGAAAGAAGCUGUUUCUCCCAAAGAAAUUCUCGAACCUCCUGAAAUUGAUUUGGAUGCAAGCCUGAGAAAGUUAGUCAUAGUCAGAGCAGGAUGCCCCAUAAGACUUUUUGCCAUUGUUCGAGGGCGACCAGCACCUAAAGUUACCUGGAGGAAAGUGGGAAUUGAUAAUGUGAUCAGAAGGGGCCAGGUUGACCUGGUUGACACAAUGGCCUUCUGCGUCAUCCCCGAUUCUACACGGGAUGAUUCAGGCAAAUACACUUUGACAGUUGUUAACCCUGCUGGAGAAAAGGCAGUCUUCGUGAAUGUCCGUGUCCUUGAUACUCCUGGACCUGUAGCGGAGCUCAGUGUCAAGGAUGUCACAAAAACGUCCUGUCAGCUUUCAUGGACUCCACCUGAAAAUGACGGUGGUAGCCCUGUCACACAUUACAUCGUGGAAAAACGUGAAGCUGAGAGAAAGACCUGGGCAAAACUUACCGAUGAUGUAAAGAAGACUAGUUUCAAGGUUUCUAAUCUUAUGCCAGGAACUGAGUAUUUCUUCAGAGUCACUGCUGUCAAUGAAUAUGGCCCUGGUGUUCCAAGGGACACGCCCAAACCAAUCCUGGCAACAGAUCCACUAAGUGAACCUGACCCUCCAAGGAAACUAGAAGUGACUGAAAUAACAAAGAACAGUGCUUCUUUAGGGUGGCUGCCACCACUGCGUGAUGGUGGUUCUAAAAUUGAUGGCUACAUCAUUGCAUAUCAAGAAGAGGGUUAUGCUGAGGAUCACUGGACACAGUACUCCGUUGUCAAAGAUCUUCAUAUUGUUGUUGCUGGCCUAAAGGAAGGAAAGAAAUACAAAUUCAGAGUGGCUGCAAGAAAUGCUGUAGGAGUAAGCCAGCCAAAACAAACCGAAGGCAUCUAUGAAGUUAAAGAGCAACUGAUGCCACCUAAGAUUCUGAUGCCAGAUCAUGUCAAUAUAAAGGCUGGGCAGAAACUCAGGAUUGAAGCACAUGUUUAUGGGAAACCUCACCCAACUUGUAAAUGGAUGAAAGGAGACAAAGAUGUGGCAAUAUCCAGCCGUCUGGCUGUGCAUAAAGCAGACAGCACUUCAGUUCUCAUCAUUAAAGAUGUAAUUAGGAAAGACAGUGAUUAUUACAGUCUAACAGCUGAAAACAGUUCGGGAGUAGCUACUCAGAAAAUCAAAGUGGUCGUCAUGGAUGUCCCUGGUCCACCACAGCCACCAUUCGAAAUUUCUGACAUAGAUGCUGAUGCUUGCUCUUUGUCAUGGCAUACUCCUCUUGAAGACGGUGGUAGCAACAUCACUAACUACGUGGUUGAGAAGUGUGAUACCAGUCGAGGAGACUGGAUAACAGUGGUAGCUUCUGUCACAAAGACGAAUUGCAGAGUUGGAAAACUUACCCCUGGAGAAGAAUACAUGUUCCGUGUUCGUGCUGAAAACCGAUUUGGAAUUUCUGAACCGCUUCCAUCCGAUAAGAUGAUUGCAAGGUUUCCAUUUGAUGUUCCUAGUGAACCAAAGAAUGCACGUGUUACCAAGGUGAACAAGGACUGCGUUUUUGUGGCAUGGGACAGGCCAGACAGCGAUGGAGGCAGCCCAAUAACUGGUUAUCUCAUUGAACGUAAAGAAAGGAACAGUUUGCUUUGGGUGAAGGCCAAUGAUACACUUGUGCGAUCCACAGAAUACCCAUGUGCAAAUUUAAUUGAAGGCCUUGAGUACACAUUUAGAAUCUAUGCUCUGAAUAAAGCUGGUGCAAGCAAGCCUAGCAAACCAACAGAUUUUAUUACAGCAAGAACACCAGUUGAUCCCCCUGGCAAACCCGAGGUUAUUGAUGUCACUAAGAGUACUGUGUCUCUUGUCUGGGCAAGACCAAAACAUGAUGGUGGUAGCAAGAUACUUGGCUACUUUGUUGAAUCCUGUAAACUGCCUGGAGAAAGAUGGGUACGAUGCAAUACCACUCCCCAUCAAAUACCCCUGGAAGAGUACACUGCAACUGGUUUGGAAGAAGGUGCACAGUAUCAAUUUAGAGCCAUAGCAAAAACAGCAGUGAACAUUAGCUGGCCUUCUGAACCUUCUGAUCCAAUAACCGUUCAGUCAGAAAAUGUACCACCAAAAAUAGAACUCGGUGUAGCUAUGAAAUCCUUGCUUGUAGUAAAAGCUGGAACCAAUGUUUGUCUUGAGGCUAAUGUGUUCGGCAAGCCUAUGCCAACUAUUAGUUGGAAGAAAGAAGGGGAGAUCCUGAAACCAGUUGAAGGAGUCAAGAUAACCACCAAGAGAAAUUUAUCUACUGUGGAGCUCUUCAGCGUAAAUAGAAAGCAAACAGGAGAUUAUACCAUUACAGCUGAAAAUGCAAGUGGUUCCAGAUCAGCAACUAUUAAACUUAAAGUACUAGACAAGCCUGGUCCUCCAGCUUCAGCUAAGAUUGCAAACAUGUACACAGACCGAGCAAUGCUUUCUUGGGAACCUCCUCUUGAAGAUGGAGGCUCAGACAUUACCAAUUACAUUGUCGACAAACGGGAAACAAGCAGACCCAACUGGGCUCAAGUCACUGCCAAUGUCCCCAUCACUAGCUGCAGCGUUGAGAAACUAAUUGAAGGACAUGAGUACCAAUUCCGUAUUUGUGCUGAAAACAAAUAUGGAGUAGGUGACCCAAUUUUGACUGAUUCAGCAGUGGCUAAGAAUCCAUAUGAUGUGCCUGGACCAUGUGAACCACCUAUAAUUAGUAACAUAACAAAAGAUUUCAUGACAGUAAGCUGGAAAGCACCUGCUGAUGAUGGCGGCUCCCCUGUAACUGGAUAUAUUGUUGAAAAACGUGAAACAAGGGCAGUUAACUGGACAAAAGUGAAUAGAAAGCCCGUCAUUGAAAGAACCAUAAAGGCCACUGGACUCCAGGAAGGAACAGAAUACGAGUAUAGGGUAACUGCACUGAAUAAAGCUGGACCCGGCAAACCUAGUGGAGUAUCUAAAGCAGUAUAUGCACGUGAUCCUCAGUAUCCUCCUGGCCCACCAGCAUCCCCAAAAGUGAUUGACACCACCCGUAGCUCUAUAACCCUGUCUUGGAUCAAACCAGCAUAUGAUGGUGGAAGCCCCAUUAUUGGCUACCUUGUUGAAGUAAAACGAGCAGAUCAAGAUAACUGGGUCCGGUGCAAUUUGCCAAGGAAUUUGCCAGAUACCCGUUACAUUGUGACUGGACUCACAGAGAACACAGAAUACCAGUUCCGCAUUUAUGCUGUCAAUAAGAUUGGAUAUAGUGACCCAAGUGAUGUGCCAGAUAAGCACCUUGCCAAGGACAUUUUAAUUCCACCUGAGGGAGAGCUUGAUGCUGAAUUGAGGAAAGUUCUAGUAUUACGUGCUGGAGUCACAAUGAGGAUUUAUGUGCCAGUGAGAGGCCGUCCACCUCCCAAGAUUUCUUGGUCUAAAGUGGAUGCCAACAUAAGAGACAGGCAGGGACUAGAUAUCAAAUCAACUGACUUUGACACUUUCCUGCGCUGUGAAAAUGUAAACAAAUACGAUUCUGGAAAAUAUGUCCUGAGUCUGGAGAACAUCUGUGGCAAAAAAGCAUACACAAUGGUUGUCAAAGUACUUGAUACUCCUGGGCCACCUAUUAAUCUGAUUGUAAAAGAAGCAUCUAAAGAUUCUGCCUUUAUUUCAUGGGAACCUCCCAUAAUUGAUGGCGGGAGUCCAGUGAAGAACUAUGUGGUUGAAAAACGUGAUGCGGAGAGAAAGUCGUGGUCUACAGUAGCCACAGAGUGUCCAAAAACAAGUUUCAGGAUCUCUAACUUGGAGGAAGGCAAAUCUUACUUCUUCAGGGUUUUUGCUGAAAAUGAAUAUGGCAUUGGCGACCCCUGUGAAACUCGUGAUGCGGUUAAAGCUUCUGAAACACCCGGACCUGUUGUAGACUUAAAGGCUCUAGCUGUGACAAAAUCAUCCUGCAAUGUAUCAUGGAAAAAGCCCAUUAGCGAUGGUGGGAGCCGCAUUAAUGCAUAUAUCGUUGAACUUAUGACUGGUGAAAAUCAGUGGCAGGAAGUUAUGAGGUCAAAGAAUCUCCAGUAUUCAACAAGAGACUUAAAAGAAGGCAAAGAAUAUACUUUCAGAGUGAGAGCACAAAAUGAAGCUGGGUAUGGAACACCUAAUGAAAUAACAGUGCUGGCAAGGGAUGAUAUAGUGGCACCUGAUCUUGAUUUAAAAGACCUGCCAGGCUUGUGCUACUUAGCUAGAGAAGGAAGCAGUUUCCGCCUGAAAAUCCCCAUUAAAGGCAAACCAGCACCAACCGUGACAUGGAAAAAAGGGGAAGACCUGGCUCUUACUGAGACAGGAAGAGUUGCAUUUGAAGCCACAGCAGUUAACACUGCACUCCUUGUACGUGAUUGUCAUAAAGAUGAUGCAGGGAAGUAUACAAUCAAACUGAAGAAUGUUGCUGGCAGUAAAGAAGGCACUAUUUCUGUGAAGGUUGUUGGCAAACCUGGAAUCCCAACAGGACCUGUGAAAUUUGAUGAAGUCACAGCUGAUGCCAUGACAUUAAAAUGGGGUCCUCCCAAAGAUGACGGUGGCUCGGAAAUCACUAACUACAUUAUUGAGAAGAGAGACAAUGUGAAUAAUAAAUGGGUCACAUGUGUCUCUGCUGUGCAGAAAACUACCUACAGAGUCACAAGACUUCAUGAAGGCAGUGAAUAUACUUUCAGAAUCAGUGCUGAAAACAAAUAUGGAGUCGGUGAAGGUCUUAAAUCUGACCCAAUGAUCGCAAGGCAUCCAUUUGAUGUUCCCGAUGCUCCACCACCACCCAAAAUCGUUGAGAUUAGGCGUGAUUCUGCAUCUUUAACAUGGACAGACCCCAAAAAGACAGGUGGCUCACCUAUCACAGGUUACCACCUUGAAUAUAAAGAAAGAAAUAGUAUUUUGUGGAAGCGAGCAAACAAGACCCCACUAAAAAUGAGAGACUUCAGAGUGACAGGGUUAACGGAAGGUUUGGAAUAUGAAUUCAGAGUGAUGGCAAUCAAUCUUGCUGGAGUUGGUAAACCAAGUCUGCCUUCAGAGCCAAUUGUAGCCCUGGAUCCAAUUGAUCCUCCUGGGAAGCCUGAAGUUAUCAGUGUGACUAGAAACUCAGUAACUCUGAUCUGGACAGAACCAAAAUAUGAUGGCGGACAUAAAUUAAUUGGCUACAUAGUGGAGAAACGUGAUCUACCUUCAAAGACUUGGAUGAAGGCAAACCAUGUGAAUGUUCAGGAAUGUGCAUAUACAGUAACUGACCUUUUUGAAGGAUCUAAAUAUGAAUUCAGAAUUAGAGCUAAGAAUACCGCUGGUGCUAUUAGUCCUCCAUCAGAAUCUACUGGAGCCAUUAUAUGCAAGGAUGAGUAUGAGGCACCAACUAUUGUUAUUGAUCCUACUAUCAAAGAAGGCCUGACUGUUAAGGCAGGAGACACCAUCUCAAUGUCUGCUAUUAGCAUCCGUGGCAAGCCACUUCCAACUUCAGUGUGGUCCAAAGCAGGCAAAGAUUUCAAGCUUUCAGAGACUGUUCAUAUUGAAACGACUCCAACUUCUUCUACGCUUUCUGUCAAGUAUGCCGCUAGAAAAGAUUCUGGCGAAUAUACAAUCACUGCAACCAAUCCUUUUGGUACUAAAGAAGAACACGUGCAUGUAAAAGUUUUAGAUGUGCCAGGCCCACCUGGACCAGUUGAAGUGAGCAAUGUUUCAGCUGAAAAGGCUACUCUCACAUGGACACCCCCAGCAGAAGAUGGUGGAUCACCAAUCAAGUCUUAUGUACUUGAAAAGAGAGAAACUAGCCGCCUUCUAUGGACUCAAGUUGCUGAAGACAUUCAGUCUUGUAGGCACGUUGUGACCAAGCUUAUUCAAGGAAAUGAGUACCUUUUCCGUGUUUCUGCUGUGAAUCAGUAUGGCAAAGGAGAACCAUCUCAAUCAGAGCCAGUUAAAAUGGUGGAUAGAUUUGGGCCUCCCGGUCCACCUGGUAAACCAGAAGUAUCAAAUAUUACGAAAAACACUGUUACUGUAACCUGGAAAAGGCCAACUGAUGACGGUGGCAGCGAAAUCACAGGCUACCAUGUAGAAAGAAGAGAAAGAAAAGGCGUGAGAUGGGUCAGAGUUACAAAGAAACCAGUAUCAGACCUUCGAUGCAAAGUGACUGGACUCCUAGAAGAAAAUGAAUAUGAAUUCCGUGUCAGUGCAGAAAACAGGGCAGGAAUUGGCCCACCAAGUGCUAUUUCUCAACCAGUAUUAACCAAGGAUGCUGCAUAUCCACCGGGACCUCCUUCCAACCCACGAGUAACUGAUACAACAAAGACAACUGCUAGCCUAGCAUGGGGUAAACCUCACUAUGAUGGUGGACUUGAUAUAAUCGGCUAUAUUGUGGAGCACCAAAAAGAGGGAGAAGAAACCUGGGUGAAAGAUACCACGGGGACUGCUCUAAGAAUCACAGAAUUUGUGGUUGCUAAUCUCCAGCCAGGAGCCAAAUACAAUUUUAGAAUUAUUGCCCUCAAUGCUGCUGGCGCUGGUGAACCAGCAAUGAUAAAAGAUGUUGAAAUCAGGGAACGUGAAGUAGCUCCUGAUUUUGAAUUAGACGCCGAGCUGAGGAAAACUCUUGUUGUUAGAGCUGGACUGACCAUUCGGGUAUUUGUUCCAAUUAAAGGGCGCCCAGCUCCUGACAUCACAUGGACCAAGGAUGAUAUUUCACUUAAAGGACGUGCCAGUAUUGAAAAUACAGACUCUUUCACGCUUCUCAUUGUCACGGAAUGCAAUAGAUAUGAUGCAGGAAAGUAUGUAAUGACCCUUGAAAAUGCUGCUGGCAAGAAGACUGGUUUUGUAAAUGUAAAAGUCUUGGAUACACCAGGGCCACCAAUAAAUCUCAAGCCCAGAGACAUAUCUAAAGAUACCAUCACCCUACAAUGGGAUAUGCCUCUAAUUGAUGGUGGUUCACGCAUAACAAAUUAUAUAGUUGAAAAACGUGAGUCAACACGAAAGGCAUAUUCAACCAUCACAACAAAGUGCCCAAAAUGUUCGCUUAGGGUUUCUAAUUUGGCUGAAGGGAGUGAAUAUUACUUCAGAGUAUUUGCUGAAAACGAAUUUGGAAUUGGUGAACCUGCCGAAACCGCUGAACCCGUAAGAGCAUCAGAGGCACCAUCACCACCAGAGAGCCUUAAUAUCAUGGAUAUCACAAGGAAGACAGUCAGCCUUGCUUGGCCAAAGCCUGAACAUGAUGGUGGUAGCAAGAUUACUGGCUAUGUUAUUGAAGCCCAGAAAAAAGGUUCAACUCAGUGGACACAUAUCACAACUGUGAAAGCAUUAGAAUGUGUGGUAAAGAAUCUGACUGAAAAUGAAGAAUAUACUUUCCAGGUUAUGGCAGUUAAUAGUGCUGGAAGAAGUGAUCCAAGAGAAAGCAGACCAGUUGUCGUUAAAGAGCAAAUGAUGCUUCCAGAAUUUGAUUUGCGUGGUAUUUACCAGAAAACAGUAAUUGCCAGAGCUGGUGACAAUAUCAAAGUUGAAAUACCUGUGCUUGGUCGCCCAAGGCCAACUAUUACUUGGAAAAAAGAAGACCAGUUAAUUAAACAAACUCAAAGAGUAAACUUUGAACAUACUGCUUCUGCAACCAUCUUAACCAUUAAUGAAUGCAAUAGAAACGAUAGUGGCAGAUACCCAAUCUCAGCUAAAAAUAUUGUUGGUGAAGUUAGCGAUGUCAUAACUGUACAUGUGCAUGAUGUUCCUGGACCUCCCAUAGGGCCAAUCAAAUUUGAAGAAGUUUCAUCCGACUUUGUCACCUUCUCGUGGGAACCUCCACUGAACGAUGGAGGGGUUCCAAUAAGUAAUUAUGUUGUAGAAAUGCGUAAAACCGACAGUACUUCAUGGGCUGAGUUAGCAACUACUGUUAUACGCACUACUUUUAAAGCUGCUCGCCUCACUACUGGAACAGAGUACCAAUUCCGUGUUAAAGCUCAGAACAGAUAUGGUUCAGGACCAUCUAUCAGUUCAGAGAAUGUAAUUGCUAACUAUCCUUUUAAAGUUCCUGGUCCUCCAGGCACUCCUCAAGUGAUUGCAGUCACAAAAGAUGCAAUUAGCAUUAGCUGGAAUGAGCCUCUGACAGAUGGAGGAAGUCCCAUUUUGGGAUAUCACAUUGAGCAAAAAGAACGAAAUAGCAUUCUUUGGCAGACUGUAAGUAAAGCUUUGAUAUCAGGAAAUAUCUUCAAAUCAAGUGGCCUUACAUCUGGCCUUGCCUAUGAAUUCCGAGUCAUAGCAGAAAAUAUGGCAGGCAAGAGUAAACCAAGCAAGCCAUCUGAGCCAACAUUGGCCCUCGACCCUAUUGAUCCUCCUGGAAAGCCAGUUCCUCUCAAUAUUACAAGACAUGCAGUAGCACUUAAGUGGAAAAAACCUGAAUAUAAUGGAGGUUUUAAGAUAACUGGCUAUACUGUUGAAAAAAGAGAUCUUCCUAAUGGCCGAUGGCUAAAGGCUAACUUCGGCAAUAUACUAGAAACUGAGUUCACUGUUAGUGGUCUCACAGAAGAUGCUGCUUAUGAAUUCCGUGUGAUUGCUAGAAAUGCGGCUGGUGCCGUUAGCCACCCAUCCGAACCAUCAGAUGCAAUAACGUGCAGAGAUGAGAUUGAAGCACCAAGGAUAAUGGUUGAUGCUAAAUACAAAGACACUUUGAUAUUAAAAGCAGGUGAAAUUUUCAAACUUGAAGCGGACGUUUCAGGUCGCCCUCCACCAACUAUGGCAUGGACAAAAGAAGGAAAGGAGCUUGAAGACACAGCAAAAUUAGAAAUUAAAAUAGCAGAUUUCUCAACUGUUCUUCAUAAUAAGGACUCUAUAAGAAGAGAUGGAGGUGCAUACACACUUACAGCCUCCAAUCCAGGUGGCUUUGCAAAACAUAUUUUCAAUGUCAAAGUACUAGACAGACCUGGUCCUCCAGAAGGGCCUUUGGCUGUGUCUGAUGUUACCAUAGAAAAAUGUGUCCUGUCAUGGUUACCACCUUUGGAUGAUGGAGGCGCAAGUAUUGACCAUUAUGUUGUUGAGAAACGUGAGACUAGCAGAUUGGCAUGGACAAGUGUAGCCACAGAAGUCCCAGUAACAAAAUUAAAGGUCACAAAGCUAUUGAAAGGCAAUGAAUAUAUCUUCCGUGUUAUGGCUGUUAACAAAUAUGGCGUUGGCGAAGCCCUGGAAUCAGAGCCUGUUCUUGCAGUAAAUCCUUAUGUAGUACCUGAUCCACCAAAGACACCUGAAGUUACAGCUGCAACCAAAGAUUCUAUGAUUGUGUGCUGGGGACACCCUGAUUCUGAUGGUGGAAGCCCUAUCAUCAAUUAUAUUGUAGAACGUCGUGACAGAGCUGGACUACGCUGGGUGAAAUGUAACAAGCGGGUUGUCACAGAAUUGCGCUAUAAAGUAUCUGGACUCACAGAAGGUCAUGAAUACGAAUACCGAGUGAAAGCUGAAAACGCGGCUGGUGUAAGUGAACCAAGUCUAAGCAGUCCAUUCUACAAAGCUGCUGAUACUGUAUUUAAGCCAGGUCCACCAGGUAAUCCUCGUGUAUUAGACACAAGCAAGUCCUCAAUUACAAUUGCUUGGAAUAAGCCAAUAUAUGAUGGUGGCUCAGAAAUCACAGGCUACAUGGUUGAAACAGCAUUACCUGAAGAAGAUGAGUGGAAAAUUGUAACUCCACCAGCAGGGCUGAAGGCAACUUCUUUUACCAUCACUAAUCUAAAAGAAAACCAGGAAUAUAAAAUCAGAAUAUAUGCUAUGAACGCUGAAGGCAUUGGAGAACCUGCUCUUGUUCCUGGAACACCAAAAGCUGAAGAAAGGAUGCUGCCUCCUGAGAUUGAACUUGAUGCAGACCUACGUAAAGUUGUGACCCUCAGAGCUUGUUGUACUUUAAGACUCUUUGUCCCAAUUAAAGGAAGACCAGCACCUGAAGUGAGAUGGUCAAGAGAACAUGGAGAGUCUUUAGACAAAGCCACUAUUGAAUCCACAAGCUCUUAUACACUACUUACAGUUGGAAAUGUGAAUAGAUUUGACAGUGGCAAAUAUAUACUGACUAUAGAAAACAGCUCAGGCAGUAAAUCAGCAUUUGUAAUUGUAAGGGUUCUUGAUACACCUGGCGCCCCACAGAAUCUGAAGAUAAAAGAAGUUACAAAGUCAUCUGUGACUCUCACGUGGGAACCUCCCCUCAUAGAUGGUGGCUCUAAAAUUAAAAAUUAUAUUAUUGAAAAACGUGAGGCAACAAGAAAAGCAUAUUCAACAGUUAUGGCCAAUUGCCAUAAGACCAGCUGGAAAGUGGACAAUCUACAGGAAGGUUGCAACUAUUAUUUCAGAGUUCUAGCUGAAAAUGAAUAUGGAAUAGGGCUUCCUGUUGAAACAUCAGACUCUAUUAAGGCAUCUGAAAGACCACUUCCUCCAGGAAAAAUAACUAUAUUAGAUGUGACACGAAAGAGUGUAUCUUUGUCUUGGGAAAAACCUGAACAUGAUGGAGGAAGCAGAAUUUUGGGCUACAUUGUAGAAAUGCAAAGCAAAGGCAGUGACAGAUGGGCCACAUGCACUACUGUAAAAGUUACUGAAGCCCUUAUAACUGGACUGAUCCAGGGUGAAGAAUAUUCUUUCCGUGUUUCAGCUCAGAAUGAAAAAGGAAUCAGUGAUCCUCGACAAUUGAGUGUACCAGUUAUUGCGAAAGAUCUUGUGAUACCACCAGCCUUCAAACUGUUAUUCACUACCUUCAGUGUACUAGCAGGUGAAGACUUAAAGGUUGAUGUUCCAUUUGUUGGUCGACCCAAGCCAUCUGUAGCGUGGCUCAAAGAUAAUGUGCCACUGAGACAAACUACUAGAGUAAAUGAAGAAAACACAGACAACAACACUUUGCUAACAAUAAAAGAAGCAUGUAGAGAAGAUGUUGGACAAUAUUUAGUAAAACUUUCUAACUCUGCUGGGGAAGCUACUGAAAUUCUUAACAUUGUUGUCCUUGAUAAGCCAGGACCUCCAACUGGACCAGUGAAGAUUGAUGACGUAACUGCAGACAGUAUUACCAUUUCCUGGGGACCACCCAAAUAUGAUGGCGGCAGUUCUAUCAACAAUUAUAUUGUGGAAAAACGAGACACCUCCACUACUGCUUGGCAGAUUGUUUCAGCUACCGUUGCCCGAACAACUCUAAAAGCAGCUAGAUUAAAGACUGGAAGUGAAUAUCAAUUCAGAAUUGCUGCUGAAAACAGAUAUGGAAAGAGUACAUAUCUCACAUCAGAGUCUGUAGUAGCCCAGUAUCCAUACAAACUACCUGGGCCUCCUGGAACUCCUUUCGUACCACAAGUCUCCAGGGAUAGCAUGGUUGUACACUGGAAUGAACCAGUCAAUGAUGGCGGCAGCAAGAUUAUUGGUUAUCAUUUGGAGCGCAAGGAAAGAAACAGCAUACUCUGGGUUAAAUUGAACAAAGCGGCAAUUUCUGACACUAACUUUAAAACAACAGGACUUGAGGAAGGCCUUGAAUAUGAAUUCAGAGUUUAUGCAGAAAAUAUAGUUGGUAUCGGAAAAGCAAGUAAAGGUUCAGAAUGCUACAAAGCUUAUGAUCCUUGUGAUCCUCCUGGUCGUCCAGAGCCUGUCAUUGUCACAAGGAACUCUGUUACUCUUCAGUGGACGAAACCAGCAUACGAUGGCGGAAGCAAGAUCACCGGCUACAUUGUUGAGAAGAAGGAGCUACCUGAAGGCCGCUGGAUGAAAGCAAGCUUUACGAAUGUUAUUGAGACCCAGUUUGCAGUAACUGGCCUAGUUGAAGAUCAAAGGUAUGAGUUCCGUGUCAUUGCGCGCAACGCUGCAGGCGUUUUCAGUGAGCCAUCUGAAAGCUCGGGGGCAGUCACAGCAAGAGAUGAAGUAGAGCCACCUCGCAUAAGUAUGGACCCCAAAUUUAAAGAAACCCUUGUACUGCAUGCUGGCGAAUCGUUCAAGAUUGAUGCAGACGUUCAUGGUAAGCCGCUGCCUUCUAUUCAGUGGCUAAAAGGCGACAAGGAACUAGUGAAUACUGCACGCUUGGAUAUAAAAACGACAGACUUUGCUACGAGCCUAAGCGUCAAAGAAGCCAUUCGUGUUGACAGUGGGCAUUAUGUAUUGCUGGCCAAGAAUGCUGCAGGUGAAAAGACAGCUUCCAUUCAUGUUAAGGUUCUUGACAAACCUGGCCCACCUGAAGGUCCAGUUGUUGUAACAGGAGUUACUGCUGAAAAAUGUUACCUGGCAUGGAAACCCCCAUUGCAAGAUGGUGGUAGUGACAUUUCACAUUAUGUGAUUGAAAGAAGAGAAACAAGCCGCUUAGUCUGGACUUUAGUUGAUGGCAAUGUACAAACCCUUAGUUUGAAAGUUACUAAACUUUUGGAAGGCAAUGAAUAUGCCUUCCGCAUCAUGGCUGUAAACAAAUAUGGGGUUGGGGAGCCUCUUGAAUCUGAGCCUGUAAUCGCUAAAAAUCCAUUUGUAGUGCCACUCCCACCAAAGGCCCCAGAGGUCUCAGCUGUUACCAAGGAUUCUAUGAUUGUCGUAUGGGAAAGACCACCCUCUGAUGGGGGCAGUGAAAUUUUGGGUUAUGUACUAGAAAAACGUGAUAAAGAAGGCAUUCGGUGGACAAGAUGUAACAAGCGUUUGAUAAGUGAACUUCGAUACCGAGUCACUGGACUUAUAGAAAAUCAUGAUUAUGAAUACAGAGUCUCGGCUGAAAAUGCAGCUGGCCUCAGUGAGCCAAGCCCACCUUCUGUUUAUUAUAAGGCUUGUGACCCUAUAUACAAACCAGGCCCUCCCAACAAUCCUAAAGCAAUAGAUGUUACAAGAUCUUCUGUUUUCCUCUCCUGGGGUAAACCAAUCUAUGAUGGUGGCUCAGAAAUCCAAGGAUACAUUGUUGAAAAAUGUGAUGUGAGUGUUGGGGACUGGGCAAUUUGUACACCACCAACUGGAAUUAAGAAAACAAAUAUGGAAGUAGAAAAAUUGCAGGAGAAGCAUGAAUAUAAAUUCCGCAUUUGUGCUGUUAACAAAGCAGGAGUAGGAGAGCAUGCCGACGUUCCUGGAACUAUUGUUGUCGAAGAAAAGCUGGAAGCUCCAGACCUUGAUCUUGACUUGGAACUGAGGAAGGUUAUCAAUGUAAGAGCUGGUGGAUCCUUAAGAUUAUUUGUUCCAAUCAGAGGACGCCCAACACCCGAAGUAAAAUGGAGCAAGGUGGAUGGUGACAUCAGAGAGGCAGCUGUUAUUGACAGCACUAGCAGCUUUACCUCACUGGUUCUUGACAAUGUUAACAGAUUUGAUUCUGGAAAAUACACUCUUACUUUAGAAAACAGUGGUGGAACUAAGUCUGCCUUCGUCAGUGUAAGAGUCCUAGAUACCCCAGGCCCCCCAGUGAACCUGAAAAUUAAGGAAAUCACUAAAGACUCAGUAUCACUUGCCUGGGAGCCUCCUUCGAUAGACGGUGGAGCUAAAAUUAAAAAUUAUAUAAUAGAAAAACGUGAAGCCACAAGGAAAGCCUAUGCUGCUGUUGUGACAAACUGCCACAAGACAUCGUGGAAAGUGGCUCAACUUCAGGAAGGCUGCUAUUAUUACUUCAGAGUUUGUGCAGAGAAUGAAUUUGGAAUUGGCCUGCCUGCAGAAACAAGUGACCCAGUUAAAGUUGCUGAAGUUCCUCAACCUCCAGGAAAGAUAACAGUAGACGAUGUUACAAGAAACAGCGUUUCAUUAAGCUGGGCUAAGCCUGAACAUGAUGGUGGAAGCAAAAUUUUGCAAUACAUAGUGGAAAUGCAGGUUAAGGGCAGUGAAAAAUGGUCAGAAUGUACGCGUGUGAAAGUUCUUGAAGCGCUUGUUACUAACUUAUCUCAAGGACAAGAUUAUCUCUUCAGGGUAAUGGCUGUAAAUGAAAAGGGUCGGAGUGAUCCACGGUCCCUUGCUGUUCCAAUAACAGCCAAAGAUUUAGUUAUUGAACCAGAUGUACGACCAGCAUUCCACAGUUACAGUAUACAAGUGGGACAAGACCUAAAGGUAGAAAUACCAAUAUCUGGUCGACCUAUACCUACUAUUACUUGGACCAAAGAUGGCAUGCCAUUAAAACAGACAACUAGAGUUAAUGUCAUCGAUUCACCUAAACUUACUGUGCUGAAUAUUAAAGAGGUCACUAAAGAAGACAGUGGGGCAUAUGAAAUUGCAGUUGCUAAUGUUGUUGGACAGAAAUCUGCAACUGUUGAAAUUAUAACACUUGACAAGCCUGAUCCUCCAAAAGGCCCUGUUAAAUUUGAUGAAAUUAGUGCUGAAAGUAUUACAUUAUCAUGGAACCCUCCAUUAUAUACAGGUGGCUGCCAAAUCACUAACUACAUUGUUCAUAAGAGAGAUACAACCACCACUGUAUGGGAAACAGUUUCAGCUACCGUUGCAAGAACCACUCUCAAGGUGAUGAAGCUCAAAACUGGAUCAGAAUAUCAGUUUAGAAUAUUUGCUGAAAAUAGAUACGGGCAGAGCUUUGCCCUGGAGUCUGACACAGUUGUUGCUCAGUAUCCCUAUAAAGAACCAGGUCCUCCUGGCACACCAUUUGUGACAACAGUUACAAAGGACUCUAUGGUUGUGCAAUGGCAUGAACCAGUAAAUGAUGGCGGAAGUAAAAUUUUAGGUUAUCAUCUUGAAAGAAAGGAAAGAAACAGCAUUUUGUGGACAAAGGUAAACAAGACAGUUAUUCAAGACACACGUUACAAAACAGCUAACCUUGAAGAAGGCAUUGAAUAUGAAUUUAGAGUGUCUGCAGAAAAUAUUGUUGGUGUUGGCAAAGCAAGCAAAGCUUCUGAGUGUUACGUAGCGCGUGACCCUUGUGAUCCUCCAGGAUGCCCUGAAGCUAUUAUUGUUAAAAGAAGUUCAAUUACUCUGCAGUGGACAAAGCCAGAAUAUGAUGGUGGCAGCAAAAUUACAGGCUAUGUAGUAGAGAAACGUGAUUUGCCUGAAGGUCGUUGGAUGAAAGCAAGCUUCACUAAUAUAACUGAAACUCAGUUUACCGUAACAGGCCUUACUGAAGACCAACGAUAUGAAUUUAGAGUAAUUGCAAGGAAUGCUGCUGGAGCAGUAAGCAAGCCAUCUGAUAGUACAGGACCAAUAACAGCUAAAGAUGAAGUUGAGCUUCCAAGAAUUUCCAUGGAUCCCAAAUACAAAGAUGCAAUUGUUGUAAACGCUGGAGAAACAUUCAAACUUGAGGCUGAUGUCCAUGGGAAGCCAAUUCCCACUAUUCUGUGGUUGAAAGGAGAUAAAGUACUUGAAGAUACUGCCCGAUGUGAAGUAAGGAAUACAGACUUUAAGGCCUUGAUUACUGUUAAAGAUGCCAUACGUGUUGAUGGUGGACAAUAUAUUUUGCAGGCCUCUAAUGUUGCAGGAACAAAAUCAGUACCAAUAACAGUAAAAGUACUGGAUAGACCAGGACCUCCAGAGAGUAUCCAGGUUUCUGGAGUUACUGCUGACAAGUGUUCCUUAACAUGGGCGCAACCAAUCCAUGAUGGUGGCAGUGACAUUUCUCACUACAUAAUUGAGAAGAGAGAAACAAGUCGCCUUGCAUGGACAGUUGUUGCUUCAGAUGCUGUAGCCACAAUGCUGAAAGUAACAAAACUUCUGGAAGGAAAUGAGUAUAUCUUCCGCAUAAUGGCAGUUAAUAAAUAUGGAGUUGGGGAGCCUCUGGAGUCUGCACCAGUAUUGAUGAAAAAUCCAUUUGUUGUUCCUGGUCCACCAAAAUCCAUUGAAGUAACCAACAUUACAAAGGAUUCCAUGACCAUCUGCUGGCAUCGUCCGGACAGUGAUGGUGGCAGUGAAAUAGUUAACUACAUUGUCGAAAAAAGGGACAGAGCUGGUAUCAGAUGGGUGAAAUGUAACAAACGCCGAAUUACAGAUCUGCGAUUAAGAGUCACAGGAUUAGCAGAAGAUCAUGAAUAUGAAUUUAGAGUAUCCGCUGAAAAUGCUGCUGGAGUUGGUGAGCCAAGCCAAAUCACUCCCUUUUGGAAAGCAUGUGACCCUAUGUUCAAACCUGGGCCACCCACUAAUGCCCAUGCUGUGGAUACUACCAAGAAUUCUAUUACAGUAGCAUGGGGUAAGCCUAUUUAUGAUGGCGGCAGUGAAAUCCUGGGAUAUAUUGUAGAAAUCUGCAAAGCUGAUGAAGAAGAAUGGACAAUAGUUACCCCACAGACUGGUCUGAGAGUCAAUCGCUUUGAGAUCAAGAAACUCAUUGAACACCAAGAAUACAAACUUAGAGUUUGCGCUCUUAACAAAAUUGGAGUAGGUGAAGCUGCAGCAGUUCCUGGUACAGUUAAACCAGAAGAUAAACUUGAGCCUCCUGAACUUGAUAUUGACUCAGAAUUAAGGAAGGGAAUUGUGGUUAGAGCUGGUGGAUCUGUCAGGAUAAACAUACCUUUCAAAGGACGCCCAACUCCUGAAAUCAUGUGGUCUCGAGAAGAAGGAGAAUUUACAGAUAGGGUUCAAAUUGAAAAGGGCCUGAAUUACACACAGUUAUCCAUUGAUUACUGUGAUAGAAAUGAUGCUGGAAAAUAUAUCCUUAAACUGGAGAACAGCAGUGGCUCUAAGUCUGCAUUUGUCACAGUUAAAGUACUUGACACACCAGGACCACCGCAAAAUUUAGUUGUAAAAGAAAUAAGGAAAAAUUAUGCUGUACUGACGUGGGAGCCUCCAGCUAAUGAUGGUGGGGCAAAGAUAAAGAACUAUGUGAUUGAUAAACGCGAAUCAACCAGAAAAGCAUAUGCAAAUGUGAGCACAAAGUGCAGCAAAACAAGUUUUAGAGUUGAUAACCUUCUUGAAGGGGCAAUUUAUUAUUUCAGAGUAAUGGCUGAAAAUGAAUAUGGAAUUGGUGUUCCAGUUGAAACUGCAGAUGCCUCAAAAGCUUCAGAACCACCUUUGCCUCCUGGAAAAGUGACUCUCACUGAUGUGACUCAGAGAAGUGCAUCAUUUAUGUGGGAAAAGCCUGAACAUGAUGGAGGUAGCAGAAUUGUAGGGUACAUUGUUGAAAUGCAGCCAAAAGGAACUGAUAAAUGGAGUGUUGUUACUGAAACCAAAGUCUGUAAUGCAGUUGUGUCUGGUUUGAGUUCUGGACAUGAAUAUCAAUUCCGUGUCAUGGCAUACAAUGAAAAAGGCAAAAGUGACCCUAGACCACUGGCAGUUCCUGUGAUUGCCAAAGAUCUGACCAUUCAGCCAAAUAUCAAACUAAUGUUCAAUACAUACACUGUACAAGCUGGAGAAGAUCUUAAAGUAGAAAUACCCUUUAUAGCUCGACCAAAGCCUACUAUCACUUGGGAAAAAGAUGGUCAGCCUCUGAGACAGACAACCAGGUUACAUGUUGAAGAUACACCUACAUCAACUACUUUGUAUCUUAAAGAAAGCAACAAGGAUGAUUUCGGUAAAUAUACAGUGACAGUAACCAACACUGCAGGCACAGCAGCAGAACAUCUUAAUAUAAUUGUGCUAGAGAAGCCUGGCCCACCACAAGGACCUGUCCGCUUUGAUGAAGUUAGCUCGAAUUUUGUUGUUCUGUCAUGGGAACCACCAGCAUAUACAGGUGGCUGCCAAAUAUCCAAUUACAUUGUAGAGAAGCGUGACACUACUACCACUACCUGGCAGAUGGUAUCAGCGACUGUUGCAAGAACAACUAUUAAAGUAACAAACCUUAAAACGGGUAGUGAAUAUCAGUUUAGAAUUAGUGCUGAAAACCGAUACGGAAAGAGCACCGCACUGGAUUCUAAACCAGUUCUUGUUCAAUAUCCCUACAAAGAACCAGGUCCACCAGGAACACCAUUUGUCAGCAUAGCUACCAAAGAUCACAUGAUAGUACAAUGGAAUGAACCAGUUAAUGAUGGAGGAAGCAAAGUUCUUGGAUAUCAUCUAGAACGUAAAGAUAAAAAUAGCAUUCUUUGGACAAAAUUGAAUAAGGCCCUCAUUCAGGACACAAAAUAUAAAUCAGAUGGCCUUGAGGAAGGUCUUGAAUAUGAGUUCAGAGUUGCUGCUGAAAACAUUGUUGGCAUAGGUAAGGUUAGCAAGUCAUCUGAACUGUAUGUUGCUCGAGAUGCUUGUGAUCCACCUGGCCGUCCAGAUGCCAUUGUUAUUACAAGAAAUUAUAUAACACUAAAAUGGAAAAAACCUGAAUAUGAUGGUGGCAGCAGAAUAACUGGAUACGUUGUGGAAAAGAGAGAACUUCCUGAAGGUCGUUGGAUGAAAGCCAGCUUUACAAAUGUAACAGAAACAGAGUUUACAGUAACUGGUCUUGUGGAAGACCAACGAUAUGAAUUCAGAGUAAUUGCAAGAAAUGCAGCUGGUAGCAUAAGUGAACCAUCUGAAAGCACAGGACCAAUUAUUGCCAGAGAUGAAAUUGAAGCUCCAAGAGCUUCACUGGAUCCAAAAUACAAAGAUGUCAUUGUUGUCCAUGCUGGAGAAACAUUUGUUCUUGAGGCUGACAUCCAUGGCAAACCUAUUCCUGAUAUUAUAUGGUCAAAAGAUGGAAAAGAAUUUGAAGGAGCAACUGCAAGAAUGGAAAUUAAGUCUACCAUUGAGAGAACAACUCUCACAGUCAAAGAUUGCAUCAGAGUGGAUGGAGGCAUUUAUACACUUAAACUGAGCAAUGUUGGUGGCACAAAGUCUAUACCAAUAACUGUAAAAGUACUUGACAGACCUGGACCUCCAGAAGGUCCUUUGAAAGUUACAGGUGUGACUGCAGAAAAGUGUUAUCUGGCAUGGGGACCACCUUUACAUGAUGGUGGCUCUAACAUUUCACAUUAUAUUAUAGAAAAGAGAGAGACAAGUCGACUUUCAUGGACACAAGUGGCAUCUGAUGUGCAAGCUCUUAACCACAAAGUAACCAGGCUUCUUCCAAACAAUGAGUACAUUUUCCGUGUAAUGGCUGUCAACAAAUAUGGAAUUGGUGAACCACUGGAAUCUGAGCCUGUGUUGGCAUGUAAUCCAUACAAACCUCCAGGCCCUCCUUCAAUACCUGAAGUUUCUGCAAUCACAAAAGAUUCUAUGAUUGUAACCUGGGGUCGUCCAACAGAUAAUGGUGGUGCUGAAAUUGAAGGGUACAUACUAGAAAAGCGAGACAAAGAUGGUAUUCGGUGGACCAAGUGCAAUAAGAAGAGACUAACAGACUUAAGACUCAGAGUAACUGGACUUACAGAUGGCCAUUUCUAUGAAUUUAGGGUUUCUGCUGAAAAUGCUGCUGGUGUUGGUGAACCUAGUGAACCAUCAGUUUUCUAUCGAGCCUGUGAUGCAGUGUAUCCACCAGGCCCUCCAAGCAAUCCAAAGGUGACAGAUACCUCCAGAUCAUCUGUGUCCCUUGCAUGGAACAAGCCCAUUUACGAUGGUGGCGCACCUGUUAAAGGAUACAUUGUGGAAUUUAAAGAAGCUACUGCUGAUGAAUGGACAACUUGCACACCUCCAUCAGGGUUACAAGGAAAGCAAUUCACAGUAGAAAAACUUAAAGAGAACAGUGAGUAUAACUUCCGCAUCUGUGCUAUCAACUCUGAAGGAGUUGGAGAACCAGCAACUAUACCUGGUAGUGUUGUUGCUGCUGAAAAAAUUGAACCUCCUGAAAUUGAACUUGAUGCAGAUCUCAGAAAAGUUGUCACCGUACGUGCUAGUGGCACAUUGCGAUUGUUUGUCACUAUCAAAGGGAGGCCAGAGCCAGAAGUAAAGUGGGAGAAAGCAGAAGGCACUCUGAGCGACAGAGCCCAGAUUGAGGCUACCAGUUCAUAUACAAUGUUGGUCAUUGAUAAUGUAAACAGAUUUGACAGUGGUAGAUAUAACCUGACCUUAGAAAACAACAGUGGCAAAAAAUCUGCUUUUGUUAAUGUGAGAGUGCUUGAUACACCAAGUGCACCUGUGAACUUGAACAUCAGAGAAGUGAAGAAAGAUACAGUGACAUUAGCUUGGGAGCCCCCACUUAUUGAUGGUGGUGCUAAAAUUACAAAUUACAUCAUUGAAAAACGAGAAACCACAAGAAAGGCAUAUGCCACCAUUACAAAUAACUGUGCCAAGAAUGUCUUCAGAAUUGAUCAGCUACAGGAAGGAUGUAGUUACUACUUCCGUGUCUUGGCGGCAAAUGAAUAUGGAGUUGGUUUGCCAGCAGAAACAACUGAACCAGUUAAGGCUUCUGAACCACCCUAUCCACCUGGAAAAGUUACCCUUGUUGAUGUUACACGCCACACUGCUACUAUUAAAUGGGAGAAACCUGAGAGUGAUGGUGGCAGUAAAAUAACUGGCUAUGUAGUAGAAAUGCAAACUAAAGGAAGUGAAAAAUGGAGCACCUGCACACAAGUUAAAACAUUAGAAGCAACAAUAUCAGGAUUAAGUAUGGGAGAAGAAUACACUUUCCGAGUAUGUGCUGUUAAUGAAAAAGGGAAGAGUGAUCCAAGACAGCUUGGGGUUCCAGUAGUUGCAAAGGAUAUUGAAAUCCAGCCUUCAGUUGAGCUCCUUUUCAAUACUUUCAGUGUUAAAGCUGGUGAAGAUCUUAAAAUUGAUGUGCCCAUCAGAGGAAGGCCAGCUCCAUCAGUUAGCUGGAAGAAGGAUGGACUGCCUUUAAGAGAGACAACAAGGGUAAAUGUCCAAACAUCAAAGACAUCAACUUCACUAAUAAUCAAGGAAGCAUUGAAAGAAGAUGUAGGGAGUUAUGAAUUAAAUGUUUCAAACAGUGCUGGCUCUACAACAGCUUCCAUCACUGUUAUUGUACUUGACAAGCCAGGACCUCCAACAGCAUUGCAUAUUGACAAUGUCAGCAAUGAUAAUGUAACCAUAUCUUGGAAACCCCCAGAGUAUGAUGGUGGAUGUCAAAUUAAUAAUUAUAUUGUGGAGAAGAGAGAAACAACUACUACAACAUGGAGUAUAGUGUCUGCAGCAGUUGCACGAACUUCAAUAAAAAUAAUUCGCUUAACCACAGGAUCAGAAUAUCAAUUCCGUGUUUCUGCAGAAAAUCGCUAUGGCAGAAGCACCUUCGUUGAAACUGCACCUGUUGUUGCAGAGUAUCCAUUUAAUCUUCCUGGCCCACCUGGUACUCCCCGAGUUACACACGCAACUAAAGCCUUCAUGCUUGUAACCUGGCAAGAGCCAGUUAAUGAUGGAGGUAGCAGAGUACUUGGUUAUCACCUUGAGCGUAAAGAAAGAAGCAGCAUCCUUUGGACUAAAGUAAAUAAAACUCUUAUAAGUGACACACAGAUGAAGGUCACAGGCCUUGAUGAAGGACUAAUGUAUGAAUAUCGUGUGUAUGCAGAAAACAUUGUAGGAAUAGGUAAAUGUAGCAAAUCAUGUGAGCCUGUUGCUGCAAGGGACCCAUGUGAUCCUCCUGGCCAACCAGAAGUGACUAACAUUACAAGAACAUGUGUCUCACUCAAAUGGACCAAACCAGAAUAUGAUGGUGGUGCUAAGAUCACAGGCUAUAUUAUAGAGCGAAAAGAGUUACCAGAUGGCCGUUGGCUGAAGUGCAACUUCACCAAUGUGCAAGAAACUUUCUUUGAUGUAACAGGACUUACUGAAGACCAGCGAUACGAAUUCCAUGUAAUUGCAAGGAAUGCUGCUGGACUAUUUAGUGAGCCAUCUGAAUCAACUGGGCCAGUGACUGUAAAGGAUGAUGUUGAAGCUCCAAGAAUUAUGAUGGAUGUCAAAUUCAGAGAUGUUGUUGUUGUAAAAGCUGGAGAGAUCUUGAAAAUCAAUGCCGAUAUUGCAGGGAGACCCUUACCAGUAGUUUCAUGGACAAAGGAUGGCAAAGACAUUGAAGAAAAAGCAAGAGUUGAAAUUGUUUCAACUGAUAACACUACUGCAAUAACUGUCAAAGACUGCAUUCGACGUGAUUCAGGGCAAUAUGUGCUGACAUUACAAAAUGUUGCUGGAGUUAGAUCAUUAGCUGUCAAUUGCAAAGUACUUGAUAGACCUGGUCCACCAGCAGCCCCACUAGAAAUCAAAGGACUUACUGCUGAAAAAUGUCACCUGUCAUGGGGACCACCUCAAGAAAAUGGAGGUGCAGAAAUUGACUAUUAUAUUGUGGAAAAGCGUGAGACCAGUAGAAUUGCAUGGACUCUUUGCGAAGCAGAGCAUCCAACAACAUCCUGCAAAGUGACAAAAUUACUUAGAGGAAAUGAAUACAUCUUCAGAGUGAUGGGGGUUAACAAGUAUGGUGUUGGUGAACCUUUGGAAAGUGAUGCUGUCAAGGCCCUUGAUCCCUUUACUGUUCCAAGCCCACCUACAUCUUUAGAGAUUACUAGUGUGACAAAGGAGUCCAUGACCAUUUGCUGGGCAAGACCUGACAGUGAUGGAGGUAAUGAAAUUUCUGGAUAUGUGAUUGAAAGGCGUGAGAAAAACAGCCUGAGGUGGAUACGUGUGAACAAAAAGCCCGUUUUUGAUCUAAGGGUAAAAUCUUCAGGCCUUCGGCAAGGAUGUGAAUAUGAAUAUCGGGUAUUUGCAGAAAACGCUGCAGGUCUUAGUCUUCCUAGUGAUACUUCACCACUCAUUAAAGCAGAAGAUCCUGUUUUCCUUCCAUCACCUCCAUCUAGGCCUAAGAUUGUGGACUCUACAAGGUCACAUAUAACAAUUGGAUGGACAAAGCCUUUAUUUGAUGGUGGUGCUCCUGUUACUGGAUACACAGUGGAAUACAAGCUAACCAGUGAAACUGAUUGGUCAACUGCUAUUCAAAGCUUAAGAGGUACAGAAUACACUGUAAUCGGUCUUACAUCAGGAGCUGAAUAUGUUUUCAGAGUAAGGUCUAUCAACAAGGUUGGCACUAGUGAUCCAAGUGAUGUUUCAGAACCUCAGGUGGCAAAAGAAAGGGAAGAAGAGCCUGCAUUUGAUAUUGACAAUGAAAUGAGAAAGACUUUAGUCGUGAAAGCUGGUGGCUCAUUUACAAUGACUGUACCUUUCAGAGGAAAGCCUAUCCCUAAUGUAAUGUGGAGCAAGCCAGAUACUGACCUUCGCACUCGAGCAAGUAUUGAUACUUCAGAUAGCCGCACCUCAAUUACUGUUGAAAAAGCAACAAGGAAUGACUCUGGAAAGUAUACACUAACAUUACAAAAUAUUGUAAGCACAGCUACUUUGACACUAGUUGUCAAAGUACUUGACUCACCAGGACCUCCAUCUAAUAUCGUUGUAAAAGAUGUAACAAAAGAAUCAGCAGUGUUAUCUUGGGAAGCUCCUGAGAACGAUGGAGGUGCUCCUGUGAAGAACUAUUACAUUGAAAAACGAGAAGCGAGCAAGAAAGCUUGGGUCACUGUGACCAACAAUUGCCAUCGUCUUUCCUACAAAGUUACCAAUCUGCAAGAAGGUGGAAUUUAUUACUUCAGAGUUUCUGGAGAAAAUGAGUUUGGUGUUGGAGUCCCAACUGAAACAAAGGAUGGAGUGAAAAUAACAGAAAAACCAAGUCCACCCGAAAAACUGGGAGUAUCAAACGUUACUAAAGAUAGUGUAUCUCUUGUGUGGCUAAAGCCAGAACAUGAUGGAGGAAGCAAAGUUGUUGGCUACCUUGUUGAAGCCCUAGAGAAAGGGCAGCAUAAGUGGGUCAGAUGUGCUGUAGUCAAGACAACUCAUCAUAUUGUCCAGGGUCUCAAGGAGAAUGCGGACUACUUCUUUAGAGUAUUUGCUGAAAACCAAGCUGGUCUAAGUGACCCCAAAGAGCUUCUUCAUGCCGUUACAGUUAAAGAUCAACUAGAAUCUCCUGAAGUCGACAUGAAAGGUUUCCCGAACCACACCGUUUAUGUAAGAGCAGGUGCAAACCUAAAGGUAGAGAUACCAAUUUCUGGAAGACCAUUGCCAAAGGUGACUUUAUCCAAGGAUGGCAUUCCUCUCAAACCAACGAUGAGGUUUAACACUGAAACCACAGCAGAAAGUGUCAUCGUUAAUCUCAAAGAAAGUGUGGCUACUGAUUCUGGUAGAUAUGACAUCACAGCUGCCAACUCCAGUGGAACUACUAAAUCUUUCCUUAAGAUUGUUGUCCUAGACAGACCAGGCCCUCCAGUUGGUCCUGUUGUUGUAAGUGAUAUCACUGAACAAGGUCUUACCCUUAAGUGGGAGCCACCUCGUUAUGAUGGCGGAAGUCAAGUUACCAACUACAUCGUACUGAAAAGAGAAACAAGCACUGCUGCGUGGUCUGAAGUGUCUGCAACUGUUGCUAGAAACAUUAUUAAGAUCACGAAACUUACAACAGGAGAAGAAUAUCAAUUCCGUAUUAAAGCAGAAAAUCGCUUUGGCAUAAGUGACCACACUGACUCAGCAUGUAUAACUGUUAAGCUUCCUUACACAACCCCUGGACCACCUUCUACACCAUGGAUCACCAACGUGACUCGAGAAAGCAUAAUUGUUGGAUGGCAUGAACCUGUUUCUAAUGGAGGCAGUGCAGUCAUUGGCUACCAUUUGGAAAUGAAGGACAGGAACAGUAUUUUAUGGAAGAAAGCUAACAAAACGAUUAUACGCACAACUCACUUCAAGGCCUCCAAUAUCACCGCCGGUCUCAUUUAUGAGUUCAGAGUGUAUGCAGAAAAUGCAGCUGGUAUUGGAAAAGCAAGCCAUACAUCUGAUGCAGUUCUUGCUAUAGAUGCCUGUGAGCCGCCAAGAACGCUUCGUGUCAAAGAUAUUUCCAAAACAUUUGUCAAUCUUUAUUGGACACAGCCAGCUUUUGAUGGUGGCAGCAAAAUUACUGGAUAUAUUGUUGAGAAACGUGAUCUUCCAAAUGGAAGAUGGACAAAAGCAAGCUUCACCAAUGUCAUUGAGACUAAUUUCACUGUAUCAGGAUUGACUCAAAACUCCCAAUAUGAAUUCCGUGUUUUUGCUAAGAAUGCUGCUGGUUCAAUUAGCAAUCCAUCUGAUGUUUUAGGCCCUAUAACAUGCGUGGAUACAUAUGGUGCACCUGAAAUUGAUGUACCACCAGAAUAUACAGAAGUAGUCAAAUACAAAGCAGACACAGCAAUUAAACUGAAACUUGGCAUCUCAGGAAAGCCUGUUCCUACCAUUGAGUGGUUCCACAAUGGUAAAGAAAUACAUACCAGUGCCCAGGUAUCUAUUGAAAACACCACAGAAUCUUCAGCUAUACUGAUCAAAGAAGCAACUCGUAUUAACAGCGGAAAUUACGAACUGAAAUUAAAGAAUGCCAUGGGUUCUGCAUCUGCCACCAUUAGGGUACAGAUACUUGAUAAACCAGGACCACCAGGUGGACCUAUACAUUUCAAAACUGUCACCGCAGAAAAGAUUACCCUUAUGUGGCAACCACCAGCAGAUGAUGGAGGUGCUGCUGUAACACAUUACAUUGUUGAGAAACGUGAGACAAGCCGUGUGGUAUGGUCUGUGGUUUCAGAAAAACUUGAAGAAUGCAUGGUCACUACCACAAAAGUCAUAAAAGGAAAUGAAUAUAUAUUCCGUGUACGAGGCGUAAACAAAUUUGGUGUUGGUGAGCCACUGGAAUCUGACACAGUCAUAGCUAAAAAUGCAUUUGUUACACCUGGACAACCUGGUAUACCAGAGGCCUCCAUGAUAACUAAACAGUCUAUGACCGUAGUCUGGAGCAGGCCAACUGUAGAUGGUGGUAGCGAGAUAAAUGGAUAUUAUCUUGAGAAACGCGAUAAGAAAAGUCUAAGCUGGUUCAAGGUGUUUAAAGAAACCAUUCGUGACACCAGGCAGAAAGUGACGGGAUUAACAGAAAACAGUGAAUAUCAGUUCAGAGUUUCUGCUGUGAAUGCAGCUGGGCAAGGUCCCUUCUCUGAUGCAUCGGACUUCUACAAAGCUGAAGAUCCUAUAGAAAAACCUGGGCCACCUCUUAAGCUAAAAGUUGUGGAUACUACAAAGACAUCUGUCACACUUGGCUGGACUAAACCAGCCUAUGAUGGAGGAAGUGCAAUUACCAGCUAUGCUAUUGAAAAGAGAGAAGGGGAAGAAGAAGAAUGGACUCUGGUCAGUGCAAGAGGAGAAGUGCGAACCACAGAGUAUGUUGUUUCUCACCUUCAGCCAGGAAUCAAUUACUACUUCCGUGUAGCUGCUAUAAAUUAUGCUGGACAAGGUGAACCUAUUGAAAUGACAGAAGCUGUACAAGCUAAAGACAUACUUGAGGAGGCACAGAUUGAUCUAGAUGUUGCUCUCAGAACCUCCAUUGUGGCUAAAGCAGGUGAAGAUGUACGGAUAAUGAUUCCAUUCAAAGGAAGACCACCUCCAACUGUCACAUGGAGAAAGGGUGAAAAAAAUCUAGGUGUUGAUGAAAGAUACAGCAUUCAGAACACAGAAUCAUCCACACUCCUUAGUAUUCCUCAAGUUACUCGCAAUGAUACGGGAAAAUAUGUCCUCACAAUUGAGAAUGGAGUUGGAAAACCCAAAACUUCAUUUGUGAAUGUUAAAGUCCUUGACACUCCAUCUGCAUGCCAGAGACUGCAUCUUAAACAUGUUUCUCGUGGAACUGUGACAUUGGUAUGGGACCCACCACUCAUCAAUGGUGGUUCUGAAGUAACAAAUUAUGUCAUUGACAAGAGAGAUGCCACAAAGAGAGCGUGGUCCUCUGUUACAGCCAAGUGCUCUAAUACAUCAUUUAAGAUAACUGACUUGUCAGAGAAGAUCCCAUACUUCUUCCGUGUUCUUGCAGAAAAUGAAAAUGGAUUGGGUGAACCAUGUGAAACUUCAGAACCAGUGAAAGCAGCAGAAGUCCCUGGACCUGUACAGGACCUGGCCAUGAAAGAUUCAACAAAGACGUCUGUCAUUUUACAGUGGAGUAAACCUGAAUUUGAUGGUGGUAGUAUCAUAACUGAUUACGUUAUUGAGAAGAAACUGAAGGAUGAACAUGAAUGGUCAUAUGCAGGGGCAAGUAAAGCAUGUGAAUUUGAAGUUGAAAAACUUAAGGAGCUUUCUGUUAUAGAGUUCAGAGUUUCUGCAAAGAAUGAAAAAGGAAGAAGUGAUUUUUCUGUAAUUGGACCCAUUACAGUGAAAGAGUAUGUAAUAACACCUGAAGCAGACCUUUCUGAUAUACCUGGAGCACAAGUAACAGUGAGAAUAGGUUAUAAUGUACAUGUUGAAUUACCAUAUAAGGGAAAGCCAAAGCCAACUAUGAGCUGGCUGAAAGACAACAUUCCUCUUAAAGAAAGUGAACAGGUUCGCUUCAAGAAAACUGAAAACAAAAUAACUUUAAACAUUAAGAAUGUGAAAAAAGAAAAUGGUGGCAAAUAUACCUUAAUUCUUGAUAAUGGUGUUCACAGGAAGUCAUUCCCAAUCACAGUUAUAACACUUGGCCCACCAUCUAAGCCCAAGGGACCCAUUAAACUAGAUGAAAUCAGAGCAGAUAGUAUGGUUCUUUCAUGGGGUGUUCCUGAAGAUGACGGGGGAGGAGAAAUCACUGGCUACAGCGUUGAGAAACGUGAAACCUCACAGACCAACUGGAAAAUGAUAUGCUCUAGUGUGUCAAAGACAACCUUCAAAGUUCCCAACCUUGUUAAAGAUGCAGAGUAUCAGUUCAGAGUCCGCGCAGAAAACAGAUACGGAGUUAGUCCACCACUAAACUCCGUUGAGGUCAUAGCAAAACACCAGUUCAAACCACCAGGUUCACCAGGGAAGCCUGUUGUUUACAAUGUGACAGCUGAUGGAAUGACCAUAUCUUGGGAUGCUCCAGUCUAUGACGGAGGAGCAGAAAUUACUGGAUACCAUGUUGAAAAGAAAGAACGAAACAGCAUAUUGUGGCAGAAAGUCAAUUUGUCACCAAUAUCUAAUAGAGAAUACAGAAUUACUGGAUUAAUGGAUGGUUUGGACUACCAGUUCCGUGUAUAUGCGGAAAACACUGCUGGAUUAAGCUCUGCUAGUGACCCAAGCAAAUUUUCCUUGGCCGUCUCUCCAGUAGAUCCACCUGGCACCCCUGAUUACAUUGAUGUGACUAGGGAGACUAUUACUCUGAAAUGGACAGCACCUCUGCGUGAUGGAGGCAGCAAGAUUGUGGGCUACAGUAUUGAGAAACGUCAAGGAAGUGGUGAUCGCUGGGUCAGAUGCAAUUUUAUUGAUGUCAGUGAAUGCCAGUAUACAGCUACAGGACUUAGCCCUGGUGAUCGGUUUGAAUUCAGGAUACUUGCAAGAAAUGCUGUUGGAACUAUCAGCCCUCCUUCUCAGUCUUCAGGCUAUAUCAUGACCAGAGAUGAAGCCGUUGCGCCAAAUAUUGAGUUCGGUGCCGAACAUUUCGAUGGUCUUACAGUGAAAGCUGGGGAAAGCAUAAGGUUUAAAGUUUUCAUCACAGGCAGGCCAGUUCCUCAGGUGACCUGGUUUAAAGAUGGAGCUGAGAUUGACAAGAGGCUGAAUAUGGAAAUAAACAAUGCAAUUGGCUAUAGCACCUUGUUUGUUAGAGAUGCUUCCCGGGAACAUCGUGGAGUAUAUAGAAUAGAAGCCAAGAAUGCAUCGGGCACCAGACAGGAAGACAUAACCAUAAGAGUACAUGAUACCCCAGGAAAAGUCGGUGGGCCAAUACGAUUCACCAAUGUUACUGAAGAGAAGGCGUCGUUAUGGUGGGAGGCUCCUGCUAAUGAUGGCUGUGCAGCCAUCACUCAUUAUGUGAUUGAAAAGCGUGAGACCAGCCGAGUAUCCUGGGCAUUGAUUGAAGACCACUGUGAAACAUGCAGUUACACGGCACACAAAUUAAUAAAGGGCAAUGAAUACCAGUUCCGUAUCUCAGCAGCCAACAAGUUUGGUGUUGGCAGGCCACUGGAAUCUGAUCCAAUCGUAGCACAGGCACAUUAUACUGUCCCCGAGGCUCCUGGCACUCCAGAACCAAGCAACGUAACAGGAAACAGCAUUACACUUACAUGGACGAGGCCAGCAUCAGAUGGUGGAAGUGACAUUAACCAAUAUAUCUUGGAGAGAAGAGAAAAGAAAAGUAUUCUCUGGGUUAAAGUAUCCAGCAAGAGGCCCAUUUCUGAGACACGGUUCAGAGUCACAGGCCUAACCGAAGGCAAUGAAUAUGAGUUCCAUGUCAUGGCGGAAAAUAAUGCAGGAGUUGGGCCACCGAGUGGUGUCUCAAGGCUGAUUAAAUGCAGAGAGGCAGUUCAUCCACCAAGUGCUCCUACCGUUGUCAAAGUGAGCGACACAUCAAAGACAAGUGUCAGCUUGGAAUGGACCAGGCCAGUUUUUGAUGGAGGCCUGGAAAUAAUUGGCUACAUCAUAGAAAUGUGCAAAGCAGAUUUAGGAGAAUGGCAUAAAGUCAAUGCUGAGACUUGCAUUGCUACUAAGUAUACUGUGGUUGAUCUAGAACCAAAUGAAAACUACAAAUUCCGAGUCAGUGCUGUAAAUGGUGCAGGCAAAGGAGAAAGCUGUGAAGUUUCUGCUUCAGUGCAAACCAUAGAUAGACUGUCUUCACCAGAACUUGAUAUUGAUGCUAGCUUCAAGCAGACACAUAUUGUCAGAGCAGGUGCAAGUAUCCGUCUGUUUAUUGCCUUCAAGGGCAGACCUGUUCCUACUGCUGUAUGGUCCAAAGCAGAUUCGUCUCUUAGCCUGCGUGCUGACAUACAUACAACAGACUCAUUCAGUACAUUAACUGUGGAGAACUGCAACAGAACAGAUGCUGGCAAAUACGUAUUGACUGUAGAAAACAACGGUGGUAAGAAAUCUAUUGCUUUCACUGUUAAAGUACUAGACACUCCAGGGCCACCAGGCCCCAUUACAUUUAAGGAUGUGACCAGAGGCUCUAUCACUUUAAUGUGGGAUGCUCCUAUUUUGGAUGGAGGUGCUCGCAUCCAUCAUUAUGUUGUGGAGAAGCGAGAAGCAAGCCGUCGCAGCUGGCAGGUUGUCAAUGAAAAAUGUACUCGUCAAAUUGCUAAGGUCACAGAUCUUGCAGAAGGUGUGCCCUAUUUUUACCGUGUUUCAGCAGAAAAUGAAUAUGGAAUAGGUGAACCUUGUGAAUUAACAGAGCCAGUUGUAGCCACAGAAGAGCCUGCUCCACCUAAGAGAUUAGAUAUUGUUGAUACUACCAAGUCUUCUGCAGUUCUAGCUUGGCUGAAACCUGAUCAUGAUGGUGGUAGUCGCAUCACUGGAUACCUCCUAGAGAUGAAACAAAAGGGAUCUGACUAUUGGAUUGAAGCCGGUCAAACUAAACACCUGACUUUUACAGUUGAAGGUCUUAUAGAGAACAAUGAAUAUGAGUUCCGUGUCAAAGCAAGGAAUAAUGCUGGCUACAGUCAACCAAGAGAAGCCUUUUCUUCUGUUAUUAUUAAAGAGCCACAGAUUGAGCCAACUGCAGAUCUCAGUGGAAUAACUAAACAACUUAUAACUUGCAAAGCUGGUAGCUCUUUCACUAUUGACAUACCAAUUAGUGGACGUCCUGUUCCAAAGGUAACAUGGAAACUUGAAGAAAUGAGACUCAAGGAAACAGACAGAGUGACUAUAAAGACAACAAAGGAAAGAACCACACUGACUGUUAAGGAGAGCAUGAGAGGUGACUCCGGUAAAUAUUAUUUGACCCUCGAGAACACAGCUGGUGUGAAAACUUUCACUGUCACAGUCGUUGUUAUUGGAAGACCUGGUCCAGUUACACGCCCCAUAGAAGUAUCAUCUGUGACAGCCGAAUCCUGUGUGUUGUCAUGGAAGGAGCCUGAAGAUGAUGGUGGCACUGGUAUUACAAACUAUAUUGUUGAAAAACGUGAAUCUGGUACAACAGCAUGGCAACUGGUAAAUUCCAGCGUCAAACGUACACAGAUCAAAGUAACUCACCUCACUAAAUAUAUGGAAUACACUUUCCGUGUAAGCUCAGAAAACAGAUUUGGUGUCAGCAAGCCAGUAGAAUCAGUACCAAUAGUGGCUGAGCAUCCAUUUGUCCCACCAAGCCCACCCACUAGACCUGAAGUCUAUUUUGUUUCUGCCAAUGCCAUGUCCAUUCGGUGGGAAGAACCAUAUCAUGAUGGCGGCAGCAAAGUUGUUGGAUACUGGAUUGAAAAGAAAGAACGCAACACAAUCCUUUGGGUGAAGGAAAACAAAUCUCCAUGUAUUGAAUGUAACUACAAAGUUACAGGGCUCGUGGAAGGUCUGGAGUAUCAAUUCAGAACAUAUGCAUUGAAUGCUGCUGGGCUGAGCAAAGCCAGUGAAGCUUCUAGGGCUGUCUUGGCCCAAAAUCCUGUUGAUCCACCAGGCAGACCAGAGGUCACAGAUGUAACAAGGUCUUCAGUGUCAUUAACCUGGUCUCCCCCACUUUAUGAUGGUGGAAGCAAAAUUGUUGGCUAUAUUGUAGAACGCAAACCAUACAAUGAAGCUGGAGAUGGCCGCUGGUUGAAAUGCAACUAUACCAUUGUCUCAGAAAACUCCUUUACCGUGACAGCUCUCAGUGAAGGAGAGGAAUAUGAAUUCCGUGUAUUGGCAAAGAAUGCUGCUGGUGUAAUUAGCAAGGGUUCUGAAUCUACUGGUGCUGUUGCCUGUAAAGAUGAAUACUCACCACCAAAAGCUGAACUGGAUGCCAAAUUGCAAGGAGAUGUUGUAACAGUUAGGGCUGGAUCUGAUCUGGUUCUUGAGGCAUCGAUUGGAGGAAAACCAGAACCAAAAGUAUUUUGGUCUAAAGGUGACAAAGAACUGGACCCAAGCGAAAAGAUCGCUUUGCAAUACACAAGCAAGCAUGCUGUUGCAAUCAUCAAGUUCUGCGACCGAAGUGAUACUGGAAAAUACACGUUAACUGUUAAAAAUGCCAGUGGGACGAAGCAAGUUGCUGUCCUUGUCAAAGUGCUUGAUUCGCCUGGUCCAUGCGCUGGCAAAAUCACCAUAAGCAGAGUUACAGAAGAGAAGUGUACCUUGGCUUGGCGGAUGCCUCAAGAAGAUGGAGGGGCAGAAAUUACUCAUUACAUUGUAGAGAGACGCGAGACAAGCAGGCUGAACUGGGUUAUUGUUGAUCCCGAAUGUCCAACACUGUCAUGCGUAGUAACCAGACUUAUAAAGAAUAAUGAAUAUAUAUUCCGUGUAAGAGCUGUCAACAAAUAUGGACCAGGUGUUCCACUUGAAACAGAACCCAUUAUUGCUAGAAAUUCAUUCACUAUCCCAUCACCACCUGGUGCUCCUGAAUCAGUGGGUGCUGGCAAAGAGCACGUCAUUAUUCAGUGGCUGAAGCCAGAGUCAGAUGGGGGUAACGAGAUCAGCACCUAUCUUGUAGACAAACGAGAAAAGAAAAGUCUACGCUGGACACGCGUUAACAAAGACUACAUCAUUUAUGACACAAGACUGAAAAUUACUGGUCUAAUGGAAGGCAGUGAAUAUCAGUUCCGUGUCACUGCGGUAAAUGCUGCUGGCAACAGCGAGCCUAGCGAUGCUUCGCAGUACGUUUUGUGCAAAGACCCAUCAUAUACUCCUGCUCCACCUUCACCACCAAGAGUUGUGGACACUACUAGAACUAGCAUAAGCUUGGCUUGGACAAAGCCCAUGUAUGACGGUGGCAUUGAUUUAUUAGGCUAUGUCCUUGAAAUGAAAGAAGAAGGAACUGAACAAUGGUAUCGGGCACAUAGCACUGCCACCAUAAGAAACACCGAAUUCACUGUGACUGGUCUGAAAAUAAGCCAGAAGUACCGCUUUAGAGUGGCUGCCACAAAUGUAAACGGUAUGAGUGAAUACAGUGAGACCCCUGCUGAAAUAGAACCUGUGGAAAGGCUAGAAAUACCAGAACUUGAGCUUGCUGAAGACCUCAAGAAGACUAUUACGGUUAGAGCAGGUGGCUCUUUACGUCUAAUGGUGUCAGUAUCUGGCAGACCAACACCAAUGGUUACAUGGAGCAAAAAGGGUGUUGACCUAGCAAGUCGAGGUAUUAUUGACACCACAGACAGCUACACACUGUUGGUCGUGGAUAAAGUGAACCGGUACGAUGCUGGAAAAUACAUCCUUGAGGCUGAAAACCAAUCAGGAAAGAAAUCUGCCACAAUUAUGGUUAAAGUCUAUGAUACCCCUGGACCACCAGGAGCAGUGAAAGUUAAAGAGGUUACAAAAGAGUCUGUGACAAUUACUUGGGAUAUUCCAACUAUUGAUGGAGGAGCUCCAGUCAACAACUAUAUAAUAGAGAAACGUGAGGCUGCCAUGCGAGCAUUCAAGACAGUAACUACUAAAUGCAACAAAACCUUUUACAGAAUUUCUGGGCUCAUUGAAGGAGCGCUAUACUACUUCCGAGUACUGCCAGAAAAUAUCUACGGCAUUGGUGAACCCUGUGAGACAGCAGAUGCAGUGCUGGUGUCAGAAGUUCCAAGUGUGCCUCAGAAACUGGAGGUGGUUGAUAUAACCAAAUCUACUGUAUCGCUUGCAUGGGAAAAACCACAGCAUGAUGGUGGCAGCAGAUUAACUGGCUAUGUAAUUGAGGCCAGUAAAGCUGGAACAGAAAGGUGGAUGAAAGUUGUAACACUGAAACCUACGGUCCUUGAGCACACAAUAAUUUCAUUAAAUGAAGGUGAACAGUACCUGUUUAGAGUAAGAGCGCAAAAUCAAAAGGGUGUGUCUGAACCAAGAGAGAUAGUCACAGCAGUGACAGUACAAGAACAAAAAGUUCUACCUGCAAUUGACCUUGCUGGAAUACCUCAAAAGACCAUUCAUGUACCAGCUGGCAGACCUAUAGAGCUAGCUAUCCCAAUUUCUGGAAGACCACCUCCAGCUGUUUCUUGGUUCUUUGCUGGCUCUAAACUACGAGAAUCAGACCGGGUCAAAGUUGAAACAGUUGCUAAGGUAGCUAAAUUAACCAUACGUGAAACCACAAUACAUGACACUGGAGAGUACACACUUGAACUGAAGAACACAACUGGAACAGCUACUGAAAGAAUAAAAGUUAUUAUUCUGGACAAACCUGGACCACCCACUGGACCUAUUAAAGUUGUUGAUGUUGACUCAACUUUUGUAACCAUUUCAUGGGAACCACCUGAGAUGGAUGGGGGCGCAGCACUAAGUGGAUAUGUGGUGGAGCAACGAGAUGCACAUCGUCCAGGAUGGUUACCAGUGUCUGAAUCUGUAACCCGGACAACAUAUAAGUUUUCUAAACUUACUGAGGGUGCUGAAUAUGUGUUCCGUGUGGCUGCCACAAACCGCUUUGGAAUUGGAUCAUACUUGCAGUCUGAAAUUGUAGAAUGCAAGAGCAGAAUUAGUCUUCCUGGUCUUCCUGGUACCCCAGAAGUGUUUGAUAUCUCCCGCGAUGGAAUGACACUUACUUGGUAUCCACCAGAAGAAGAUGGUGGUUCACAGAUCACUGGUUAUAUUGUAGAACGCAAAGAAGUUAAAUCAGAGAGAUGGGUCCGUGUAAACAAAGUUGCAGUCACUAUGACCCGCUAUCGUUCCACUGGUUUGAUUGAAGGACUGGAGUAUGAACAUCGUGUCACAGCUAUCAAUGCUAGGGGUACUGGCAAACCAAGCCGAAUUUCCAAGCCUGCAGUUGCUAGAGAUCCAAUUGCUCCUCCAGGUAAACCUCAGAAUCCAAGAGUGACAGAUACUACAAGAACAUCUAUUUCCUUGGCUUGGAGUCCACCAGAAGAUGAAGGCGGGUCUAAAGUCACUGGCUACUUGAUUGAAAUGCAAAAGGUUGAUCAGUUUGAAUGGACCAAAUGCAAUACCACCCCCACCAAGAUCCGUGAAUACACUCUAACACAUCUUCCACAAGGUGCAGAGUAUAGAUUCCGUGUUAUAGCAUGCAAUCUCGGUGGCCCUGGUGAACCUGCUGAUGUGCCCGGAACAGCCAAAGUGACUGAAAUGCUUGAAUUCCCUGAUUAUGAACUUGAUGAAAAAUACCUGGAAGGUGUAUUUGUGAGGCAAGGUGGAGUAGUUAAGCUUACAGUGCCAAUUAAAGGUAAACCCAUUCCAAUAUGCAAAUGGACUAAAGAGGGACAUGAUGUCACCAAGAGAGCCAUGAUUGCGACUUCUGAAUCAGAUACUGAACUCGUGAUAAAAGAUGCAGUACGAGAAGAUUCUGGUACCUAUGAUUUGACGCUUGAAAACAAAUGUGGCAAGAAGGUUGUCUACAUCAAGGUCAGAGUGAUUGGUAUUCCAAAUCCACCAGAAGGUCCACUUGAGUAUGAUGACAUACAAGCACGCUCCGUUAGAGUCAGCUGGAAGCCUCCAAGUGACGAUGGUGGCGCAGAUAUAUUAGGAUACAAUAUUGAGAGACGUGAAGUACCAAAGACUGCCUGGUACACCGUUGGCUCCAGAGUAAGGGGUACAUCACUGGUAGUGAAAGGACUCAAAGAAAAUGUGGAAUACCACUUCCGUGUUUAUGCUGAAAACCAGUUUGGUGUAAGCAGGUCCCUGAAAUCUGAAGAGCCAGUUGUGCCAAAGACACCUUUGCAUCCUCCAGAGCCUCCAAGUUAUCCACCAGAAAUCCUUGAUGCCACAAAGAGUUCCAUUAGCUUAUAUUGGUCCAGACCUAGAGAUGACGGUGGCUCUCGUGUCACUGGCUACUAUAUUGAACGUAAAGAAACAACUACUGAGAAAUGGGUCAGGCACAACAAGACUCACAUCACAACCACAAUGUAUACAGUCACAGGGCUGGUUCCAGAUGCUGAAUAUCAGUUCCGUAUUGUAGCCCAAAAUGACAUCGGUGAGGGUGAACCCAGCCCUGCUUCUGAGCCAGUUGUGUGCAAGGAUCCAUUUGACAAACCAAGCCAGCCUGGAGAAAUUGAGAUCACGUCCAUAUCUAAGGAUAGCAUUACUUUGGAAUGGGAGCGCCCUGAAUGCGAUGGUGGUAAAGAGAUCAUCGGAUACUGGGUUGAAUAUCGCCAGUCUGGAGAGUCUACCUGGAAAAAGUGCAAUAAAGAACGUAACAAAGACAGGCAGUUUAUAAUGGGAGGCUUACUGGAAGCUACAGAAUAUGAAUUCAGAGUUUUUGCAGAAAAUGAAACUGGACUCAGCAGACCUCGUAGAACAGCUAUGGCAGUAAAGACAAAACUGACAUCUGGAGAAGCACCUGGAGUAAGACAAGAAAUUAAGGAUGUUACUACUAAUCUGGGUGAAUCAGCUCAGUUAUCAUGCCAGAUCCUUGGGAGACCUCUUCCUGAUAUUAAAUGGUAUCGUUUCGGCAAAGAAUUGGUACAGAGCAGAAAAUACAAGAUGUCAUCAGAUGGGCGCACUCACACACUGACGGUACUCACAGAAGAGCAGGAAGACGAAGGAAUUUAUACUUGCAAGGCUAUCAAUGACGUCGGAGAGAUUGAAAGUAGUGGCAAGCUACUCUUACAAGCUCCUCCACAAUUCCACCCAGGCUUCCCAUUGAAAGAGAAAUAUUGUGCAGGUGUAGGAUCCACACUUCGCCUCCAUAUUGUAUACAUUGGUCGUCCAGUGCCUGCUAUCACUUGGUUCCAUGGCAAGAAACUAUUGAAGAGCUCAGAAAACAUUACUAUUGAGAACACAGAGCAUUAUACUCACCUUUCCAUUAAAAACGUACAGCAUAAAGCCCAUGCAGGACACUACAAAGUACAACUCAGUAACACAUUUGGAACUGUUGAUACCGUACUAAACGUGGAAAUACAAGAUAAACCAGAUAUACCAACAGGGCCAAUUGUUAUAGAAGCUUUGCUGAAGAACUCUGUAGUCAUCAGCUGGAAGCCACCUGAAGAUGAUGGAGGUGCUCUAGUAACAAAUUAUGUUGUAGAGAAAAGAGAAGCAAAAGAAGGCACAGAGUGGCAGCUGGUUUCUUCAAGCAUUUCUGGCACAACCUGCAGAAUUGUUAACCUAACUGAAAAUGCAGGCUAUUAUUUCCGUGUCUUUGCUCAGAAUACAUUUGGCAUCAGCGAAGCAUUAGAAGUUUCAUCUGUUGUUAUUAUCAAGACUCCAUUUGAAAAGCCAGGACAACCAAGUCAGCCAGUUGUAUCUGCUGUGACAAGUGAAUCCUGUGUUGUUUCUUGGAGGCCACCUGCUAGUGAUGGAGGCUCAAAGAUCAGAAAUUACUUCCUGGAGAAACGUGAAAAGAAACAAAACAAAUGGAUUUCUGUAACAACAGAAGAAAUACGCGAAACCGUCUAUUCUGUCACAGGUCUUAUUGAAGGCCUGGAGUAUGAAUUCCGUGUAAAAUGUGAAAAUCUUGGCGGUGAAAGUGAAUGGAGUGAAAUUUCACAACCAAUCACUCCCAAAUCUGAUGUAGCAAUUCAGGCACCGCAUUUCAAGGAAGAAAUCAGAAACCUAAAUGUGAAAUUCAGAGGUCAUGCCACAUUUGUUUGCAAAGUCACUGGUCAUCCUAAGCCUGUUGUAAAAUGGUUCAAACAGGGCAAAGAGAUUUUGCCAGAUGGUGAAAAGGUGAAGAUACAAGAAUUUAAGGGUGGCUAUUACCAACUGGUAAUUACAAAUGUAACAGAUGAUGAUGCCACUGUAUAUCAAGUGAGGGCAACCAACCAGGGAGGAUCUAUUUCUGGAACUGCUUCCUUAGAUGUUGAAGUUCCUGCUAAGAUCCACUUGCCUAAAAAUCUUGAAGGCAUGGGAGCCGUUCACGCUCUCCGUGGUGAAGUCAUCAGCAUCAAAAUCCCAUUCAGUGGCAAGCCUGAUCCAGUGAUCACAUGGCAGAAAGGGCAAGAUCUUAUUGAUACUAAUGGACACUACCAAGUUAUCGUGACACGGUCAUUCACAUCUCUUGUUUUCCCUAAUGGUGUGGACAGGAAAGAUGCAGGCUUCUACAUUGUCUGUGCUAAAAACAGAUUUGGCAUUGAUCAGAAAACAGUUGAAUUAGAUGUAGCUGACGUUCCUGAUCCCCCAAGAGGACUGAAAGCAAGUGAGGUUUCAAGGGACUCGGUCAACCUGACAUGGAAUGCUCCAGCAAAUGAUGGCGGAAGCCGAGUCACACACUAUACUGUUGAGAAACGCGCCACCACAGCUGAGAGAUGGAUUCGUGUUGGCCAGGCUCGUGACACUCGAUACACUGUGAUAAACCUAUUUGGCAAGACAAGCUAUCUAUUCCGUGUUAUAGCAGAGAAUAAAUUUGGACAAAGCCAGCCUUCUGAACCUACAGAUUCUGUAAUAACAAAGGAAGAUAAGACCAGAGCAGUCAAUUAUGAUGAAGAAGUUGAUGAGGCCAGAGAAGUCACUACAGUGAAAGCAGCUCACUCUAAUACAAAAGAACUCUAUGAUAGAUAUAUGAUUGGUGAAGAACUUGGGCGGGGGCAAUUUGGAAUUGCCCACAGGUGUGUUGAGAUAGUUUCAAAGAAGACUUACCUGGCCAAGUUUGUCAAAAUAAAAGGUGCUGAUCAAGUGCUCGUAAAGAAAGAAAUUUCCAUCCUCAACAUUGCUAGGCAUAGAAAUAUCUUACAGCUUCAUGAAUCAUUUGAAAGCCUAGAAGAACUUAUCAUGAUCUCUGAGUUCAUAUCUGGAGUUGACAUAUUGGAAAGACUUAAUACUCCUGCAUUUGAACUUAAUGAAAGAGAAAUUAUAAGCUAUGUACGUCAAGUAUGUGAAGCACUUGAAUUCCUGCACAGUCAUAGCAUUGGGCACUUUGAUAUCAGGCCAGAGAACAUAAUCUAUUUCACAAGAAGAAGCUCUAUAGUUAAAAUCAUUGAAUUUGGUCAGGCAAGGCAGCUGAAACCUGGUGAUAAUUUCAGACUCCAGUUUACUUCUCCUGAAUAUUAUGCGCCUGAAGUCCAUCAGCAUGAUAUGGUCAACACAGCCACGGAUAUGUGGUCACUUGGAACCCUAGUGUAUGUACUUCUAAGCGGCCUGAAUCCUUUCAUUGCUGAAACAAACCAACAAACAAUUGAAAACAUCAUAAGUGCUGAAUACAACUUUGAUGAAGAAGCCUUCAAAGAUAUCAGUAUUGAGGCCUUGGACUUUGUUGACCGCCUGCUAGUAAAAGAAAGGAGAGCUCGUAUGACUGCUACUGAAGCCCUUGAACAUGCUUGGCUGAAGCAAAGGACAGAGAAAACAAGCACCAAAGUUAUCAAAACACUGAGACACAGACGUUAUUAUCAAACAUUGGUGAAGAAGGAAUGGAACACAGUUGUGUCAGUGGCCCGUGUUGCAUGGGGUGGUGCAGUCAGAUCUCAGAAGGCCGUUACAGUUGCUAAAGUUAAAGUGGCAUCAAUUGACAUUGGACCCAUUACUGGGCAGAUAAUGCAUGCUGUUGGAGAAGAAGGUGGGCAUGCCAAGUAUGUCUGCAAGAUUGAAAACUAUGAUUCAUCCACAGAAGUAACCUGGUACUUUGGAGUAAGACAAUUGGAGAACAGUGAAAAACAUGAGAUCAGCUACCAUGAAGGAGUGGCCACAAUGUAUGUCAAAGACAUUGCUAAAUCAGAUGAUGGUACCUACAGGUGCAAAGUUACAAAUGACUAUGGUGAAGACAGUUCCUACGCAGAACUAUUUGUUAAAGGUGUGAGAGAAGUUUCUGACUUUUACAGAUGUAGAACUGUCAGGAGAGUGAAGCGCCGAGUAGAUACCUUGAGACUUUUGGAGAAGCCACCAGAAUUUACCCUACCUUUAUACAAUCGUACUGCCUACGUUGGUGAAAAUGUCAGGUUUGGAGUAACAAUAACAGUUCACCCGGAACCUCGUGUAACGUGGUUCAGAUCAGGUCAGAAGAUCAAGCCAGGAGAUGAUGACAGGAAGUAUACCUUUGAAACUGAUAAGGGUCUUUAUCAGCUUCUCAUCCAUAAUGUCAAUGAAGAUGAUGACGCUGAAUAUACUGUGCUGGCUCGCAACAAAUACGGUGAGGACAGCUGCAAAGCUAAGUUAACCGUUGUUCAGCAUGCUCCUCCAGAGGCUACUACGAUGAGACCCAUGUUCAAAAGACUACUGGCAAAUGCAGAAUGCCAAGAAGGCCAGAGUAUCGGCUUUGAGAUAAGAGUAUCUGGAAUACCAAAACCAGCACUAAAAUGGGAAAAGGAUGGACAGCCCUUAGCAGCUAGUCCAAAUAUUGAAAUCGUACAUGAAGGAUUAGAUUACUAUGCUUUGCAUAUCAGGGAUACUUUACCAGAAGACAGUGGUUAUUACAGAGUUACUGCUACAAACAGUGCUGGAUCAACAAGUUGCCAGGCUUACUUGAAGGUAGAGCGCUCAAAAUAUAUCAAGCGUCAAUACAAGAGUGAAGAAGAGCGGCAAAAGCAUGUACAGAAAAGCAUUGACAAGACAGUGAGAAUGGCAGAAAUCCUUUCUAGAACAGAAUCCGUCCCACUGACAGAUGUAGCACAGGAAGCUCUCAGACAAGCUGCUAUCCUGUAUAAACCAGCUGUAAGCACUAAGACUGUCAAAGGUGAAUUUGAACUUAUAAAGGAAGAAAUUAAAGAAGAAAAGAGACUCCGGAUGCCUUAUGAGAUCCCAGAGCCUCGCAGACGUGCAGCCACUACUCUGGAAGAAGAUCAGAACAUCAAACUCUUUGUGCCUAUGUCAGACAUGAAGUGGUACAAGAAGCUGAGAGACCAAUAUGAAAUGCCAGGGAAACUUGAUAGAAUUGUUCAGAAGCGACCAAAACGCAUUCGCCUUUCCAGAUGGGAACAGUUCUAUGUGAUGCCACUGCCACGCAUUACUGAUCAGUAUAAACCUAAGUGGCGCAUACCCAAAUUGUCACAAGAUGAUCUCGAGACCGUCAGGCCAGCACGCCGGCGUACACCAUCUCCUGAUUAUGAAUUUUAUUACCGACCAAGAAGACGAUCACUUAGUGACCUGUCAGAUGAAGAACUGAUGCUACCUGUUGAUGAUUAUUUAGCCAUGAAGAGAACUGAAGAAGAAAGACUGCGACUUGAAGAAGAACUGGAGUUGGGCUUUUCUGCAUCACCUCCAAGCAGAAGCCCUCCACGCUUUGAACUGUCUUCUCUCCAUUACACGGCAGCAGAUGCUCAUAUUGCCACAGAGGAAUCUAGGCAAAGAGAGCUGAGGUACGGCACUUAUCACAUACCCUCUAAAGAAGAUACUGCUGCAUCUUAUGCACAGCUCCGGCAACGCCAUGACAGAGCAAUUUAUAGACCAUCAAAACAAAAACAGAGAAUAAUGUCCGAGAAAGAGGAUGAAGAGCUGCUGCGACCAGUUAAAACAACCCGCCGGCUCGCUGAAUACAAGAGUGAGCUUGAGUAUAUGUCACAAGAAGAAAAGAGCCGACUGAGAAGAAGGAGAGAGAGAGAAAUAACUGAGGUCAGAUCACAAGAGGAAGAGGAAGAAAUAGAAAUGGUGAGGCACGUUCACAGGGAAUUUUCUCCUCCCUCAAGAUUACUAGGAAGAAGGCGCUCUCUUUCUCCAACUUACAUUGAAUUAAUGCGUCCUGUGUCUGAAUUAAUUCGACCCCGAUCACACCCUGUGGAAGAAACAGAGAGAAGAUCUCCUACACCAGAGAGAACACGGCCACGCUCACCAAGCCCAGUGUCUAGUGAGAGAUCUCUCUCACGAUUUGAAAGGACAGCAAGAUUUGAUAUAUUUUCCAGGUAUGAAUCCAUGAAAGCUGCUUUGAAAACCCAAAAAACAAUGGAACGGAAAUAUGAAGUUCUGACUCAAGAACCUUUCACUCUGGAUCAUGCCCCACGCAUAACUCUGAGAAUGCGCUCACAUCGUGUACCGUGUAACACCAACACCAGAUUCAUUUUGAAUGUCCAGUCCAAACCAACUGCUGAAGUGAAAUGGUAUCACAAUGGUGUUGAAAUUCAGGAAAGCCAUAAGAUUCAUUUCACUAAUACUAGUGGCGUAUUAACCUUGGAGAUUCUUGAUUGCCAUAUUGAUGAUAGUGGUACAUACCGUGUUGUGUGCACAAAUUAUAGAGGAGAAUGUUCUGACUAUGCAACAUUAGAUGUUACAGGAGGAGACUACACUACAUAUACCUCCCAGCGAAGAGAUGAGGAAGUACCAAGAUCUAUUGUACCAGACUUGACAAGGACUGCAGCAUAUGCAAUCUCCUCAUUUAAGAAAGUCUCUGAAACAGAAGCAAGUUCUUCAGUAAGAGCAAGCAAAUCAGAACUGACAGAAACCAGAGAAUCGCUAUCAUCGUAUGAGCACCAUGCUUCUGCUGAAAUGAGAGUCAGUGCUUCAGAGGAAAAAUCAUUGGAAGAAAGAGCUGUUCAUCGGAAGUUUAAGACCACUCUGCCUGCAACAAUAUUAACAAAGCCACGGUCAAUCACUGUCUCUGAAGGGGAGACUGCAAGAUUUUCUUGUGACAUUGAUGGUGAACCAACACCAACUGUAACAUGGAUCCGUGCAAGUCAAGCUAUUGUUUCUUCUGGACGCUUCCAAGUAACACGUACGCAGUAUAAAUCUACCUUUGAAAUUUCAUCUGUCCAGACCUCAGAUGAAGGAAGUUACACUGUUGUGGUAGAAAAUUCUGAGGGAAGGCAGGAAGCCCACUUUAGUUUGACUGUACAAAGGAAAAGGGUCCCAGAAAAAGCAAUUACAUCACCUCCAAGGGUCAAAUCUCCUGAGCCUCAUGUUAAGUCCCCAGACAGAGUAAAAUCUCCCAAGCGAGUAAAAUCCCCUGAACCAUCUCCUGCCCACUCUAAAGCCAAGUCAACACCUGCAGGUAAAACAACACCAUCAGAGAAAGCAGACUUGCCUGUUGCUGUUCCCCCUAAGAUAAAACAACAGCUGAAAGUGGAAGCUUCCGGGGACAAAGUAAAAUUCUUCUGUUCAGUUGAAAGCAGUGUUUUGAGUGUCCGAGAAGUAGCCUGGUACAAAGAUGGCAAGAAACUAAAAGAAGACGAUCAUUUCAAAUUUCAGUAUGCAGCUGAUGGAACAUAUGAACUUAAAAUCCAUAACCUCAAGGAAUCUGAUCAAGGUGAAUAUACAUGUGAGAUUAUUGGGGAAGGCGGCGCCUCCAAAACCAACUUUCAGUUUGUUGGCCAAGCUUUUAAAAGUAUUGAUUCUCAGGUGUCAAGCUUAAGCAAAACUAAAAAAUCAGUUCAGAAAGAGUCUGAAAUACUUGAAGUAUCUGCCCAGAAAAAAUCUGCAGUGACUUCUCAAGAAAAGGCAGUAGUCGAAGAAGAGUAUGUUAAAAAGUCUCUUGUGUCUGAUGAAGCUAAAACAUCUUACACAGAAGUUAAAUCUACUACCACUAAAAUGACUGUGUCUGUAGGUCAAAAAUCUACCCUUAAAGCUAGUAUUGCUGGUGCUUCUAAUGUAAAAUGGUUACUGAAUGGAAUAGAGCUAACUAACUCUGAAGAUUAUAGAUAUGGUGUAUCGGGAAGUGAUCAUACUCUAACUAUCCAAAAAGUGACCCAGAAAGAUGAAGGAAUACUUACCUGUGAAGGAAAGACUGAACAGGGUAUCAUCAAAUGUCACUUUGAAAUGAGUCUUUCAAAAGAUCAAUCAAAUGCCCCAGCCUUUAUCAUACAACCGAAAUCUCAAAACAUCAAUGAAGGACAAGAUGUGUUGCUUACCUGUGAAGUUUCUGGAGAUCCUUCCCCUGAAAUCCACUGGUUUAAAGAUAACCAGCCAAUUGCUCUCUCAUCCAACAUCCGAGUAAAUCGUUCCAAGAAUGUUUAUUCUCUUGCAAUCCAAAAUGCUGCAGUGAGUGAUAGUGGAAAAUACACAGUCAAAGCGAAAAACUUCCAUGGGCAGUGUUCUGCAACAGCAUCUCUGACGGUCCUUCCUCUAAUUGAAGAACCUCCAAGAGAGGUAGUUUUGAGAACAAGUGGUGAUGCAAGCAUGCAGGAAGGUUUCUCUGCGCAGUCAUUUCAAAUGUCCGCUUCUAAACAAGAAGCUUCGUUCAGCAGUAGCAGCAGUAGCAGCAUGAGUGAGAUGAAAUUUGCAAGCAUGUCUGCCAAAAGCAUGUCCUCCAUGCAAGAAUCCUUUGUAGAGAUGAGUACCAGCAGUAAAAUGGGGAAAUCUAGUCUGACCCAACUGGAGAGUUCUUCUAGUAGAAUGAUUAAAUCUGGUUUGAGAGGAAUACCACCCAAAAUUGAAGCUCUUCCGAACGAUAUCUCCAUUGAGGAAGGAAAGGUUCUCACCAUAUCCUGUGCCUUCACUGGUGAACCUACUCCUGACAUAACAUGGUCCUGCAAAGGGAAAAGCAUUUCUAGUCAAGGUGGUAGAUUCCACAUUGAAACCAGUGAAGACUUAACCACUCUUAUCAUCAUGGAUGUUCAAAAGGACGACGGGGGACUUUAUACACUGAAUUUAGGAAAUGAUUUUGGCACUGACUCUGCCACUGUGAAUAUUAACAUUCGAUCAAUUUAAAAGCUUGAUCUUUUUUAUUUUUUGGCACUUGACUUUUGGCAAGUGAUUCAUAUGGACUGAAAUAAUUGAUCUGUAAAUAUAUAUAAAAAAAUAUUUUUGUACCUACCUGAACCAGACAAAGUCCAAGGAUAGACGCUAUGACUUAUAGUCAUUAUUAUUUGACUUUAAAACAAUUUUUCAUUUGACAUGUACAUACUGUAUAUAGCCGCAGAUAACGGUUAUGGAGCUUUGUACCAUUUAUUUUAUGACAUUUUAAAAUGUAACUUUUGGAACAAACCGUUGGUAGGAGAAAGUUUCUUAGGGAACGAAUACCCUGCUCAACAUUUAACUAAUUUUUGUGCCUCAACAAAAUGUUGAUGUCUAAGAAUGCCUCAACAGGUAGAGAGGCUCCCUGUUGAAGACUUAUUUUACCGACACCUAAGAGAUGAUGCUGUGCACGGUUUCAUUAUACAUGCACGAAUUUAUUUUGAAUCAGAGACAUAAGGCAUUGGUGAGGUUUGCAAAUACCCUCCUGUAAGCCACACUUGAAUAUCUUAUGUUACAUCUGAUCAACGUCAAAACUAUAUUUUGUUCAUGACUGACUCACAAUACCUUGAACAAAGUGCAAGCGGCCAGCAUUUUGUUCAGCACCUAUUGUAUUGUUUCUGACACGCCGACUACCCAAAUAGCUUUCCAAUAAAGUAACAUCACCUGGCCAUCCCGUUUAAAAAAAAAAAGCCAUUUGGGUACUCCAGUGCAGAAAUAGUACCAACUCUUGGAGGUUCCUAGGAUGCAGUGAUUGUGUGGUAGCAAUUAGGAUUUUGGCUAGAUACUGUCAACUGCAGGCAACUAAGAUUUGAACCACAGUUUAAGAAAAGCUAAAACUGUUGUUAUAACAUCACAUCUUGCCCUGAACUUAGAAAAAAAAUGAAUUAGUUUUAUUUUAUGUAGUAGUAAGUUGUUCGGUUAGCUGUUUUGUUGAACCUCCUCGAGAUAGUAUUGUUCAUUUGAAAUAAAGCAUGCUACCUGCACCUCA